GCGUGCCAGUGUUUGGGGGCUGGCGCGAGCGGGCGCCGUUGGUGUGUGUGUGCGCGCGUCGCCCGGAGGGAGGGGCCGCCUGACAGGAGCGGCGCCGCCGCGAGCCAAGACCAGCUGCGACACUGACUGGCCGGCCGGCAGCUCGCUCGCGCGGCGUUGUUCAGGGGAUGGUGGGGGCGGCGACGGCGACGGGACGCCGCCUGAGGAGCCUCCAGGCAGCGCCCUGAGAGGGCCGGGGAUUCCGCCAGGGCCGCCGGGAGGAGCGAGGGCCAUGGCAACGAUGCCCUUCCAGCCGGCGCUGGGGCCCCCGGAGACUCGCAAGUUCACGCGGGCGCUGAGCAAGCCCGGCACGGCCGCCGAGUUGCGGCAGAGCGUCUCUGAGGUGGUGCGAGGCUCCGUCCUUGUGGUGAGUUGACGGCGACGCGGGUGGGAAACGCGCACACCUGACGGGGAUAUCCACUUCGCGCCCACUUCUUGCCCCGCCAUUACUUCUCGCUUGGGGGGGGGGCGUCGUCGUUGAACCUGGCGCCCUGUUCCCUACCUUCCUCCCCCCACCCUCGGAUGGACCUGGCCGAGAUGGACACGCCUCCUGGGGCACUUCAUCCUCCUCGCCAUCUCCCCACCUGGCCUGACACCCCCCCCCCCCAUCCUCUGCCGGUCUCCUCUCGGAAGCCUCACUCGCUCCGCAUUUCCCCCCCUCCCAUGGGGGUUUCCUCCUCUUCCAAGUCAGGGCGUAUCCAGGGGCCGGAUCCUGGCUUCGUUUCCUCGGGAAGGAAACCCUUUCCUUAAAAAAAGGGGGGGGGACUUUGCUUCCCUCCCAGGGAAGCGUGCGUGAAAGCGCAGCCCAAGGCAGAAGAAGCAAAAGGAGGAGAGGGCGCCUUGGGGAGAUUUCUCUCUCUUUUUCUUUCUCUCUCCCCCCUUGCCUCUUUUCUCUCCUAAUCCGCAUGUCGGAAUUUGCAUGGCUCAGCUUAACCUAAUCAGCUGGGGGGAAAGGAGCGCUUGGGUGGGUGGAGAGAAGGGGGACACAACGUGCUUCCGGCCGGCCUUUCCUCCUUUCGUUUUCCAUUCCAACCUGCGUAUAUAAUACUUAGACCCCAUUUCCCGUCGCUCAAACCCUUCUGUUUCCCGUUCCUUGCAUCGGGAUGCUGAGCGCACAGGAACGGGAAGGAGAGGGUGGUCCUUUCUAGCUGCGGCGUCUGUCUCCAGACGUGCGCUUCUCCCUCUCUCUCUCACCCCCCCCUUUCUUUCUCUCCCUGCGAAAACUUCCGUCCAUUCACAUUGAGUCCCGCCCUUGCUUCCUUCCCCGCGAUAUCUAUGAAUGAAUGAGUGGCUGGAAAACUUUGGAGGGGGAUUUCAUAUUUCGUAUUGCCUGCCCGCACACGAAUAAAGGCUGGGAAACAUUUCUGGGUAAUUCGCAGAUUUGUUCAUUCCCACCCCACAUCAGAUCAGAAAACCCAACACUCAAAGUUGUGGCUGUACAUUCAUACACUGAUAUCAGGGUGAAUGUUUGAUUUAAUGUUUAAAUAGUUUUACCCAUCCUCAGUUAUGUUUGAAAGUCUGGACUGCAUUCUUGUUACUGCCACUGUCCUCAGUUCUAUGACUUUUUUGUGAUCUGCUGUCUCUUGGUGUCUUAUUUGGAAUGGCAAAUGGAGCACAUUCAUUGUGUUUCUAUUUGUGUUUAGUUUGGCAGCUUAAUUGUUGCUUCCCUGCCUCCUUUUACACUGGGUAUAGUACUGUAGCUAUAUAGUAAGCUAAACUGAAGAUUCGCAGCAAGGAUAGAAUUUAUUUCAAGCAAAAUAUGUGUUAUAAAAUCUUUCAUAAUCUACACAGAAUAGAAUUUAUAUUUUGGCAGCCUUUAUUCUAAUUCCUACUGCAUUAUUAUUCACCUUGAAUUCGUUGCAAGGUUUUAGUGUGAUGAUAUUACUAUUCUAAGACAUUUGCUAUUAACAAUAACUUGGUAUAGUCAUUCACAAUUAAUUGUCUUAAGAAUCUGAUGCUGCUAUCUAAUCCUGUUUCUACCUUUUGACAGGACUGGCACUUAAACAUAUUUUUAGUAUCCUAGAAUUUUUCAGAUAGUUCUUGGCCAUGGAUGUGUUUAUUAAUUUAUAAGAACAAAGUGCUGUACAGUAAAACAAAAGUUAGACCAGUCUUGCCUGCAAAUAGGUAAAAAGAGGGAGAAAGGGAGCUUUAGCAUUUCAUUCAGUGAUGUAUAUUCACUUUGCUAAGGCACUUGAAUUUGUGAUGAGGAUUGGUAUGUAUCACAUGACUAUCGUGCUGAUAGGGGAAACUUUUUGUGCACAUUAAUUGCUUGAUUGUCAUAAUCAUGUUACUUUUAUUGUCACAAGCAGAAAUGCCAUUGCAUUACCAUAAUUAGAAGAUUGUUGUAGCUGGCAGAGUUUCAGAUUCUAAAAACCUGUUCACUAUACAUCUGCAAUGUGCUGUGGAAAACAUGGCCACCAUGAGCUGGACAUAUGUCAAGAAAUGUUUUUAAAUUCUUGCUCUCAGCAUUGUUGACUACUUCAUUCUCAGUGACUUGAAGGUUCUUCUGACAUACUAACUUGUUCUCCAGUUUAUCAGAAAUAAAAUGUGAUUAAACAAAGAAACAUAAAGGUAUGAAAAUGUACAGCCUUUAGAAACUGCUGAAGCUAGAUUCUAUCUGGUUACAAGCUGUUCCAUCACCACAUAACUCUUAGCUGUUAAAGGCUGAACCAUAAGUAGUGUACUGGUCAGGUUUUAAAGGAAUUGCUUUACUAUGCAAUGCAAUAUGACAGACCACUGCUUCACAGAUCUCUUAGCUGUCUUUCUACCUUCUUUCCCCUCUAUGUAAAUUUCAUUGUAUAUUUUUCAUUUGUACUGUCAAAACUCUGUAUAGUGCAUUUUCUUUACUAUGUGAGGUAUUCCUCCCUCUGUGCUAUUCUAUAUAUUUCUUAGAGUUAAUGUUGUUUAAUAUGUUGAAAAUACUAUGGAUGUGUUGGCAAAUAAUACCACAUCUAGUUAAUAUGUUCUAAAAUCUUGCUGUUCUGGGCUUGAGUUCUUCUGUUUAUUGUAUAUUACUGGCUACCAUAGUGAAAUUGUUUUCCAGCAGAGGUACUAGUCAACUUGGAUCUGGGAAAUAUCCUCUGUGUUAGAAAAUACUCUUUUUUCCCAUGCUGGUGCCCACCUAAUCUAGUUGAAGCCUGGUGAAAAAAUUAAAUCACUGUCACUGAAUCUGGUUCUACUAAAGUCUUUAGUUUGUUUUUUUGGAAACAUUCAAAUCAUUUAUUUCACAUCUGUUUUUGAUCUUCCUUGGAUAUAGUGCUAUCAUCUGGAUCCUUGUUAUCAUCUUUUUUCCCUCAUGUUUGUACAUAUUGGUUCUGCUUGGUCAGUUGGCAAAGUAUUGCCUACUGAAGAAUAAUUGGUUCCCCUGAUUUUGGUUGCAAUACUGGUAGUAUCUUCUUGUCUGUCUUCCUCAAGGUCCUUGAAAAAUGAAUCUCUUCCUAAUCAAGGCCCUUAAGAAGAAUCUUAACAGUGCAUAGGUUCAGAAAUAACAAACUAUUAACAGACACAUGAGAGCUGGCACGAACCUCUGGCCUGCACAACUAUAUUCCCCUAUAUAUUGGAGGGGAGGGGAUUUAUAGUUUCUGCCAUCAUUAGGAACAAACAGUAGUUUGUUGCUUCUUACAAGCACUGUAAACAGUGGUUUCUGCAGACCAGAUUUUUGUUUUUUUUUACAAUCCAGGAUAUCAAAUCUAGAUCUCAUCCUGAGUCAUGGUUUGUUAUAUCUGAACUGCAUCAGUGAAUUAAGUGAAUUCCUUUAUUAGACCACUUUGAAGCUUUGGGUGUGUGGUGAUGCUUCAUUCCAGGGUUUCCUAACCUAACAGCAUUGUAUCACCAGGUGCUCAAUGGGGCCUUGGGGAAACCUGAAGCACUAUGCUGAGAGCCUGGAAGUGUUUUCUGGCAAUAAGGUCAUACGUAUAUGAUAAUGAGCGCUAUAUUAGUGAGGGAAAGCUCUUUGCUUUCAGUUACAAUUUGUUUUGGUCUCUUAUCCAUUCACUAACAUUAUUUUAGUUAUUGAUUCAUACUAAUACUCCCUCUCACCUCUGUCUUUCAAAGCUGAUCCUAUUACAGUUCUAGUACUACUACUACUACUACUACCACCACUACUACUAAAUGUAGAUUCCAUCCUUGCUCCUGAAGGGCCCAGGGCAGCAAACAACAGAGUAGUUAAACAAUACAAUUAAAAGUUUUUAGAAAAUGGGGGGGGGGGGGAUUAAAGUCAUAAAGCCUCACAUCUAUUGAUGUGAGUCACUCAUGUUUUCUUUAUCUAGUGUUGGGCAACCUCCAGCGCACUGGCCUAAUUGGGCCCAGUAAGUUCCCUUUUUGCUGCUUUUGCUAAACAGUGCUCACUGGCCCCAUACCUGUGGCAAAGCAAAAUUUGCAGGCAUUGUCAAUUGGUCCUGUUCCUUAGCAAGUACCAACAAUCAGCAAAUUGUCAGUGCUUACAGUGGCGGAGGAAGGCUCUCGGGCACCUGGGGCGGCGUGCCCAGGGGCCGCGUGCAGCGCCCAUAGGGACGAAACAGGGCGCCCGGUGCCCAUAGGGAUGGGCACACAGCGGGGCCUCAGCCACCCUACAGCUGGGGGGGAGGAAGUGGGUGGACAGCAGAGAGCCUGCGGGCUCCGAGAUGUGUGGCUCGUGCAUCCCGCAGGCCCCACGGUGACAGGUGCCACCCGCCAUUUUGUCACCCCCCAUCAGGGUGACACCUGGGGCGGACCACACUCUCUGCACCCCCCCUCCGUACGCCCGUGCUUGCCUGACAGCCUGUCUUCAAAGUCCAUAUGCUUAUAUUAACCAAUAAUAACCUCAUUGGAAAAAACUUUGUGAACUGGUAGAGGCAUUCAUGAUGGAACUUUAGUGAUUCCAUAGUUUUAAGGGGACUUGCUUUUUAAACAUUCAGUCAUUAUAAACCCCAAAAACUUUGUUGUGAAGAUAAGAUGGUUUAUCCUAUCAAUAUAACAUUUGACAUGGGAAUUUACUUUCAUUAGUAGUGUAAUUUGAGCAAAUUGCAGAAAAAUUCUAUAAAAAUUGUUGAGUUACAGCAGUUUUAGAAAGUUUGCUUUUUAAAACUACAGGUGCUUCAAAUGUUAAGUGUUUUUCUGGUCAUCAAAUACAUCAUAUAUGCAUUUAAAUUUUCAUUUUCAUUUUGAUUAUAUAAGAUAAUCAGAGAGAUUGUGGGAGUCUGCCCUUCAGUGGAAAUGCAUUGUGUAUUUCUAAAACUAUCAAGUUUCUAAGACCCCAUUUUAAAUGGGAAACAAUGCAUGUCAGGAAUUCUGUGGGUGCAAAGAAGUGAAGGAAGUCCUGGCAAAUGCAGCACAUGCCUGAUUUGGCAGAUGGAGUUGCCAGGGUAGAGCUGCAUCCUAGCUGCCAUCAAAUCAAGCAGAAGGUGGGGAUAGUGGCAUCUAGAGAUGUGAAUGCCUGAAAAAAGAGGGGGGAAAUGAAGGACUCCCCCAAUUUCCCUAUCCUUCCCCAUUUGUUUUUGAAAAGCUCACCAGAUGCUUAGGCAAAACUUGCAUAGGAAGGUACCCAGCACUGAGUCAGACCAUUGGUUUGUCUAACUCAGUAUUGUCUACACUGACAGGCAGUGGUUUCUAGGAUUCCAGACAGGGUUAUCUUCUGCCCCUACCUGAAGAUGCCAGGGAUUGAACCUGGGACUUUCUGUAUGCAAAACUGACUUUUUACCGAUGGCUAGAAGCUUGGCCGGCCACUUGAAGGAUCUGAUCAACUCCAUAGACUGUUGGCUUGCCACUUUGGCUAUAAAAAGUAAACAUGUACAGUACUUCAGUCUGUCAUAAUGAUCACUUAGAACUUCGUCUCCUUUUGCUCACACUUACCCUUGGUCUUUCAGCCCAAUCCUUUUAUCCUCUUGUUUGGAGUUUUUGGGGCAUCGCUUGCUAAGAUUUGUGGUAUGUCAAAUUUUAACAUACGCUUUGAAAUGCUAAACCAUUAAUUCUGACAAUCAACCCCUGGCAAAGUUUAUUUUAAGUUGAGCACAAUCUUUAACCAAAAGUUAGACCAGCAGAGUACCUAAUCAUAAUUAAAGCAUUCUCCUUGUAGAUAUGCUCUGCUUGAAAAAUCUAAAUAUUUAAUAAUAUUAAAAUAGAACCAUCCUGUGAGAGAACAUAGUCCUGUGCAGUUUAAUUCAUAAAUAUUGGGUUCACCACUUCUUAUUUCUUUUGUGUAUCACUAAAUAAUAAUUUGCCCCACUGCCUGUUUGCCUCCAGUCUUGCGUCCUUUUCUUCAUCCUUGGUCUAUCAUCUUUAUUCUCUCUCCUUUGUAUAUAGGUGGAAUCUAGGCACUUACAAAAAACGUUGUGAAAAAUGCUAUUUUUUAAUGUUUUGAAAAACAUAUUGAAUUUGCCAUAACUCAUCAUUGCCAUCUAGUGUCCCAUUUGUAUAAUGCACUUUACAGCACACUUAAAACGUUUUAUUUGCAGCUGUAUAGCUGAGUCCUUAGUAUGACUUUUUACUAAUGCCUUUCUCUAACUCAAAUGAUAUAAUGUAGGGGAAGCAGGGGAGAGUCAUUAUUUCCCUCACCUGGAAAUACGAAGAUUAGAACUGUAAAGCCUAAGAUAUGAGGAUACAAUAUGUGGGAUCAGAGAACAUGUUUAUUGCUUAUUAGAACAACUUGUCUUUUAAAUGAAAGGCACCCAUUCUAGGGGAAGUAUGUAGCUUCAAAAGUUCAAAUUAUAAGACAUAUAUUUAAAACUAUUGUUUUGUUUUUUUAAAUGCACACUUAAAAUAUGCUUUGAGAGCCAGAGCUAUGAUAGACCCUAAUCUAUUUGUGUUCAUACAUAUUUUUUUCCCUUUUGAAUUCCAGAGGAUUAUUGUGUAAUCUAGGAGCAGCAGGAUAAAAUGCCAUUAUAAUCCUGGGGCUGUCAGUUUGGUUCAUGAGAUUUAUCACUAGCUACUUUGCCUCAGUGAAUCUCCUGUGAAUACUCCCAGCCCAUGUGCAGUGAUGAGAAUUUAACAAAAUGGAACUAUUUGAACAUAUAUUUAAUUCAAAAAUUGUUUUAGUUUAUGGACAUAUCUACGAACCUUCUCUUAAUCAGACUCCUGAUUCAGUUCUAUGGCUCAGGCCAGACAAUACAAAAAAAUGAUUUGGUGCUAUGGGAAUUAACCUUAUGCUCACAUGUGCCUUCCCUUGCUUCAAUAAAUUGCUUUGUGGUUUGAUCAGACCACAGUUUCCUAUGCCUAGAGAGGUUUGCCAUGUGCCAACCUAUUGUCGUUUUGGCAUCAAGCAGAGACUGAGCUUUUGAGAUACGGUUUUAAGCCUGCUGUUUUAUCCUUUUCUUAUGUUUUAUGCUUUUGGGGGGCACUUUUUGGAAAUUGUUCCAGGAAUACAAUUGAAUGGCAAUAUAAACAGACUUACUGUUUGUGCUUGCCCUAUAAACCACAAUUGGAAUCAGCUCUAUGUACGUGGAUUGAGUAGAAAAACUCUAACUUUUCUGUAGUGUUAACUCGUAAAAUGUUUGGGAAGUGGAUUAAGAAUUAGUCAGCAAACUUUUUGGAUUAUUUAUAUAUAAUAUAUACACACACACAAUUUAACCUAAUCCUUAUAGAGAGCACCCAUCGCUGGAAUAUAUGAACUGAUAGCAUGGCUAAAUGAGACUUGAAGUUAGGCUUGAAAUUUUUGAUGAUUAAGUCCCCCUUCAGAUUUUUAUUUGAUAAUUCCACUAGAGCUAUGUCUGUUUUUCAGCCACUGCAGGGGUAUUCUGCUUCAAGUCCUUUACCUGUAGAUUCACUAAACAUUUUUUCAGUAUACCUUGGUGCCCACUUCAUUGGUAAAAUUUGAUGAGGAAUUCUGCAUUCCUUAUUCCAGUAGAAACUUGUUGAACAUUUUUUUUCAGAAGUUGUUUGGUUUUACCUACAGUUUAAUGCCUUUCGGCAAGAUCAGCAGCAGAAAAAAUUGAGAGAGCAUGCCUGCAAAUUUGAAUUCCACCCUACUGACUUAAACCAGUUACACAUCGUUUGUCUUGUCAUUAGUUGAGGAUUAAUUAGAGCUCAUGAAAAUUCACAGAAUACUGAGUAGGAAUUUGAGCUUUGAGAAGCAUGUUUCUCUCCUUCCCUUAAAUCUUUUGGUGGUAAAAAGGUACUCCUCUCACUCACCAAAUGAUCCUUAGAGGAGAAGGCACUGCGUCCUCAAGAGCCCCAUUGUCCACUCCAGCCCCCUUCUCUCAGUCCAAGACUUGAACGGAAGCUAGUGAUGGGCUGCUUAUUUCCUUUAAGCUUCCAGUCCUGGUUGAUUGAGGGCUAGUGCCUGCCCAGUAGUUAAUAGGAAUUCCUGUCAACUUGAGAGCAGUGUCCAGGCUUGUAUGUCCAGGCUUCACAGAGUAGUAAAUUUAGAGUUAAAUGUAUUCGUUUGUAUCUAUCCUUGAUACAUCUAUGUUGCCAUCUAACCCUAGAACAUAGAUUGGUUGCAAUAGACAAAAAUAUAUGGCUGCUUUCAUCUACACAUUGCAAUUUACCAAGUCCCUAAAAUACCGGUAACUUUUAUCUAAAUUGAAAAUAUGCUUUAUAUGUAUAAUGUACCUCUUCUCAUGAGAAGACUCCCUGGAAAAGACCCUGAUGUUGGGAAAGAUUGAGGGCACAAGGAGAAGGGGAUGACAGAGGAUGAGAUGGUUGGAUAAUGUUCUCGAAGCUACCAGCAUGAGUUUGACCAAACUGCGGGAGGCAGUGGAAGACAGGAGUGCCUGGCAUGCUCUGCGGGCUGUCAGAACUGACGUUUUGAAGCUUAUCCAGCUCGACAGAUAGUUAAAAGAAGGGUAACAUUUUGAUUCUACUGUUGCCUCUUGAAUUUGAAAGGGGGAAUUUUGGAUAAAGUGUUUCUGGAAAAAGAAAGAUUGUUGCUGUUGUUUUUCCCCCUCUUAAAAAAAAAAAAAAAAGGGUUUUCCAUCUAGUGGAACUGAGUGAAAUUGCAAUGCAGAGAGUUUAAAAGAGAAGGACCAUUCUCGUGGGAAAGAAUUCUCUUUGACCUUGAAGGACAAUGCUUGUACAAAGGCUUGAACAAGUGUUCCUGGAAGGUUUUGCAAAAUUAAGUGCCCAGCUGGACCAGAUGCGUCAGGAGUCGACCUUGAUGAUGACGGAAGUUACCAGAGCACAGCAGCAAACAAAUGAAAUUCAGUUAAAGUCUAUACAAGUAUAUGAACCUGCUGUAGCGACGGAGGCUUCAGAGAUGGAGGGACCUAUGGAUGGGCAAGAUCAGCCUUUGAACUUGAUAAAUGAACUUAGGACAAACCUGAUUCGGAAAGAUGAAAUGCGGUCAGAUUUGGAAAUGGGGGAUGGAUUGACACCCCUCUAUAUGGUUAUUUGGACUUUCCGAGUCUAGUGAUGGGCCAUCAGAGGAUUGGAGUGGUCGAAGUCUCCAAGCUUUGUGGAAAUUGGAAGUGGUAUUAUCUGCUGUCUGGCUUGGGUAAUGGGUUUGGGAUGGACUUGCUGCAAAAUGUCAAAAGCAUCUUUUGCUGGAGUAUCCACGACUGAAAGGAAAUAUCAACAAGAGUGGCGAAAGGGCAAGAAAGAGACUUGAGGGCCUCGGACACGAGACAACCAGGUUAAGGAGCCGGAUUAUUGAGGUUAAAAGGACUGACAAUCCCGGGUCCAGGGGAGGGGAGGCUGGAAGCUGACUGGACUGAAUCUGACUUAUUAUUUUUUCUUUCUUAUUUUUAAUAUUGGGAAUGUUUAUAAAUGUUUGAAGGAUGUUGAAUGAAAUUAUAUGGCUUAAGUAAGGAUUGGUAAAUGAUUUGAUAAAAGGUAAUGAUGUAAGAAUUUGCUAAAUAUUGAAUAUAAGCUUUGAGUUUUAAAGUUUUUAUAUGACAAGAGGAAAAAUAGAAUAAGGGAACGCAAUGAUAGAUUGUUAUGAAAAAACAGAAAGGAUUUGCUGUAAAAAUUAAAUACUAAGAAACAAGAGAGGGGAGGAGGAGGAAGUCUAGAAAGGAAGUUAAUGGAGAUCGUAAAGGAUCUUAUAUUUCUGUUUUUUUGUUUUUCUUUUUUUCUUUUUUGCGGCUGGGCUUUUUCUUCUUUAUUAUUUCUGUAUUAUUUUUGUUUUUUUUUUUGUAUUUUCAAACUUUUUUGGAAAUUUUUGUUGUUACUUGUUUUUUGAAAAUUUAAUAAAUAUCAAUUCUAAAAAAAAAAAAAAGGAGUGCCUGGCAUGCUCUGGUCCAUGGGGUCACGAAGAGUCAGACACGACUAAACAACAACAACCUCUUUACUAUUAGCUCAUUUUAAUUAACCUCAAGGUUUCCCCAACCAUUGAAAUUUGGGGCAACAGUGUACUUUAUAAUGAGAGAAAAGGAACAAUAUCCUUAAAUGAAAGAUUUAUAAUUAAUUUGCACUUGAACAUUUUAGUAGCUGAAGCACUGAAGAUUUAUUUUGUAUUGUGUGAAUUCACUUCCAUGUUCCUGACCAGUACAGCUUGUUGAUUUUUAAAAUAUUGUAUUUUUAAUAUAGUGCUGAGAAAAUGCCCCAUUGGACUGAGCAACAGUGAAUUCACUGUAAUGUUUUGAAGUAAUAUGCAUAGAAUAGUACUGCACAUGACUUUAAAUGUAUGUACUCCAACCACUAGAUGGAGUAAUAUGAAAGCAUUUUAAAUAAGAUGCAUCAUACUUCAAAAAACUAUAUUUGAAGACAAAUUGUAUUCUUUUGGGUUUUAUAUGAAAUAUUUGUUUAUCACCAGUGAGAAACGUAUUUUUCAAGUCAUAUCUGUAACAUUUUUAAGCUUGUGGAUAAUAAACCAAAAUAUUUCUAGUAGAAGGUAGUAUUCAAAUCAAGAAGCUGCUUGUUGUUGUUUAGUCGUUUAGUCAUGUCCGACUCUUCGUGACCCCAUGGCCAGAGCACGCCAGGCACUCCUGUCUUCCACUGCCUCCCGCAGUUUGGUCAAACUCAUGCUGGUAGCUUCGAGAACACUGUCCAACCAUCUCAUCCUCUGUCAUCCCCUUCUCCUUGUGCCCUCAAUCUUUCCCAACAUCAGGGUCUCUUCCAGGGAGUCUUCUCUUCUCAUGAGGUGGCCAAAGUAUUGGAGCCUCAGCUUCAGGAUCUGUCCUUCCAGUGAGCACUCAGGGCUGAUUUCCUUAAGAAUGGAGAGGUUUGAUCUUCCUGCAGUCCAUGGGACUCUCAAGAGUCUCCCCCAGCACCAUAAUUCAAAAGCAUCAAUUCUUCGGCGAUCAGCCUUUAUGGUCCAGCUCUUACUUCCAUACAUCACUACUGGGAAAACCAUAGCUUUAACUAUACAGACCUUUGUUGGUAAGGUGGUGUCUCUGCUUUUUAAGAUGCUGUCUAGGUUUGUCAUCACUUUUUCUUGGAAUCCAAGAAAGUAUAAUCUCCCACUGCCUCCAUUUCUUCCCCUUCCUAUUUGCCAGGUGGUGAUGGGACCAGUGGCCAUGAUCUUAGUUUUUUUGAUGUUGAGCUUCAGACCAUAUUUUGCGCUCUCUUCUUUCACCCUCAUUAAAAGGUUCUUUAAAUCCUCCUCACUUUCUGCCAUCAAGGUUGUUUCAUCUGCAUAUCUGAGACUGUUGAUAUUUCUUUGGGCAAUCUUAAUUCUGGCUUGGGAUUCAUCCAGUCCAGCCUUUCGCAUGAUGAAUUCUGCAUAUAAGUUAAAUAAGCAGGGAGAAAAUAUACAGCCUUGUCAUACUCCUUUCCCAAUUUCCACAAAUCAGUUCUUCCAUAUCCAGUUCUAACUGUAGCUUCUUGCCCACACAGAGAUUUCUCAGGAGACAGAUGAGGUGAUCAGGCACUCCUGUUUCUUUAAGAAGUUGCCAUAGUUUGCUGUGGUCAACACAAUCAAAUGCUUUUGUGUAGUCAAUGAAGCAGAAGUAGAUGUUUUUCUGGAACUCUCUAGCUUUCUCCAUAAUCCAGUCCAUGUUUGCAAUUUGGUCUCUGGAUCCUCUGCCCCUUCGAAAUCCAGCUUGCACUUCUGGGAGUUCUCGGUCCAUAUACUGCUUAAGCCUGCCUUGUAGAAUUUUAAGCAUAACCUUGCUAGCGUGUGAAAUGAGUGCAAUUGUGAGGUAGUUGGAGCAUUCUUUGGCACUGCCCUUCUUUGGGAUUGGGAUGAAGACUGAUCUUCUCCAAUCCUCUGGCCACUGCUGAGCUUUCCAAACUUGUUGGCAUAUUGAGUGUAGCACCUUAACAGCAUCAUCUUUUAAAAUUUUAAAUAGUUCAGCUGGAAUAUCAUCACUUUCACUGGCUUUGUUAUUAGCAGUGCUUUCUAAGGCCCAUUUGACUUCACUCUCCAGGAUGUCUGGCUCAAGGUCAGCAACCACACUUACCUUUGCUUUAAAAUAAACUUUCGAACAGCAUAGCUUAUACACUAUAGAAGAAAAAUGCUUAUCCUUGAUCUUAUGUACUCCUAGAUCUUAUGUACAAAUAAAUUAAGAUCAACGGAGUAUAAGCAGUUGUCUCUAGUGCUUACUCUAAAGGCUGGAAAAAAUAUUUCCAAUUUCUAGGCUCUUAUCAAGCAUUGUAAGAAGAAACGCCUGCUUGGAGUGGCUGUAAUAAUUAAUAGACAGAGAAGGGAAUACAAACUGAUGUUCUGGAUAGGGUUGCACUUGCUCUGAACGAACAGGUUUGUUGUUUGGGAGUGCUGCAGAUCCAUCUCUCUCACUUGAGGCUCAAGUAGCCUCAGAGUCUAGGAGUGCCUUUGAUCAGCUAUGGCUGGUAUGCCAAUUACAGUCAUACCUCGGGAUAAAUACGCUUCAGGUUGACCACUUUCGGGUUGCGCUCUGCGGCGACCUGGAAGUAACGGAGUGUUAUUUCUGGGUUUCGCCGCUCGCGCAUGCGCAUGCGCAGAUGGUCAAAAUGACAUCACACCCAUGUGCGGAAGCGGCGAAACGCAACUCGCGCACGCGCAGACGCGCUGUCGCGUCUUACGUUCUGUUCAGGAUGUGAACGGGGCUCCCGAACGGAUCCCGUUCGCAUCCCGAGGUACCACUGUAUAGCUGUUCUUGGACAGGGAUAGCUUGACCACAGUGAUUUAUCUAUCUAUGUAUUGGUAACCUCUAAAAGAGACUCCCCCAUCACAAAAGCUCAAUUAUUAGGCAGGAAUGUGAGGAAUUCUGCAGUCCUUAAGGUAUUUGGGCCCAAGUUGUCAAGGGUAUUGUAAAUUAAUACAAGAAACUUGAACUUUGCCAAAUAGGUAAAAAGAUGAAGUCUAAGGACUGGACAGUUAAGUCCAGUCGAAGGCAACUAUGGAGUGCGGCACUCAUCUCACUUCAGGCUGAGGGAGUCAAUGUUUGUCCACAGACAGUUUUCCAAGUCAUGUGGCCAGCAUGACUAGGCUGCUUCUAGGGCAACGGGACACUGUGACGAGUGCCAGAGCACACAGAAACGCCGCUUACCUUCCUGCUGCAGCAAUACCUAUUUAUCUACGUGCACUGGUAUGCUUCCAAACUGCUAGGUUGACAGGGGCUGGGACAGAGCAACAGGAGCUCACCCUAUUGUGUGGAUUUGAACUGCCGACCUUCUAAUUGGCAAGUUCAAGAAGCUCAGUGGUUUAGACCACAGCGCCACCCGCUCCCCUUACUUUGCCAAGUAACACAGGCACAGCCAGUGCAGACUUUUAGGCACCAGAGUUAUGUGUUGGUGGUAGUCUGUCCACUGGCAUGGUGUGGGGGGGGGCAUUGCCCUAGGUGCACAACAGAGAGGGGUGCCUGAACCCCGCAGAGAUCCUCGGUGUGCAGCUGGGUGAGUGCGGAGAGUGAAGACCACCCUCUGUGCCUCACGCCUGCCCACGGUCUUAACCCUCUAUUUAACCCAGCCCUCAUUCCCGACGAGCAGUUGGUCUGCACUUGGCAACUCCACUCCUGGGUCAAACUGCUGCCCCUCUCGGCUAGGUGACACCGAGUGAGGAUGCUUCCAAGCAGCAUUCUUGCAGCCCGGGCUGGGUGCAGUGGCCUCCCAGCACAUCAUUAACGGGUAGAAGUCAAUAGCUGUUUCACCAAUUUUAAUGCAUAUGCUAACAAAUUUUAAAAGGCUCUCUCAAAGACAAAACAAAGAAAUUGGGGACAGGAAGCUAGAAAAUGAUACUGCAUGGGCCAGGUACCAAAAAAUAAGCACAGAUGCAACAUACAUGAAUAUAAGAAACAGGAAAUAUCUUUUUCAAAAAAAAUGGUUUUUUUAUUAAAGAUUUUCAUAAUACAAGCAGAACAAAUGGAAUACCGAGUUCUCUCCUAAAGGCAAUUCUCAGCCCCACAAGCUACAGAAGGUAGCAGCCAAUCCCAGCUCUCACCUGGGAUCCCUCCUUUUUCCUUCCUGCCUCUCAUUUGGGGGAACCAACAUAACCCUGUCUCCAACCCUGGAAACAGAAAAAAUAUCUGUUUUGAUAUCAGGGAGGGGAAUCUCAGGCCCAGAGGCUGAACGUGGCCCUCCAAACCUCUCUCUGGUCCUCAGAGCUCUCCCCAGGACAGUUCUCUCUUCCCAAGGCCAUAGCCCUCAUCAACCCUUAUUGUACAGUGGUAACUCCGGUUACGAACUUAAUUCAUUCUGGAGGUCCAUUCUUAACCCGAAACCGUUCUUAAUCUGAGGUGCGCUUUCGCUAAUGGGGCCUCCCACUGCUGGUGCGCGACUUCUGCAGUAAUAUUUUAAAUUUAAAUUCAGACUUCAGUUCUGAUAUUAAACAUAUGGGAUUGGAUUUGGCUAACUGGUCUUGCUAGCAGAAGCCCUCAUAAUAAUGUACGCUAGUGCGGUGUUUCUUCCCCAUCCCUCUCCCUGCUACGCCCUGUUGGCUUGGGGGUGUUGGUAGAAGCCUGAAAACAGUGCAUGGGAAGAGUAGAGUGAAGAUUGCUCCAUUACGCAAGUAGCAAUGUGCGCUAACAGAAUGUUUGUUUCAGCACGAUGAUGAAUUCCUCCCAUAGGGUGGUAUUCAAUUAAGUUUUAAUUAGAGUAGAUCCAUUGAACUUAAUGGCACUAAUGUGGACAUGCUCAUUUGUAUAAAUGGGUCUUAGUUGAACACACCUCAUAGUCUUGUUUUCUGUAUUCACUGUGAGUUACUUUCAAAUACAGUUUUAUUCAGAAGUGUUAAAUAUGUUUGUUCCAUUCUGAGUGUACAUAGGAUUGCAAGUUUACAGCACAUUCCUAUACUUGUCUACCUUAAGUCACAUGGAAUUCAGUAGGGCUUAUGACCAGAAAAUAGAGUUUAGUAUAUAUUUUUUGUUUGUGUGUGUCCCCAGUUAAAAUAACAAGGUGUGUCCUCUUUGUUUGGACAAGGGGAAAAACCAAAAACGACAGAACAAAAUCUUAUGCUCCCUAGUGGUUUUCUACUUACAGUACAAGCGUAUAAUAAAGUGAUUUGAAAUAGGCUUGCACAUUAAUAUGUGUUAAAGUGUUUCCAUAGCAGCAGUAGGUGGGACAAUUCUCCUGAAUUUUGAUUUUUAUGAAAGGGAUAUGGUUCCCUGUCAGUUCCCCCACCCAAUGCAGUACUCCCCCACCCUGCAAUAUUUAGGUCAAGCAAAGAAACGUUGAAUUUGAAGCUAAGCAUUCUGGGCUAGCCUUUUCUUGCAGCAGAUGAGAAUUCUUUGUGCCUGACAGUAGAAGCUGCAGCAGCAUCUUUGCUUUAAUAAGAUUUGAGGAUAUUUGACAAAUGGAAUUGAGGCAAUUUCUUUAACAAUAUUAUGUUUCAGUCUAUUGUAUUAAUAGCAUUUGAGAGAGCAUUCUCUUUGAGAGAGGGUUAUAUUGUGAGGUGUGGCUCUUGCUGAAACCACAGGAUUUUUAGCACUCAGCUAAGCAAGCUUACAAUACGGUCACUGAUGGUAUUUAAUCUGAAUAGCUACUAGCUGGACUUGGUAAAGAAGACUGUGCUUGUGAAGCAAAGGAAUUAGUCUCUGAAGAGAUCAUUUAGCAAGAAAUGCAAGCUGAAUUGUUUCUGGAAUGGGUUGCACUACUAGCGUGAUUUUAUUUAAAGGUAUUCGUACAGUUAUUGAGAGAAACUGUUCAUAUAUUUGCAAACAUCAAGGAGAAAACAGUGCUCUGGAAUAUGCAGCAAAUAGUUUGACAAAGGAAGAUUCUGGACUAUUGAGCCAUUCAUUACUGGUAAAUGUUCACUUGUUUCAUUAAGAUUUUUUUAAACUGACUUAAUAUGAUUAUGAUGGUUUUUUUUUAUAUCUGGUGUUUCAGAAAUGGUCCAACAACUACUGAACACAAUGCCGUUGAGUCUUUAUUGGCACUAUAAAUGCUAUUUGGAAAGUAACAUAUCUUGCAUAGAUAUGCUUAUUCAUAAUUAUAGGAAGCUCUUUGUUGUUGUACAAAUGUCCAAAUCAUACAUUUGGAUAUAUUGGUAUUACUAAACCAUGAUUGGGAUAGAUGGGAAAGUUAUUUCUCUUUCCUCUACGAUAUAUGUGGUUUAAUGUGGUUGAUUGAAAGGAUGAACUGAAUGCACAGAAAACAAAAAUAAGUCAUAGCCUCUAAGGCAGGUUUUUAUUUCUUACGGCCAGGUGUUUUGUAAGUAAGUGUUAAUAACGAGGGCUGCUUAGGAAAUAGGCAUCACUCAUUUACUGAUGCUUCUUGGCAUAACAGUGAAUGAACUAUUACUUGGUGGUGGUGGCUGGUAGGUACCACUUGCCUAACUAUACACUGUAAAAGCUCAUUUGAAUAGUUUUUGGAAUUACCUAAGGCUGAUUCUUGUUCCUUUGUGUUUAGCAUGGCUGUUUUGGGAAUAUGCAAUCCUGUACAAGUCCCAUUGAACACAAUAUGGAUUGUACUUUUAGGUUUUGUUGUAGAUAGCAGGAGACAGUAAUUUCAUUAGUUUUUAUGGAAUUUAUGCGUCUAACAUUUUCUAAUAAAAUCAGAAAUGUUGAACAGAAAAUGAUAAAGUGCAGUGGUUCCCAGUUAGCUAUGCACUGUGGAUCCCCUGUUUUUAAAAGCCAAGCCAUGGACCCCCUACUUUUGGAAAUGUAGGUGUCUCUAUGGUAGUUUCUUUGUGUGAAUGGUGCCAUGGACCCCCUGGGUGGGUUACUGAUACAGUGCAAGCAAUUUUAUUGAAGAAAGAAGUUCUGGAAAUUAGGUAGCUAAUGAGCCUGAUUCAUAUAACCAUCCAGUGUCAAAAGAAAAUCUAGAUAUAGAAUCAUCUUAAUUCACCUUUUUAAAAUAGCAUUGUGCUAAUAUUUAUAUAUUAAAGUAGCUAGAUGCCUGCAGACUUGUGGAGGUAAGUGUCAAUCCCAAAUCUGACACACUGAUAUUUUAUGAAAGGUGUGUUCAUUUGAAUAUGCUUAAGCAAAAAGCAAAAAUUAUGAAGACACCUUGGUUUGAAAAGGCUGUAUAAGGAGAACUAGGUUACACUACUGAAUUUCUUUAAUCUUUACCACAUCAGUGGAUGUAAUUUCUCCUUGAGUUUGAAAGGAAAUAUUGGCUAGAAAAAGUUGCAUAUUUAGACAUGAAGGUUAUUGGGUGCUGUUCUGAGGACACUGAAAAAUUCCAAAUUAUCUCUUAAAUGUAAGCAAAUAUAAAAUUUGCCUAGGAGCAGAUCAGAAGACUGAAUCAUGACUUUGUCCUAAAAGAAACUCCUUACUCUUCCUCUAUGCUCUUGGGAAUACAUUACCAGGAUGAAUAUUGAAGCUAGUUUCUAAUAUAAAUUUACACUCAGUAGUCUUGUGCCUCCUCCCAGACUACUCCAUUCCAUUUUAUUUUGCCCUCUCCUCGUUUUCUAUGUCUCUCUCUUUUAAGCAGACACUCUGUGACUAGUGAGCCUGCUCAUUCCUAACUUACCUGUUUUGGGAAUAUACUUCGUUCAAGGCACUAUAGUAUGCCCUUCCUUGUAUGAUGCAGAAGAUAGGUGUGUGCCGUUUGGCUUUCUCAAUAAAAGCACAUAGAUUAUAUACUUGUUAGGGACUGUGGUAAUCAACUUCACUUUGUGUGACUAGGUGACAGGUCAAAAUGUUUUUAUUUCAGCAGACUCCCCUAAUAUUUUGUGUUGUGAAGGAAUAGAAUGCCUGGCAAUUUGGAUUAUGCAGAUUUAUAUGUGCCAUGUGUGGAGUUGGUGGUAAUAUUCAAGUGCAUGCACUUCAGCAUUCUGGGCUAUUUUAUUUUUGAAAAAUGUGAAUUAUUCUGGCUCAUUGUGUUUCAGCAUAUGAUGCAUCUUUGAUGAUAGCAUUACCUAGAAGAGAUUUUGUUGCAAGGCCUCCAAUCAUUUCCCCAGUUACUGGGAAAGAACCACCCACUAGCUGAUGGAAAUAAUAAUUGGUUUAAAACAGCCUCCCGCAGCCUGGUUCUCUCCAAAUGUUGGUGGAUGUGACUCCCAACAAGCCCGGCCAGCAUGGCCAAUGCUCGUGAAUGGUGAGAAUUGUAGCCCAGCAACCUCUGGAGGGCAAACGGUUGGGGAAGCCUUUAAACAAGUGAGUUUUGACAUAAUUUCUGACAGUGGCCUGGCUACAGGUUCCUGGGACUUUGCAAACAUGUAGGCUGCUGUGAGAGAGGCACUCACAGCUGCUUUUCUCUUCGAUUAUCAUCAAGCUCUCUCAUCCCUAAGCACAUGCUGUAAUCAAGAGCUUGUUUGUGUUGUCCUGAUAAACGAUAGUUUGACUUAUUGUAAUUUGCCAACCAGGCCAAGAUAUGUGAUUAUGCAUAAAAUAAAUUGGUAGAAGUAAUACUUGCGGUUGGUUGAAAAACAUAUGCUUGGUUAUCCUGUUUACAAUUGAAAAUGCCACUGUCAUUGUGAUUUAAAAAGCAGUUUAUGGCUAAACUAGUUUGGUUACAAAUAAUAGUUUUUUUAUAGAGAUUUUAAUAAGCAGAUAUGAACAAAGUUUCUGUUAAGUACAAUAAUACACAUGUUUCUAUAUUUUAGUUUUGUUAAUGCUAAUCACAUGUCACCCAGUACAAUGCCUCAGUGUUUACAAGCGGAGACUAGUGAAAAUUUAUUUUCUAUAUUAUGUACCUUCUGUAUCCAUUCUCUAUUUACACAGUAGCAACACACACUGCGAAUGCCACCCAUUCAUAACACUUAUUCACACACAGUCUUAACAGCUGAAUAUCCAUUGUAGUAACGGUCCAUGUUCCUUUUCUGUAGCCCUUCUCAUCAAGUGUAGCAUCUGUUUUUAGUAGGGCCGUGCACCAGAUUUGGCUUCUGCCUCAGACUCAGGCCAAAUCAGAUCAGAAGGAUUUGGGCCUCAGUCAAAGUGAGUUGAGACAGCCACAGACUGCUUAAGUUGGGUUGGAUGGCCCAAAGGAUCUGGGGCUGUUAUGCAGUAGGGCAUCAGGCAGGAGGAAGAGGCAAGCAUUGGGUUUCCCAUGAAGAGGCGGGGUCCUACCAGAUGCAUUGCUGGUUGUGUCUUCCCAGGAGAACUGAAUUCAGCGUGAUUUACUUCUGAGUUGAAUUGUACAGGGUUGCACUCUGAGGCUGCAAUAUUAUGCUUUCACACUUGUUUGGAAGUAAGAUGACAGUUGCACAAAGAUGAUUUCUAGUUGGGUAGGGUUGAAAUGAUGAAAGCGUCAUGAAAAGGGCAGGGAAACCAACCAGGCAAUUCAUAUCAGGCAAAGACAUCUCACUCCCUCUUCACCCUCUGGUGUGGACAGACAGCAGGAGAUGUGGAAACACAUCAAAGCAGAGGAACUAUAAAACAACAUGCAAAUUCGAAUUUAAACAGUGUGGUAAUGUGAACACAGCAUUGGCCCUACUGGUUUGGGAUAAUUGUCACCCAGAUUCAAAUAUUCUAUCUUGGACAAAGUGUUGAAACGUAUGCUGGCUGUUCAACUCCAAACGGUGUUGGAAGAUGCAGAAUCUGGUUUCUGGCCUGGUUUUAGGAUAGAUGAAGUCUUGGUUACCUUGGUGAAUGACUCACACUGGUGAAAUGGAUACAGGAAAUUCAAGCCAGUUGAUUUUCUUGAACUUCUCAGCAGUUUUCAAUACCACUGCCCAUAGAACCUUUUGGAGCACUUGUUGUUCAGCCUGAGACGCAUGAUGUGAUGGUGUUUCUGGUCCUUUGUGGAUUAUUCUUCUCAGGCAGUGCUGAAGACGUCAGUCCCCAUAAUGACAAUUGACUUAAUGACCGUUUCCAGGUUCUGUUCUGUCACUCAUGUUUUUUAACAUCUACAUGCAAACAUUGGGAGAAGUCAUCCAGAGAUUUGGACUGAAGUGCCAUCAGUAUGUAGUAGUAGAUUAUAUUUGUGGUGGUGGGUGUCCCAAGUCAUAUCAGAGUAAACCUAUUGAAAUUAAUGGACUCGACUAACUUUUUAAAUUUAAUUUCAGUGGUCAUACUCGUGAGUAUGACUAACCCUAUGUGUUUUAUAUGUUAGUUUGAUUUUGAGAGCCACCUUGUGUUGCUUUUUUUCUAAUAUUUGGGGUAUAAAUCCACUAAAUAAGUUACUUAUUGGCAUCCCAUUAUCUCCUGAACAUUUCUCUUUUUUUCAGUAGGUUGUCACUUCUUUAAUUCUGCUUACUCUUCUGUCUUUUGUUUUGCAGUUUUUAUCAACUGAUUAUUAAUCAUAUUUUAUGUUUCUGUGUUUAAUUUAUUUUAGCUGCCUUCAUUGGUUCAAAGCUUUAACUGGAGAGUUGGAAUAUAAGUACUUUAAUUGUAUAAUCCUUCAGCUUUCUAUUUAAGGCGAAACAUUGUUUCUAAGUCACUAUGUUUGCUUUUCUUAUAAAUCAACAUUGACAAUAGUGUUAGGCAGUCAGAUCUCCUUUAUCUACAAAAUGAUGCUAUUCAUUCCAAUAAUCCUUAUAUAGAAAUAUGACAUCACAUUUUAUCUUGAACUCUUUUCUGCACCUUACUGUGGCUUAUUGUUGUUAAAAUAAUCAGUGAUAAAUUUAACCCAUUUCUGUGACUAAAUACAUUCGUUUGUCUUUUAAAUGUCAAACAUAAAUUCACUAGCAUACAUUUUAGAUAAUGUUUAAUGUUACAUCUGUGUUUUAUCAUGAUGAGAUCCACUUCAUGUGUAGGUUUAUGCAGAGCUCUGCAGAGGAAGCAUCAGGCUGUUGUCCAGAUCUUAAUCCCUAAUGAUUGGGCUUUUUUAAACAAAUGGAAAUUCUGACAGUUUGUGCAGAUACAUGUUUAUACAAAGAAGUGGCUGACAGCCAAAUGUUAAACCCAUCAGUAAUAUCAGAAUCUCCUCAGUGUGGUACGUAGGUCAUCGAUUUAUAACUGAAAAAUGGCUAUCUUUACUAGCAAAGUACCUGUAAAUUUCAUGACUGCAAAAGGGAAGCCAGGCCUCGCUAUCCCCAAAUACAGAUCAGCUUGUUUCUGUCAGAUAGUUUUGGCAGCUAUACAGGUGAAAGGUGAAAGGGAACCUACAUGGGUAGAGGGAUUAUCAAAUAGUUUUUGUUUUACAGUUUUCCAGAUCAGUGGUACUCUGUGAAAACACCUUUUAAAACAAGCUAGAAAGCAAGAUCAGGAGAAUGUGGUGGAUUGUGUUGUUCAUCACUACCAUCAUCACUAAGAUGUGCAGCAAGUGUCCCCUUCUUUCUGUCUCCACACAUGCAUACACAUGUGCCACAUUCCACAAGGUAAACAGAAUAGCAGUGGAAGUACUGUUUGAGAGAAAGUACUAUAUUGGUAGCAUCGCUAAGUAUAUUUAAAUGGGCAAUAAAUAUAUUAACAUCUAUUUAUUGCCUAUUUAACUUCACUCUAGAAAGAGAAUAUAUUAUUUUUAACUUUCAGCUUCCUCCAAGUGCUGAAUGCUGGAACAGUUAGGUGCAGAAAAUGAGGUUCUGGUCUCAAAUACCUGGGCCACCUGACUUAUUGCAUCACCAAGCUAAGCAGGGCUAUCUACAUUUCAAAAACUGAUGCUAGGCUGCAACAGGGGUGAGUCCUUGAAGCUUUGCUCUCAGGUUGUGUCCAGAAAACUAUCACUGGUUCAUUAACUUCUGGGGUGAACCAAGGCUGAGAGUUAGAAGACCUGUUGACAAGGCCUAGGCUAAUAGCGCUGCUGAACCAGUAUGAAACCAUUCCUAUUUCAGCUUCAAUAGAGGACCAUUGACUAAUCUGGGGUGAAGGAGAGGUGAAGUUGUCUAAGGUAUAUGAUCCUGAAUAAGAAGAAAAUGAAUGGGUGUGAGAAGGAGGAGAGAGCAAGCAGUGGUAGGGUUAUCUGUGACAUCCUUCUUCCUGUUGAAUGAAUUCUGCUUCUGAAGUGAGAACUUCAAGGUAUGGAGGAUAUGAAGUAAACUCAUAAUUUUCCAUAUCGGAAACUAAAAUGUCAACACAAUCCCUAUUCCUAGUAACAUAUGUCAAAUGUUUAUUGAAUCCAUAAUUUGUUCAGACUGUGGCAGAAAUCCGCCCAAUAUUCAUGGGAGAAUGUGGUAUGAUCUUUUAGAGCAGUCAAAUGAAACUUUAUUACAUAGCAUGACAAAGGUCUGUAAUUUUAUCAGGACGAGUUACCGUAUAUGUUGUUUACUGGGUUGGGGAACAGUAGAAGCUAUUGGUAAUUGCGGCUCUGCAGGUGGGCACACAGUUGCAGAGCCAUCACCAGAACUCUCCUGACCUGACCUCCACCUUGGCCUUCCCCAUCCUGAUGAGUGCGACACCCCACCACAAGCCACUACUGCAAUCUUGUGGCUGCCCUGAACCUUUUGUGAUAUGCAUAUAUUGCCCACAUCCUCUUUAAAACUUGACCACACUGUUUCCUCUCCCCACAGUAGCCACAAUACUUUACUCUGCAAAAUAUUGUAGAAAGAGACAUAUUUGGGUGGCUCAGUUCAGUAAUAUCAGUGCAGAGGUGCCACAUUAAAGGUUCAGACAAUUUUCUUUGCAUGCUCCUGAGAAAAGUUGGCUAUUUCAUAUCAACAGCAGUGUUAACUGAGAGAACUUUGACUUGAGUUAGUAAUUAAUUUCAUGGUUUAAGUUAAUAAUUUUGAAAAUCUACUGAAAUGACAAUACUGAACUGUAAGAUUUGCUAGCUUUAUUUCAUGGGAAAAAUUGCUUUCUGUUCCCAACACUGAAAGGGAUCCGCCUUCUCUUCUCCCACACUCUUUUUCUCCCCCUCCCAAGGGGUUGGCCUUCGUAUGUCAUGCAUUCCCACCCUAACUUGUCUCAGACUGCUGCAGAGUAGCACAAAUACUUGGUUUUCUUUCUAGCUUGAGGGUGGAAGAAGCUUUCAUUUCCUUGAGAUCACUGGUAUGCUGCUGUUGGAAGAGAAAAUUGCUGAAUUCUACAAUUGUGUUAAACCUUUUGGUUAAGAAUGCUGGCAAGAACAAAUAGUAAAAAUAUGAAAAAGGAACUGGUUAUAGAAUCUCCACAAAAGUGCCCAAACGCAGCAAGUUCUGAGGCAGAAGUGGACAGUCCAGUUGAAGUUUUGGUAAGGUGAUCUCUCCUCUCUCUCUCUCUCUCUCUCUCUCUCUCUGUGUGUGUGUGUGUGUGUAAAAGGGAGAGAGGCUAUGCAGAAACAUUUCUAUUUAGAAAUCCUUGAAUGCUUGUAAAGUUAAUUUUCUUUGUGAUAAACAAUUGCAUCUUCUACUGUUCACAGUUCUGUUGCAAUCUGCUAGUGUGACUUUCAGUGACUAAUUUCUAUAUGAAACAUUUGGUCUCUCUUUAUAGUUGGUAAAAACACUUUCUAAUUUCUUUUCUAAACGGCUGCCUAAUAUUAAAUUAAUAUAAGCAAUCUAAAGUGGAAACUCUUAAUCCUUUGAUAUUAUAAAUAAUAUGAUGAAGCAAAUGUUCUGCUGUCUCCAGUUUAAUUUUCAGUGUAGGGUGCAUUUAAAAUACUUGAGUGUUUGAAAUGUACAGUACAGAUACUGUUGCCUUUGUUAUCUUGCAGUACAUUUCUUAAGGAAAACAUUUUUUGUAUGUGCAGACUGAGAAUUCUAGUCCUCUUGUUUAGCUUGAUUAUAUUCAGGGGUGCGGAAACAAGGCAUGCAAUGCACUUCUGAGGAAUCAUUGAAAAUAUUAUGCUUUUUGUGACUGAUGAGCUUCUAUGUUCCACGGGCGACCUGUAUAGUUGUACAAGUUGUACAAGAAGUUUCUGGUUGCGUACUCUUAUUGUAAAAUCUGCAUUAAUUUUGAUAUGUAUUGUUUUCAUUUGUUGGGGGGGGGUGAGAAUGUUAUGUCUUAAUAGCUCAUGAGUUGUGACACCAAAGGAAGUAUGGUUGGACCUUAUUGUGUGCGAGGUCCACCAACACUCUGCACUCAGAUAAUUAGUUCUUUCAGCUGUUUGGCAAGACAUUAACUAGAACAUUGUGUUAAAACAAAACAGCUGCAAGUGAGCAAUUGUUCCAAAUGGCAGGCACUCUUCAUUAGACCUAGGUGUAUUGUUUGUUAAUAUAUAAAUGGCUAAUAUCUACUAGACAAUUUUCAAACAUGCAUGUUCUCCAUGGAGAAAUAAAAUAAACACGGCAAAUGUUUUGCCAGAAAGAGAUGCAUUUUAAGGAGAAAGCAAUGAGCAGUGUGCUAGAUUCCUGCUUGCUUCUGUUUUGAAUAUCCUUCCUGUAAAAUCCUUGUGGAUUUUAUAUUUGGAUGCAUUGUACUUUCCUAAGUAUUUGGGAAGGGCAGUGGGGGAUGGAAAAGGAGACAUGUUAUGUCUUAAUAGCUCAUGAGUGGACCCCAAAGGAAGUGCACACUGCUAACAAAAUUGAAUGGAGAAGUGAGCCACAUCCCUUGUUUUGAGAAACUAGUAAUCAGUGGGUGUAUAUUCUAAAUAACAUCCAGGUUUUCAUCAGAGAUAUUCUAAGCAAGUUUUCUUUCUCUCAGCCCUUCUUUUGCAAUGCUUCUUUAUUUAGACACAUUGCAUUUUCACCCUUAAGUUAUAAACAAAUUAAAUGUUAAAAGUGAAGUUAUUCUGCAUGCUCAUUAUUGAAAUUAUUUUGUACAUUUCAAAUGAGUUAAAGGGGGAGACAAAACAUUCAUAACUUCAUUUUUGUUGUGUAACACUGAAGUGGGAACUAUGUAGAGAGAUCUGCAAGUUACGUAUUAUGCUUGUGCUCAUGCUCAUGAGGAAGAUGCCAAUUACGGUUGUAAAAAGAAGUGCUUUCUGUUUCCCACCUGGGGAAACAAUCAUGGCUGUUGCCUUUCACAUGUAAUUUCAGAAUGUAUUGUAAUGGUUAAAGGUAGAUCACAAAUGAAACCAUAUCGCAAGGUGGAUUUCUAUUAACUAUAGAAAUAAUCUCCUUGUUCAACAUAAUAGUAAGCCAUUGCUUCACUCUAUGUACAUAAGUUAGAACCAACCCAAGCAAAGCCUUGGGACUAUCCUGUCCCCAUGCGACUGGGUGAAGGACUUCUGCAGCAUUAUGUAUGAACCAAAAAUGGUUGUUUAAAACACACUCACACAAUUUCUAAACAAACCAACUUCAGAACAUGGGUUCAUUGUGCAUGUAGUGCUAAACUAUAAACAGUAACAUGAAAAGUCAGUCCAUUAUGGUUGACAAAAAUAAAUAAAUGUGAGUUUAAGGUGGAAAGUUGAGUACUGUAGUGUUAUUUCUUUGUGUAUUUUCUUAGAAAAAUUAUAGGGCAGAAUUCAACUCAUUGGACCUGCUAGCAAAAGCCCACACAACUACUUAUACUUAAAUCCUACCAAAUGAAAGUAAGCUUGAUAAGGAUAAGUCAUGUAUGGAAAUGCUGCGUUAUCUCCUACCUCUUCGCCAUUCAUACUUUUCAUGAAGGGAGAGAGGAAUGCUCCAGAUACUUUGCUCAUAGCUUACCAUGUUUUUGCUGUAGGGUGGGGAAAUCAUGGUGGUGAGGCAGAACAGACUGGUCUUUAAUUGUGUAACUAAAGGGAAUGUAUAUGCUGCUUUCCUACAUCUUGCUUCCCUCUCUUCUUUCUUCAAGUUCCGCAGCUCCUUUACUGGAUCACCUUCUUGCUGUAAUCCAUGUUAGAGUAAAAGGACCCCUGACAGUUAAGUCCAGUCGCGAACGACUCUGGGGUUGCGGCACUCAUCUCACUUUACUGGCCGAGAGAGCUGACGUUUGUCCGCAGACAGUUUUUCCGGGUCAUGUGGCCAGCAUGACUAAGCCGCUUCUGGCAAAACCAGAACAGCACACGGAAACGCCAUUUACCUUCCGGCCGGAGCUGUACCUAUUUAUCUACUUGCACUUUGAUGCGCUUUCGAACUUCUAGGUUGGCAGGAGCUGGGACCGAACAAUGGGAGCUCACCCCGUUGCGGGGAUUCGAACCACCGACCUGAUCGGCAAGCCCAAGGCUCAGUGGUUUACACCACAGCGCCACCCGCGUCCCUACCCACCCGCAUCCCAUGUUAGAGUAGUAAUGCUUAAAUGCUUUUACCACAUUGGACACACAAUUAUUUUAACCAAUAUGCUUUUGAGUCCUUAAUUACAUAACUUCUCUUGUAUGGUUUGUACAAAACAAAGUAGUGAGGAAGGAGCAGAAAUGCAGACUCUACUGAGACCUUUCAGACUUUACUUCACAUGAAUGGGUCUCAGAUUCCAAAUUCAGGCACAUGUAUACAGAGUAGGAUUGUAAAGAUGAGGACAGAAGGAAAUGAAAUAUAGAAAAAUACAAAUGGUGGUGAUCACAAAUGCUGAUCAUUACCUUGUUAAGAAUGGCCAUUCACAAAAGUAGUUGAUAAUACAGAAAUUAUGGCAUUGAUAAGCCAGUUAGCACAUGCAGUGUGGAAAAAAUACCAAUUGUGCUGAUUCAGAUGUAGUCUGAACGUAGUAUGUCAGAUGUAGUAUGCAUCUGAAUACCAGCUAAUAGAAACUGUAGAAGGGCAGAGUAUGUCUGAGUUCAGGUCAUGCUUGCAGGUUUCCCAUAAGCAUCUGGUUGGCUACUGCAAGAACAAGAUGCUAAACUAGAUAGGUCACUGGCUUGUGUUAUGUUCUUAUGAGAGUACAAGUGCUGAACUGCAGCCUUACAGACCCAGAGGGAAUGUAGCUCUCCAGGCAGGGGGGUGGGAGUUGCCCCACACCUGCUGCAUGGUUCAUUACUUUUCAGCAGGCCCUUUUCUUGUGCUACAAAUACCUCUGUUCACUACUUACCCCAAAAGGUCACAAUAUGUAGUUCUGAAUACAUCUAAAGAGUGGAGCUUGUGCUUCCAAAUGUGUGUGUUUUACAGGGGUGAAGUUAUUUCCUAGCAUCUUGAGGCCCAAAAAUAAUCGCUUUAGAGGUAGUAUUGUAUGUAGCCUAUAUAACUUUUUCCCUGUUAGACAAUGGUUUAUAGAAUGGAAAAUAUCUGUAAGAGGGAGCACAGGGGAGAAUCUGCUUUCCUGGAAAGUGUGUCACUGUAAGUAGUGCCAAAGUCAAUAUGUUGUCCUCUAUUCUUUUGUUGAGAAUGAUGAAAUAUCCUUCCUCUUACUGAGGAUGUGAACUCUAGAAAACAUAUCAGAAUAUUCUCUUAAAUGAGAUGAUUAUUGUUAGGGUUAUGAAUAGGUGUGUAAGGCAUUAGUUUCAAGAAUAGCAUGCAGUCUUAACGAGGGCCCUGUGGCUAAGGUUAGUAGAUUUCCAUAUGUUUCGGUAGGGUAGAAAGGAUAGGAAUCUUGUCCAUUAGAGCCAAAUGUAAUCCAUGCUAUUCAAAAGAAGAUAAGAGCAGGUUCACUGGAUCAGGCCAAAAGACCAUCUGGUCUAGCAUCUUGCUCUUACAGGACCAGCCAGACCACAAGCAGCACCUGAGUGUAUGAACACUUCCCACUUAAGACAGUGGAAAUACAACAUAGCCAUCAUAGCUAGUAGGCAUUAUAGGGUGGUUUUAUUUAUAUUUAUAAACUGCUAAACCUUACAAAACACCGCAGUGGUUUUUACAACCAUUUCUAUUUGUUUGUUUAAAGGUCAUACCCUGCUUUCCACCAUGCAGGUUUCAAAGCAGCUUACAACAACAAAUAAAGUACAACAAAUAAAGCAGUUAUCCCAAGAGAAAUCAGUUACUGCCCAUGAGUCAGCUCAUACUUCCUGUAAAGCCUGUAGAAAUAGGAGAGUUUCUGGCACCUGACAAAAUAUGUACAAUCUCAUAGCUGGGUUAACUUCAAUGGGCGAUGUAUUCCACAAGGCAGGUACUCUGUGUGGAAGGACUUCAAGUCACUGUGAAACAAACCUCUGGUACAUGGGACACCACAAGCAGGGCCCCCCAUAGAUGAGCACAGUGAACAAGCAGGGCUUUAUAUAUAAACAGUAAAAUAUUAAGUUUGGCCCAGUAGCUUAUUGACAGUUUCUCAACACAGGUAUUAUGUCCCACAUAGAACUCAUUGCAAUAAUUCAGCUGUGAUUUUACCAAUGUUACCAAUGUCUAGGAAUAUCUGUAGUUGGCACACCAGCCAAAACUUACAGUAACUACUCCCAGCCACUGAGGCCACUUGAGCCUCCAGUGACAAUUACAGAUCAAGAGGUACUCCUAGACUAUAUAAAUAUUCCUUCAGAGGUAGCAUAACCCCAUGCUGAAAAGGUAACUGACCUAUAUCCAGAACAGCACAGCCAUUCACCCACAGAGUCUCCAUUUUACCAGGAUUUGGCUUCAGUUUAUUGCUUUAUUAAUAUUCUGGGACAAUAGGCUUUGAAAUACAUUCUUUAUUUUAUUGUGUACCUACAUGUGGUUGCAAGAUGAAAGGGGGAAAUAAUCCUAUUUUGUUGGAUCAACGCAUGUCAGUACAAACAACAAAUAAUCUCCCAGUUAUUCGUAAACCUUAGCUUUUUCUUCAACAGAUUAACUACUUUGCUAGAACAUAGAAGUAAAUAUGUACAGUGCCUUAAAUCUUAAAAUAUUGUCAUGAUAGGGAAGAAUAACUUUUACUUGUAUUCAAACAACAAAUUUUAUAGUAAAGUAAAUGAGGAAAGGAGUUUAAAACUGGUUGUGGGUAGAGAUCUGGAAUAUAACUGUCCACAUUGAGGAAGAAAGAAGGAGGUUGUAACUUUUUCCAGGCUUGGCUUUAACGGUAAAAUUUCUAGCUGCUUUAAUUGGUUAUUUUUCUGUUGGAAAUGUGUAUUUAUUGGGGCUUGAACCUCUCAUUUACAUUGUGUGCGUAUACUUUGCUUGAACUUUUCGUGCUAUUAUCAGUAUCUUGUAAUCUCACCAGAUGCCUUUUUCAUAGGAAACUUUCCAUGAUAUGCUUUAUUUUGAAGCUUUCAGGAAAUAGAAUUUCAGGAAGCAUAUUUAAAAACAAUAGUCUGAGCUGUGUUUGUAGGAGAUAUUUCCACCUGAUACCAUAAAACCAGUGUUCUUUCUUAGUGUUGCUAAUAGACCUGGGCCCUUGUCCAGAGAACCACACAAGCAAGAGAACAUUGCAUAGAUGGGCUUGUUCUCUUACAGUGCCAACUGGAAUUGAAGCAGGAGCUUAACACAGUGCUGAUCCACAGUUGAAGGAGUAUAAACAGGGGAAGGGUGUGCCUCUACUUGUGUUUCUCCUAUUGCAGAUUGGGAUUAUGAAGCUUUAGAAUGAAGACUCUCGCAUGUUUACCUAUUAGACUGGUGAGGAGAGCACAAAGAUGGCACUUGUUCAAGUGUGCACAUACAGGCAGCUGUGUCUGAGACACAGCACUAACUGGUUCACCCAUAGCCCUCCCCACAGUUGGCUUCUGCACCUGUAGUAUGGCUGAUCUGGAAGAUAUCUGCAUAUGUGAAUUGCAUUCUCUGGAUGUAUGCAACUGGAAGUUCUUUCACUACCUGUGAAAGAGCUUCAGUAUCAUUCUGCUUCCCAGUGGUAACAAGUGGGUACAGUGGUACCACGGGUUAAGUAAUUAAUUCGUUCUGGAGGUCCGUUCUUAACCUGAAACAGUUCUUAACCUGAAGCACCACUUUAGCUAGUGGGGCCUUCUGCUGCUGCCAUGCCCCGGAGCGCGAUUUCUGUUCUCAUCCUGAAGCAAAGUUCUUAACCCGAGGUACUAUUUCUGGGUUAGCGGAGUCUGUAACCUGAAGCGUCUGUAACCCGAGGUACCACUGUAUUUGAUCAUGGAUUAAUAGUCAUUAUUUCCCCACCCCAUAGUAUCAUUAAUCUAAACAGUGGUGUGAAAAAUACAAAUUACAGAAUCUAGCUCUUCCAUUUGUUCGUGUAUAUUUUCUUUGGUGGAGGAAAUAACUGUUAUGGUUAGCAGUUUAUGCACAAGGGUAACAGAUUCUUUAGGUAGCUUGUUUCCUUUUUGAGAUUAACGAAGAACUAGUAUUUGUUAGUAGCACCUAAUGGAACUAAUUGAGAUGAAGGGGUGUGAUUGGAUCUCAGCUAGAAGAAUGAUGCUGUCAUUGAGCUCCAUGUAGUGUCCUUUCCCAGGGGUGGAGGAAGGGGGGUGCAGUGGGGGCGGUUGCCCUGGGUGUCACCACUGAGGGCGGUGACAAAAUGCCAGGCGGCACUCGCGGGGCCUGCAGCGCGCCCGAGCCACUCGUCUCUCCUGGGAGACACAUGGGGCUUGAGCAUGCCCGGGCUCCGCUCUGCCAAAUGGUCUGCCCGCUGCCUCCCCCUCAGCUGUAGGGCAGCAGAGUGGGAGGAGGCAGGUAGACUCCAGAGGCCCCGCAGAGUGUCCUGCCCCGGCUGGCCCUGCUCCAUGGGUGGUUGGCCCCACUCCCGGGCGCAGGGCACGCGACCACCCCCAGGCGCCUGAUCGGCUUGCUCUGCUGCUGCCCUUUCCAUCCUCUGUUUAUAAGGCAGGCUAAUUAUUUAAAACCAGAAACAAAUUUAGCAGCAAUACUGUUAAAUUGAGAAACAAUUUCCUUUGAAAAAGAUUCUGAAUUAAAUUUAGAUUAGGAGUAAACAAAAAUAGUUCACCCACAGAUUUUUACUGGCUUUUAUUGGCUCAAAAACUCAAGUAAAAGUUGAUCUAUCUGUGUCCUAAUACUAGAAUGUUCAAGCCAAAUGGCUUCAAUUGUGUUUUACUCCUUUGCGCCGUGCUGUUGCUGUUUGAAACACUGAGAGAAAAAUGAAGAUACUAAGUAAACUUGUGUCUACAAUACUCUUUUGGGAAAAUGUCUCUGGAGUCCUUCAUGGUUCUGUCUUAGAAGCAAGGCAGAAAAUUUGCUGCAACUCUUAACUGUACACAUUCUAGCAUUUAAAAUCUGCCACCUGGCUUAUGCAGGCAAUUAAGAAAAUUGAUGGUCACUGAUUUUAAAUGUGUAUGUGUUGUAUUUUAUAUAGAUUUUAUUGUAAACUGCUUUCAUGUUUUUUUAUGAUACAGUGGUAUAGAAAUAUUUAAAUAAAUAAAUAAAUAAAUAAAUAAAUAAUACACAUAAAAGUUAUUUAUUCCUAUAUAGCACAAUAAAAACAUUUCUGGUUUGCUAUCAUAUGCGGUUAUUGCUUUCACAUACAGUUGUGUGAAAUACCUAUGUCACGGCAAUCUGUUUCUAAUAGAACCUAGAUGGGUAGCUAUAUCAUGUCUGUUAAAGUUUUGAUACUUUUCUGCAGUACGCCUUUCUCAGAGUAGGAUCAGUUACCUUUAUGUUCUUUUUAAUCAGUGUUCCUUGAUUAAAGGAAUUUAUCUUUCACAUUCAUUGGCAAUGGUCAACUGCUUUAAUAAGUCUCAUCCUGAUUUGUUCAUUUGCAGAAAUCAUUAGAUUUUGCUGGUGGUUUCAGCGAAAAUAUGUCUGUAUAACUAGAGAUGUAAUGAUUUAGUUAUCUAGCUGUUGAGUAACAAGUGGGAUAUUAUGGUCAAGUUGUAUUUCAACCAGAAAAACUGUGUGUGUGCGUGUGUGUGUGUGUGUGUGUGUGUGUGUGUGUGUGUGCCUUGUAUUUCUUUAGGGUUUGGUCUAUUUUAUUAUGUCGUCAAGAGUUUCUCCGUUUACUUUUGAAGUUAAGUUUGCCUAUUCUUUUGCAUGUGGGUGUUCUUAUUAUUCUUUGAACUAAGUAUGCUCCGCUAUACAAACAAUUAAAGCAUACUUUUCUUUUUUGUGAUAAUGUAUUGUGUUCUCUGUAAAAAAACAAAAACUAAAACUUAGUUGCACACUCCCAGUUCUCUAGCCUCUCCUUUGAUAGUGUUUCUUUCCAAAUAUAACAUUUUGUUCUUUUGAACUCCAUCCAAUAUGACGUUUUAUUUAACAGGAAUGUUCCCAUGUGGUAGAUAUUAGAAAAUCUGAAUUAAAUUUGACUAACCUGUGUGCAGAUCAGUGUGUCUCCAAAGAAGCCUUUUUUGAAGAAAAUCUUAACAUAUGCUGUAUCUUCCUCUGAAUCCUGAGAUAGGAAAAAAUGAUCUUUGAUAGAAAGUCUUCUGAUUUGCCUUAAUUUACUUCAUGUAAUUGUUAAAUAUUGGGACUUACGGUAAAUUCCCACAUAGUGUUGCUGAUACAGAGAAAUAUUACAUAUUUUCCAGUGAAAGGAGCAUUCAGAAGAAAAAUACUUUAUGGGAAUUCAAGCAAAAAAAGUGAACUUAAACCAUUCUCGUACUAUUUUCUGCAAGCUUCCUUCCAUGGUAUUUACACAACUAGAGCCUUUCUAGAUAGCAAUAAAAACCUUAUCAAGACAUGUGAAGUGUCCUAUUGCAGCAUAAUUAGUAUUCACAGUUUCAGCUAGAGGUUUACCUGGAUCCAUGAUCCAAAAGGUUUUUUUUGUUUUUUUGUUCAGAGAUUCUAUAAAAGAUAAUCAGUUGCUCACUUGGAGCUGGGCAAUAAUUGGCAUAGUUUCUUUAUCUAUGUUAUGUCGAGUAAUUUUGCUUAAAUUGUAUGUAUGUGUAAUGGAUAGAUAGAUAGAUUAGAUAGUGGUAUUACAGUUAUUUCCAAGCCAUUAGAAUCAGGUUGCUUAAUUGCAGCAAAAUAUACUAGAGGUGUUUGCCUUGUGUUAAGAAAGGCUGCACAAUAUUCAGUGAUAAGAGUAAAAUAUCUCAUUUGUAAACUAGGAGAAUACUUGAGAAUAAUGCAGCUAUUAGAUAAAAUUGAAGCAUCAGCCUAAUGACAUAAUACUGUGCUGAUUUAAAAGGAAUGGAUUACUUUAUAUACAUAAACCUGCAUUUGUUAAGCAUUUUGAACUUAAGUAAAACUUGACUUGUGUCUCCAUUGUGUACAGCAAUUUCUCCACACAUGUUGGCUGUAUUGUUUUUUAUACAAACACUUUGUUAUCUGUAGUUCAGUUCAAACUCUGUUUCUAUGGUAUUCUAACUUUAUUGUCUGCAAUCCUAUACACACUUAAAUGGAGCUUAAUGUGUAGAAUUGUGCUGCAGCAGCCCAUGGGUAUAUAUAAAUCCACAUAAGUAUAUUUAUAAAUAAAUUUGUGUUAUCUAAUAACUUAAAUAUUUCUGUUUCUUUUUAGGCAAAACCAAAGCUCAUUGAACCAAUAGACUAUGAAAAUGUCAUUGUUCAAAAGAAAACUCAAAUCCUCAAUGAUGCCUUGCGUGAGAUGCUGCUUUUCCCUUAUGAUGACUUCCAGGUAGCGUCUUUAAUUCCAACACUAACAAUUUUUUUUAAAGUUAUUGUGUAUUACCUGGUUAGCUAUAAAGCAUCAAAUGCUAUUUCCUUUAAACUUAGAUUCAGGCUAUAUCCUAACUGAUUUUACUGGUUACUAUUGCUUCCCCUCCCCCUAGGUAUGUGUGUGUGUGUGUGUGUGUGUGUGUGUGUGUGUGUGUAUAUAUAUAUCUCUAUAUAUCUAUAUAUAUGUGUGUAUAUAUGUAUACACACACAGUGUAUGUGUAUAUAAUAUAUAUAUAUACAUAUAUAUAUAUAUCUUUUAGUACUUUUACAUUAGAAAUAUGGUAAACUCAUGAUUUACCAUUAUGAAGAAACAAGGCUAUUGUUUAUUCUGUGCUGCUUAGUUGCUUGACUCCAGACUCUGUUCAAUGUUUUGGUCCUAAUCUUAAUUUUUUUAUUUUAUUGAGUGACUCCUUGUACAUUUGUGUCUGCAUGCUCAGAUCAACAUCUGAGGUUCUGUGUCUUGCUCUGUGUGUCUGAUGUGCAGGCAGGUACAGAUUCUCAGUCAUGGAAUCUAGCUGCCCUUAGGGAUGCUGAUGUAACUCCCAUCACUGUGUGGUUUUGCCAUAUAGUGACAUCUUGGCUCUUAAGGCAGGGUCUUUGGGAUUGCACAACUUGGCUUUUGGCAAAUGGCUUUUGGCAUUCUCCACUGUCUUUUUUGUGUCUUUCAUUUUUGUUUGCUUCUGUGGCUUUGGUCAUGUUCGUUUUUUUGUUAUAAAACUCUUACUAAUUUUAUUAUUAAUCAAAUUAAUAAGCGAUACAAAAUACAUCAAUUUUGGAGUUCUUUUUUGAAAGAAAAAUAGAAUACAAUUUUUAAAUAAAAAAGGAAAAGUAAACUAUGAAAUUUACUAUGUUUAAUCACCUCAGUGUAGCUAUAGGAGUUAUAUUUCCCCAAGACAGAGUUCUUUAUUUAAAAAUAUACAUAAACAAAUAUUCUGCUUCCAGCAUAAGGUUAACUUAAUUGUGUGCGUUUCUUCAGUGACUUCUUCUUCCUUCACCUCACCACAAAAGAUUGUAUGUGGAGCAGAGGCGGGGAACCUUUUUUAGUCUGAGGGCCACAUUUCCUUCUCAGCAAUUUUCUAGGGGCCACAUACACCAGUGGUGCACACAGAGGCAAAAGUAUGUGGAGCCAAAAAUGAAUUUCCCCCCUUUAUAUAGUAGGCUGUUCUCUACACAAACUCAUGCAUCCGUCUCUGUCCCUAGUCAAGGCAAGCAAAAUGCAUCAUCAGAGUUCAAGGACAUAUUCCAGCCAGUCAAAAACAAUCAAGGAGGUUGCAAUGCAGGACUAGAGGGCAGAGUCAGAGGUGGUUAGGAAGAGAUUGCAGUUUGGGAAGAAUCCCAAGGGCCAGAUAGAGAGGCUUGGACAACUGCUUUUGUCGCUUGGGGCAGAGGUUCCCACCCCAGAUAUAGAGCCUUCCAUCCACUACUUAAAACCUGGUUGUACAGCUAGCAUAAAAAAACAACCAGCGGUGUUAGUUUGUCUCACAAGAAGACUUGGAUUUCUUACUGCAGCCAUGUGAAAGUAUUUUAACUGCUCUGGGAUUGACCACUAUAACUGGCUGUGGCAUGGUGACAUUGUUUUAAAAAACACACAGCAAAAACUAUUCUGAAGGCUCUCCAGCCAUCAUGGAAGUAACUCAAAUUAGUAUGUAACCACUUUGACAGAGAUGGUGCAAAAAAUGAACAUGUAACAUAGCAUGGCAGACCUGCUUCAUGUGUUUGCUGUAUCUUCUUGAGACUUGCAGGAUCUUCUGGGGUUUUACUAUUCAUUAAACUCCUUUAAGAAAAUGAUCACAGUUCUGGCUGUGAGAUUUCUCUAUUUCUUGUUGAAGCCCCAUGUAUCCUGAUGCAAAGUAAAAUGAGUGAUUUUUUUGUUGAUAUUUGCCUUAAAUGUUUGAUAUAAAUACUGGAUUUAAUUCAUGGAAUGCUGAUAUUUUUUCUGAAUAUGAGCAUGUUACUUUUUUCUUUUUGGUAAAUGGCCUUUGUUUUAAAGAAGGAUGCCCUCCUUCUUUAAAGGGUUUGAACUAUGUUUAUCUCUGUUUGGAUAAUACUAUUUUUAGCAGAACAAAGGAAGAAGUAUGCUGAGUAUCCAUGGAAAGACCAGUAUUGAAUGCAGGAAGCAGGUGUGACUGCAAACAAUAGCAAAUGUAUAUGUGGUUCAAAGAAAGUUAAACAUCUUGGGAUUUGUUAGCAAUCCAGUAAGACUCCAAAUAAGCUUAAAACCAUCCUAGAGUGUAGGCCAUAAUCUUGAUAAGAAUUAUUGGGAAGACAUCAAAGUUAAUACACAUAAUGUACUUUACAAAACAAAUUAAACUACCAGUUCUGCCACAGAGCUGACUUUCUGAUUCACAAUUUGAUUUGUAAUACAGUAGUAGCCAUACUAUGUUAUUGUACUCCAUAUAAUAUGUAAUGUAACACUCCAUUGCUAAUAGCUACGGAGACAGUCAUAGGACUAUUACAUCAAAAGAGGCAAAUCACUUGGGGAUCCUUUGUUUGAGUGAAGUUAUGUAUAUGAAGAUUUGUAGAUGAGGGAUUAUUGUGGUGUAGAAGGAUAGGAGAGGCAUGAGUCUCAUAGUUCAGGCAUACACUAAUAAGAGGAGGGGAAAAUAGGACAUGCCAGGGGAGGUUUGAUUUAGGGGAGGAAAUAAUUAUUUUGACUAAAAGUAGAGCUGAGACAAAAAGUUCUUUCAGUUUGAAUUUGGGAUAGGCAAAAGUGGGGGCUGAUUUUCCCUUACAAAAUAUUUUUGGGUAACUCCCCGUCAUUUUGGGAGGGAGGGGCCCUCUCAGUAGCAACUACAGCUUUCUCUUUAUUUAAAUUGCUUUUCUGUCAGCUGCUAUUCCCUCUUCCAGUGCUAUAUGUCAUAACAUAGUCCUGUAACAGUCCACCACAUCUUGUGAGGGCAAAGUAAGAUUGUUGUUUUUUUUUUCUUUUUCUUUUUAAAGCAAAGGAGGAAAGCUCCCUGAAGCUUAAAUACUAAUUAACCUUCACUCCCAGGAAUAGUUCCAAAAUAUUUCCCCAAAUUUGCUGCCCUCAAAUGGGGUGAUGAAUUAGGGGAGGGCAUUUUUCAUCUGCACUCAGUGAAAGAAAAUGAAGGCCAUCCCUCUGUUGACCCCAACAGAUAAAACAUAGGUUUGUGGAAUUGAAGAGGAGGAGCUGCUACGAGAGAAGUAAGGAGAAACAGCAUCAGCAGUGGGUUCUAGUGAGCUCUUGCUGCUGCCACCACUUCUCUGAUGGGAGAGGGCUUCAGCAGGGAUGAGCAGUAGCAGUAGCGGUAGUGGCUGGGUGAGGCAAAACACUUUUUCAUUUUGCCUCAGGCAGCAAAUCAGGAUGAGCCGCCCCUGAGGUUCCUUGUAUCUGUGGUCAGUUAAACUUCCAGGCAGUCUACACUCUUGUGAAAAUUAGUCUUCAGCUUUGUUAACUCAUACACAGCCUUAACAACUGUAGAAUAAAGAUGCUUAAAAAGUUGAAUCUGAAUUAAGAGAGGUAGGGGAAAACUGGGACAAUUUCUCUUGGCUUUUUUCGUAUUUCAAAAACAGGAUUGUGAACACUAAGGGCCCUGUCUCAGAAUGAUAUGUAUGAUGACUAAACUAACAAAAUCCAGGCUACAGUAAAAACGUAUUAGUUAUAAAGUGUGGUGUAGUGGUUGGACUAGGAUUUGGGAGACCAUGGUUCAAAUCUCCCCUUGGCGUUGAAGCUCACUAGGUGACCUUGGACCAGUUGUGCCUCUUAGCCUAACCUAUCUUACAGCAUUAUUGUGGGUAUUAAAUGAGGAGGGGAGUGUAUACCACCAUGACCUCCUUGGAGAAAAAGGUGGGAUAGAAAUGUAUACAGUAUAAUAAUACUGUAAUGACAAUUUAUUUCCAUAGUGUGUAUUUUGGUAUUUUACAUAUAGUUCCAAAAAAAAAAAAAAAAAAGAAUUAACAAAUUGAUGAAGAACAAACCUUUCCUUGUGAGCUAUUUGAUUUUAGAAAUCAUUUUAGUUAAAUUUUAUAUUCAUUUCAGCCUCAGUCCUUGCCAUAUUUAUUUGGGAGUAAGCCGCAUGGAACUCAGCAGUGCUUGGUCUUAGACCUUGAUAGAAUUGCAUUGGAGGAUGUAAUUAGCACUUAUAAAUACAAGUGAAAACUAUUUGCAAUUAAUUAUACUUUGAUCUCUCACUAAAGACAGCAGUACUGAAACGACAGCAUCGAUAUGUAUGCUCUACAAUUCCUGAUAAUGCAGAGAAAGAAGCUCAGAGUUUAUUUGUUAAAGAGGUAAUGCUUCUGGUGUAUUUGCUACUUGAUUCCCAUGCUUUCUAUUUUUAAUUUUAUGUUGUAGCAAGUAGAACAUGCAGCAAAAUGUUGUUACAUAGUUAUCAACCCUAAAAGGAAUGGUCCUGUUCAGGGCUCCUGCUAGCUGGAACAGAAGACAUGUAGUUCUGUUGAUGCCUCUCGGAGUUUUAAGAAGAAUUUUAAAAAGCUCUCACUUGUUCUGUGAAGUGGUAAAGACAUUCUGACUGUCCUGCUUUAAAUCACCCAUUCUAGUCUGUUCAUACAUGUGUUAUUUUCACAGUUGUGAAUGUCGGUACUUUUUACAAGUUGAGAAUUGUAUGGUUUAUCUAGCUGUAUCAUUUCACUAUAGGACUUUCAAGGACAGCUACUAAAUUAACUUUUAUGAAAAAUUAGUUGCUAGCAUAGCCUUGGUUCUUAUAAUGAGCUUGACCAACAUGCAAGAUAAGCUAGUGUUGAAGCGAAAAUAAAUGAGAAUUGUUAUGUUAGCAGAGCAUGGGUGGAGUAAAAAUGUACUUCCUCUGAUCGAGGGUUGAAAAGGUUUUGCUGCAAUUUUAGCCAGAUUAGCAGCAGAACAAGCUACUUGUAUAUUCAGACGGAUAUUCAGUAAUAUUAAUUGUGAUAAAUUUUAUACAGUAUAUGGGUGCAUUUUUAUUUUUAUACUUUUUCUUACUACAGUAUCCUUAUUUAAUGGGGAGAAAUGCUUUUUCACUACUAACAAAUCUCAUCAAAAAUUUUAACUGACAGUUUUAAAGGCAACAAUUUAAAUAAAAAGAAGCUCUCGCACUGCUAAGAAAAUCACACUGUUCUAUAAAGAAUCUCACUCAAAGUUAUCAUAUGUUUUCUCCUUAUUUGCAGUGCAUUAAAACAUAUAACUCGGACUGGCAUGUUGUCAAUUAUAAAUAUGAAGAUUACUCAGGAGAGUUUCGACAGCUUCCAAAGUGAGUAGGGUUUUCUAGGAUUAUACAACCUUUGUACUUGCAAUAAGAUUUUUGUAAACUUUGGAUAACUAAUCUGAGGCUGUGUGGGUGAUUUGGUGAGUGACAAUUCCUUAUCUUUGUGCUGCUUAUGUAAUGUUUGAAAUAGUUUUGCCUCUCCUCCUUGCCCCCUUCGGAUAUUCAAGAGGUCCUUCAAUGAACACAGAGUAGCACUGUAGUAGUAGGCUGUAUCCGUGUGCUUCCUUAUAUGCUCACAAUGUCCCAGACAUACUUUGUUAGGCACUUCUGCCUAUGACUGGGAACCCUGUUUCUUCAAGAUUUUACAUCACAGGGAGAUUUAUAGGCCUGUUGAAAGAAAAAGCCUGCAUGCCCUAAACAUGUUUGGUACGUCUUCUUUGGAACUACUGAAAGGGGCUUGAGAUCCCCGAGUUCCAGAUGUAGAUACAACUUACAUAUUUUAAUGGAAACAAUGCAGGACACAGGAGUCAUUGGGCUCUUAUGCUACUUUGUUGUACCACCAUAUGUUGUAUCUGAAGUUGCUAUGGGUGGGAAUACUAUAAGGAAUGUCAACUUUUAAUGUCUUCGUUUCAUUUUUACCUUUACAGUGCACCUCUGAAAAUAGCAACUUGUUACUUGGGAGGUACUACAAAAUGGGAAUGAUUGGAGAGGCAAACAUUUUUUAGAAGACAACAAAUUCUCCUUUGAGAGGACAUAUUUGUUGCCAACUCCAUUUUAUUAAAGAGCAUAGAAUGUGCCAAAUAAUGCAAAACCCCAGUAAACAUGGAAAGGGGUGAAUGUGAUCUGUGUGUUAGUACUGGCAGAAUAUAUAGCGAGUAUGCCCCAAACACAUUGUCUUUUCUGCCAUAAUUAGGAUCAUUGCAGCUUGAAGAAAAGUUCCUUUUAAUGGUUUCUUGGCAAAUAGGAACUUUGUUUUUUAUAUUUUUUGAAGAGAAAUAGAAUACCAUUUUCUAAUAAGAUACAAUUGUGCUGAACCUGAAAGGCUAACACCAUGCACAGUGUCUCACCUGCCACUGCCCCCACAAAAAGCCCCACUACUUUUACUUCCAUUUAGGCAAACUAAUAAUAUAUGUUCUUUCAAGUAUACAUCUCUAUUUUACUGUGCAUAUAUGCAUUGACCAUUCAUUACUCUAGUGAUCCUGAACUGAUUAUUGUGGGAUGUGGUAUUCUUUUUUUCUUAGCAAAGGGACCAAAUUAGAUAAACUUCCAGUUCAUGUUUAUGAAGUUGAUGAAGAAGCAGAUAAGGAUGAGGUAAGCAUAUGACUUCUGUUUUCAACUUGUCAGUUUAAACUCUUGUAAUGUAAUAAUUAUUCAGAUAUUCUAGCAUGGUAGAAUGUCAGAUGGUUAUCAGAGAUGUGUAAAAUAUCCAUCUAAAUGCAGUUUUUAGUUUGUGGUGCAUAUCUGGUCCCAGAGUUGGCAGCUUAAUAAUCCUAGCGCUAUUGUCAGCUCCUGCUGACUUCACUUUAACUCUGGUGGAAAUUCUCUCAGGCCAUGUCUCUCUAACUCAAAACUAGAGAAAGUGUCAUUAAAUCUCAGUAGUUAAAUGUGAAACAAACAAAAUUUUAAAUAAUAAUCUAAUAUGGCCAUUGGCACAACCUAUCAGCAUUAAGUAGUUUUUGCUUGAUUCAAAAGACAUUUGAAAACAUGACCUGUGUGUAACUUUGAUCGGGAAAUGACCUGACCUACAGGAACCAGAAAGUCACUUUCUGUUAUAAAAUUAUUGUGUAAUUAGUUAGGGCAUUGUCUUCUUGAUUUAACAGAUGGCGUGAUAUGAGGUACUUUCAAAGUUUGUAAACUAAUUCUUUAUUCUCAUAUCCUGCCUUAUUCCCUCAAGGAAACAUAUGUUAAAGCCAAUGCAGUCUUGAUCUACCACAGAAACAUCAAACUGUUGACUACAAUUGGCAGACAAGUUAAUAGGGCCCUCAAAGAUGUAGAAAUGUGAAAUGAAUUUAAGGUUGGAAAAAUGAGAAACGGAAAGAAACUGAAAUGGACUUAUUUAUCGAUCUCUAGUACAGUUGUGCCUUGCAUUCCAAAUGCCUUGCGAGUCGAACAGUUGGGCUCCCGAACAAUGCAAACCUGGAAGUGAGUGUUCCGGUUUGCGAACGUUCUUUGGAACCCAAACGUCCUCUGCGGCUUCUGAUUGGCGGCAGGACCUUCCUGCAGCCAAUUGGAAGCUAUGCCUUGGUUUCUGAAUGUUUUGGAAGUCAAACGGACUUCCAGAACAGAUUCCAUUUGACUUCCGAGGUACCACUGUAUAUAUAGAACCAGCAGCUCAUGAUAAAGGACCCAAAUAUGUAUCACUGUCUUAUUGUAGCCUUUUCUUUUUUAAAAAACAAACAAUCCCCAGGAUGCAGCCUCUCUAGGAUCUCAGAAGGGAGGAAUUACAAAACAAGGAUGGCUAUACAAAGGCAACAUGAACAGUGCUAUCAGUGUUACUAUGCGGGUAGGUUUUAUCUCUUCUGCUAGACUUCCUUUUUUUUUCAGAUAAAUUUUUAUUGUUUUCAACAUGUUGUUCUUUUUCCAACCAUCCUUAUUGUCACAUUAUGAUCCCUUUGACUCUGCCGAGUCCUGACUUCCCUCCCUCCUGGCCCCUGGUAUAUACAUCACAUACUUUUUGCGUAUAUUAUUGUCAUAACUCUACUGUUUUACAUUGGAGGUGUUAUUCCAGUCCUGCUAGUGUCUUAAUAUUUUUGUUGUUCUCCUUUAUAUAUUCAAUAAAUUUAUUCCAAUUGUUAUUAUAUCUCUGGUCCUCUUCUACUGGACUUUCAGUGCACACAGUUGCACAUUGUCAGUAUUAUUGAUUUCAACAGCACUUCAGCGUGUGUAGUGCAUUGUAGCAUUGGGGUUGAAAUCCGAAGAACUCCCUACUAACGAUCUGUGAAAGUGCAUUUUCACUUUCUCCUCUGACAACCACUCUUCACAAUGCUACAGGAUGUUUCUGAAGCUGCUUUUGGGCCAGGCAAUAUGACCGUUCCUGUUUGGGGGCUUGCAAGCCCUUGCAUGUUCUUAAUAGGGUCUUUGGAUUAUGGUGUACGGAAAUGGAGUUCUUUUGUGUGUGUUUUGUUAGUUUCAUAUUUUUAAUGUGACUACUUUUUCAUAACUAGUCUUUCAAAAGAAGAUUUUUUCAUCUACUCCAACUUGGUGAUGGAUCAUAUAACCUAAAUUUCUACAAAGAUGAGAAAAUAUCGAAAGAACCAAAAGGGUCAAUAUUUUUGGAUUCUUGCAUGGGAGUGGUCCAGGUAAGUAGAGAAUUAUACUGUUUAAUAUGUUGUUUAAGUAUUGUACAAACUUAAAUCUAUAUGUUCCUUUUGUCUCUCUUCAGUACUUUUGGAGUGGAUAAAUAGGUUUAGGUGGCAGUCAUAAAUAUAGUAGGAUGUUUACCUCGUUAAACACACGGUCUUACUUUUGAAUAUACACGAUUGCUCCCUCAGUGCAUAUUGAAUAAUAGGGAUGAUUUAGAUAAACAUAGUGUUUCUGUGCUUUUAGUGAGCAAAUAGUCUAAAAUAAUGUGUGCAUUUUUUUAUUUAAAAAGAGUGCUCUGUUUUUAUAUAAAACAAUCAAGAAAUAUUGCCACUAAGUGUUCUGUUGGUUGCUGCUGUCAACUGAUUAUUUGUGAUUAUCUGCUGACUUAAGUUUUAUGUCUCUGAAGUUAAGAAUGGAAAAAUAAAUAAAUCACAGAAUGGAAUUUAAGAUUGCAUGAAGAUCUAAUAGAAGCACAAACAGUGCUGCAAUAUGACUGUAAAAUGUUUUGCAUAACUUCUUGUGUGGGAUUUCAGUUGUAGGAGCUUCAUCACAUUCAUAGCUGUACUCCCAAAUGUUUUCACUUGACCUUUCCGAUAUUAACUUCUUUUUAUAAAAAAAAUCCCCAACCCUUUGAAGCAAAACAUAACGUAAACUCCAAGUCUAAAUCUUGCCAGUAACAAAUGCCAAAAAUGGGCUGUUUGCAUCUGUGUUCUGCUCAAGAACACUAUGGACUUGUUCUGAUGGAACAAACUUGGAAACAAUUGGGUUCUUGGAUCUCUCCUAGUGAUUAUUGCAUUUCAGUCAUAAUGGCAAUCAUAUAUUCUUACAAAUUGCUUUGCAGCAAUAAACAUCUUUUGCUUAUAUUUUGUAGUAUUCUAGUUUACAGAUUUUGUAGACCUGCAUCAGAAUGUGUGAAAUUGAUAUUUAUGUAUGUAUGUAUGUAUGUAUGCAUUAAUUCAUUCAUUCAUUCAUUUAUAAAUGGUCCCAUGUGUGAAAUUUUAUCUUAGGGUUAAAAGAAAAUAGUCGUAAGUAUUCUUCCCCAUAUGAUAAAGUUGGUUACUAGUUCCAAUUCUUUAUCUGUGUGAAAGUUUGAAACAUAGCUCAAUCACAAAACUUAAUUUAACUUAAUUUAACCUAAAAGCAAUUCUUAUAUUGGCUCUACAUCAUCCUAUAUCUACACAUUUCAUAUUUGUUUUGAUUGUUAUAUGUUUAGAGCUACACACCAAAAAUUACACCGUACCUAAAACAUAUGCUUAUAUUUAAUUCUGUGAAUGUGAAGCUAGAAUCUCUUUUCCACUUGCCAAGAAAAAGCAAUCAAAAAGGGCUUCAAAAAGUUAACAAGUUCUACAAGCUCCAGGGAUUUAUGUUGAACAUGUUUAUGCACGAUACUUUUCUCCACUUCAAACAGUUACAUUUGCCCAAUGCUUAUAUAUGUGUGAUGACCUCAGAUGACAAAAAUAAAUAAAUAAAUCCAUUGCAGGUAACAUGUUAAUAUCCUUUAUUUUAUUGCAGAACAACAAAGUCCGGCGUUUUGCCUUUGAGCUUAAAAUGCAAGACAAGAGUAGCUAUCUUCUUGCAGCAGACAGUGAAGUAGAAAUGGAAGAAUGGAUUGCAACUCUAAAUAAAAUUCUCCAAUUAAAUUUUGAAGCUGCAAUGCAAGAAAAAAGAAAUGGAGACUCCCAUGAGGGUAAAUGCGAGUUACAUUUGCUCAGUAAUUUAGAAAAUGUGAUGCACUAAAAUAAAGAUUUGUAAGGAUUUGUGGCUACUAAAUACAAUAUAGUAACUACACACUUCACUUUAUUCAGCCACUGCAUGAAAUACUUUUUCUUUGUGCAGCUGUUAGCUAACAUCAACAUUCUUGAAGGGAUUACCCCUUCCACUAAAGCCCCAGUUGUCUUCUUGCAUUUGCAGGGGUGGCAGGUUUCUUAGGUUGGACCAUUUUCCCUUUAGAUUUGCCAACCUUAUGAAGGGAAGGGGAAGGGGUCAGGUUAAAUCUGCAUCUUGUUCAGAAUUCAGUUUCCAACAGUGGCCAGGCAGAAGCCUUUCAGAGGGCUGAAAGCAGCAGCCCUCCCUUGUUGCUUCUCCCCAGUAUCUGGUACUCAGAGUUAUAAUGUGAACACGGAGAUUUUAUCUAUAUGUGAUUACUAAUACCUGUUAAUAAAUCUAUCUACCAUGACUAUGUCUAGUCCUUUUAAGAUUUAUGCUUGCCAUCAUCUGAAGUGGCCUUAAAGAAUUAUCUGAAUGAUUUGGAGAUGACUAAACUGUGAACCAUUUUAUAUAGGAAGUGCUUAAAGUUAUCACGGUAAAAAGCAGCUGGUACAUUAGAUGGUACCAAGGAUAGAAAAAAGUAUUGAGGGAAUUGCUGAUUACAGCAAAAACAUCUCAAGUUAGAAUUUGCCUUCUCCAUAUUUCAAGUUAAUCCUUACAACAUUUUGGUUAUAGCACUUUCUUAAGUCAUCAGUGAAUUUUUAUAAUUUCACUUUUUAAAAUUUCCAGAUGAUGAGCAAAGCAAGAUGGACAACUCCUCAUCCAGUAUAGAUAGCUAUUUUCCUGAAAGUGCCAAGGUAAUGUUGUGCUUUUAAAAAUUUUAAAGUAUGGUAUGUCAAUAAAGGAAUUACAAAAUCUAAUCCUAAUUAUGGGAGCACUGCUGACUGUGUUGCAAUUUGAUUUAUGAUACCUUCACACCAUAAAUGUUAUUUUGCUGAAUGUAUAUCAGACGAGUAUUUUUGAAAUAGUUAUUUAAUAGUCUCUAAAUAUUACAAAGAAGUUAAUGUAGUUUUCCCCUCCGUUGAUAACCAAAACCACCCCAACAUGAAGUUGCUUUUUUGCACAUUUAUACCACUUACACUGAAGAAUGUAAUGGGUGGACUAGUCUGUCCAGUUUAACUAAAGCAAUCUAUGGAGGCUCAACUGUAAGACGGAUGAUAGUUUCCAGUAUCAGAUCUGUGAUUCAUCAACUAAAGCCUCUGUGCUCUGCCAUCUUCUUUUUUUGCUGCUUCAACUUAUUCACUUAUUUUUAAAAGGUAGCAUUCCCUGCUCAAAAACAGAUUUCUUGUUCUGUCUGGGCAGUGGAAAGACGGAGCUUUUAAGAUAAGCUUCUCUGUGCCAUCAUGAGUGUGCCUAGAUAACAAUAUGCUGGCCUUGAACUUCCUAAAAUAAGACAAAUAAAAGUUACUUAUCUAACAGUGCUUGGUGAUUCCAGGCACUGGGUAGCAAGAUCAGUGAGAAAGAGAGGGAGUAGAGCCACAUUAGUAGCAUUCUUCAUAGAAUUGCAUCUCCUUGGAGUUCCUCCUACUACAGAAAGUUGCUGCCUUCAUCCAGUACCCAGUGAUGCUGGAUGAAUUUAACAAGCAUAAACUAAUCAUCUAUCUGUGAUAGAUGGGACUACAUUUUUUUAAUUUAUUGAAGUUAAGCUGGAUAUAAAACUUAAAGUGUGAAGAAUUGUAUAUGCACAUAUACUGUGAAAUAGGAAAUGUUUUGGUUUAUAGGCAAUAAUUGAGAUUUGGCUCCUCCUUGAAAGUCUGAACACCUGCUUAUUAUAUCUAAUCUUGGUGCCACAAAUGCAGCUUCCUGUUUCCGUGAAUGCUAGAAUCUAUUUUGGCAUCUAUGUUUUUCUUGUAUGUUCCCCUGCCUUCCAGGGGCUGUGUACUUUUAGUUGCUCUUUACGAUCAGCUUAUUUUGUUUUGUUUCGGAACCUCUCCAGAGAAUUCCUGAGUGCUGUGAACUAGGCUCUAACGCUCACCAUCAAUCUGUUAGCUAUCUUUUUCUAUACAGAAACAAAUUUACAUUUUGCAUAGGCAUGGAGAACCUGUAGCCGUCCAGAUGUUGUUGAGCUCCAACUCCUAUCCUCUUUUAUUGGCCAUACAGAGGAUUUAAAGGAGUCCAAUAGCAUUUGGAGAGCAUGUACAGGUGUCCCAUCCAUGUCUUAAGCAUUCUCAAAAGUGACACAAUGUGUGCCCUAUAUAUUUUGGAUGCUUUCUUGUUUUGCUUGGUUUUUAAUAAACUUUGUAGCAGAAUUUCCAAUUGUAAUAUGCUACUUAUCAUACAUUAUUCUCUUAAUUUUUACAAAGUAUAAUUGCAGAGGUUUUGUUUUGUUUUGCAGAGUUCACUGUGCCAUCCUAAUUCUUAGUGUAGUGCCAAAAUCUCCUGUCACAGUCGUCUUCUUUAGUUUCGAACCAAAAUAAUUCUAGACAGGAUGUAUGUUGGUCAGGAAGGUUGUGUUUUAGUACAAAAAUAACUGAAAAGUAGUUCUUGCAAAAAUAAACUUUAUUCCUGGAGAACUGUGCAGAACUGAAUAUGUUGCCAAAUGUGAAAGUUUGCCCCAUUGUUACACUAUAAACUUUGUCUCAAUGACUUAAUACUUCCUCUUCAUUUUAUUAGUUUUUCUUCUCAAAAGAACAGGCACUGCACUAUUUCCUUAACCUUGGCACUUGUUACAGUGAUUCCUUUUCAACUUUUUGUUUUUCAACUGCUCACACUCUUGAUAUACCUGAUAUACCUUUCCAUACUUUGCAAUGUAAGCAAAUAUGUAUGCUUCAGGGAUACAAAAUCUCUGAGGAUGUACUUUUGGAAGCACCCACUUGGAUUGUGUCUGGGUAAUAAUUAGAAUAGUCAUAAUAAUAAUAAUUUAUUUAUACCCUGGCCACUUUGGGUGGCUUCCGACAAAAUACUAAAACUACAAACAUCAAGCAUUAAAUACUUCCCUAAACAGGGCUGCCUUCAGAUGUCUUCUAAAAGUCAGGUAGUUGUUUAUUUCCUUGACAUCUGAUGGGAGGGCGUUCCACAGGGCGGGUGCCACUACCGAGAAAGCCCUGUGCCUGGUUCCCCAGGGAGGGCAUUCCCCGUGGCAUACCCUAAAGCUUUGGAACUCUCUCCCCACAGAGGUGCAUAUGACACCUUCAUUAUACAGCUUCCAGUGAAUGCUGAAGAUGCACCUCUUUACUCUGGUUUUUGACACUUGAGAUGUACAUUUUUAGGAUCCACUUUGCUUCUGUGAUUUUACGUUGUUUUAAUCUGUUAUAUUUGUGAGAACUCUGUGAAAUGGUACCAAUUAUUCACUUCUCUCUAGUAAUAUUCCAUAAGUAAACUAUUGUUUAUUGCAAAGAAAAAUCGUAACAUACGUUUACAGUUAAAGAAACAACCUUUUGUGUUUGUAGUAAAAAUCCUGUUUUAAAAUAUUAACUUAUUAUUUUGCAGAGUUCCAGAGAUUCUGAAAUCAAAUUCAAAAGUGAAAGCAGAGUGAAACUCUUUGCAUUGGAUCCAGAUGCACAGGUUAGAUAAUUUGGUAGGAAAAUUGAAAAUUUUAAAGAAAUAAUUAUUCUUUUUUGACAAGUGAGACAUUGCUUUCUCUCUUCUAUUUAUUUUAAAGAAACUUGACUUCUCUGGUAUUGAGCCAGAAGUAAAACCAUUUGAAGAGAAGUUUGGGAAGAAGAUUCUGGUGAAGUGCAAUGAUUUAUCUUUCAAUCUGCAAAGCUGUGUGGCUGAAAAUGAGGAAGGACCAACAACAAAUGUAAAUACUUCUGAGAGUUCUCAAGUCUCUUGAUGUUGGAAUGAUGAAUCAAUAUCAUGCCUAAAUCCUCUCCUUCAGUUACCCCCUUGAUAUAUUAAUGGAUGUUUAGAGAAAACAAAACAAUGAGGGACAUAACUGCACCUGUAGAUGUUUGUCAAGAUUUUUAUGAACCAGCCCAGAAGCAGAAUGAGUGGCUAUUGCCAGCAGAAAGAGAGAAAACAGGAAAUGCAUUAGUUGUGCGGAACUUCAUGAGUAAUUGUUAGUUGUUGAUUACAUAGCAAACAUUGUAGUGUCAUAUUAUAGUGUGUGGAUUUUUGUUGUUGAAUAAAAUACAUUUUCCUAAAAGAGAGCCUAAAAUCUUUACAUAUUCAGUGGUAUAAGGUAUUUGGCUCUCUAAAUUAUAGAGAUUCUAAAAUACAAUUCCAACACAUUGAAUUUAUAAAGUAAAAGUCACUGUAUAAUAUAAUAACUGCUCUUUCUAUGUGCCAAUUAUCAAGUACCCAUUAUUUCUUUGCCUGAUGGCCAUGUUUACUGUUGUUUUGUUUUUAAAUGCCCAGGUAGAGCCAUUUUUCAUAACGCUGUCACUUUUUGAUAUAAAAGAGAACCGGAAGAUUUCAUCAGAUUUCCAUGUGGAUUUGAAUCAUAGCACAGUGAGGAAUAUGCUAGGUAGUGCAUCUCAACAGGUAUUAAAUGACAGCAGUGAUUGCUUACAUCGGAUUCAAGAUAUUAUUCCAGAGAUAAUGUUACAAUAUCCCAAACAGGUAAGGAAUAAAGAAGUCACUAUUUCCACUUCUUUGCAAAAUAAAGACCUCUAUUUUCAUUUCAGUGUCAAUAAACCAAGCAUUUAUUUUCAGGGAAUAUUCUCAGUGACGUGUCCACAUCCUGAUAUAUUUCUAGUGGCCAGAAUAGAGAAAGUCCUGCAAGGGAGCAUUACCCACUGUGCUGAACCAUAUAUGAAAAGUUCUGAUUCUUCUAAGGUAUACUCUUGACUGUUUGACAUCCCAUUUGUAAGUCUCAGUUUGUUUGCAAUGCCAUAUACACUGGAGUAUUAAAAUGUAGUACAUAUAUUCAAGGCAAAUGAACUUUUCAGGGUCAAAGAUCAGAUCAGAUUCUGAAUCCUUUGUUAAACAUGAAAGUUCAAAAUGUGGUGCAAUAUCUCCCUUGAAUGUUAUGGCUCAGUGCAGACAUCACAAACCAGGUCUUCUCAGCUGUGGUUUGGAGAUACACUAGGGGCUUUCAGGUUCUGUUCCUUCUCCCUCUUUUCUCCCUGCUUUCUUGAAAGUUCAGUCUUUCACUUCCUGGCUUUUUCUAACUGUAAUUUGCUAUGACAUCAGAGCUGGAGAAGGGACGCGGGUGGCGCUGUGGGUUAAACCACAGAGCCUAGGACUUGCCGAUCAGAAGGUCGGAUGUUCGAAUCCCCGCGAUGGGGUGAGCUCCUGUUGCUCGGUCCCUGCUCCUGCCAACCUAGCAGUUCGAAAGCACGUCAACAUGCAAGUAGAUAAAUAGGUACCUCUCCGGCGGGAAGGUAAACGGCGUUUCUGUGUGCUGCUCUUGUUCGUCAGAAGCGGCUUAGUCAUGCUGGCCACAUGACCCAGAAGCUGUACGCCGGCUCCCUCGGCCAAUAAAGCGAGACGAGCACCACAACCUCAGAGUCGGUCAUGACUGUGGUCAGGGGUCCCUUUACCUUUACCAGAGCUGGAGAACUGUUGUUAGUGCCUUGCUUUCAAGCCAUCAUUUGCUGACCCACUUCAAACCUGCCAUAGUCAAAGGCACUAACAUAACAAAAGUAGUCGUAAACAAGAAAUAAAUCAUUAACAAAUACACAACCAAGCCAAACAAUUUCCAAAUAAAUCACAAGAUCUAAAAUAAAGAUACAAAAAACUAAGCGGCGACCCCCAACACCACCACCAAACAACACCCCAACUCAAUAAUCUGUUCAGCAGCCCUAGCUUUUGUAGCUGAAAUCAGUCCGGGCCAUGCAGAACUUGGGCUGAGGUUCAUGGUUGCCUUGAGCACACAUACAAAAUUUCACUCUGAUGCCCCUAGCUCAAUUCAGACAUUAUAAACCUGGUCCUCCAAAUCAUAUUUGGAAACUUAAGAACACCACUGGCUCCUUACCAUUUGUGUGUAGGAUUCCUCUUCCCCUUUGAUUUUUUCUACCUAUAGUUUGUUAUGUUGUACUUAUGUAUUUUUUGUGUUGUACGCUGCUUUGAGCAUGGUUGGAACUGUGGAAAGGCAGAAUCCAAAUAAUACCAUGUAUAUAUGCAUUUUAAUAAUCAAGUAAAGUAACAGAAACGGGAAAAGGAAGAAGGGAACCCAGGUACUUGGUGAGAAUAAUUAUAACACAUAUAGAUGUGUAUGUGUCUUGUGCCAUACUGUGUCUUGGCUACUAUUGUGAGUAAUAGUGUUAAGAACCUAAAAUCUUCACCAGUACCUUCCAAUCCAAAAUUCCCAGUCUGGGAAAGAGAUCCUUCUUGUGGUCCUGUCAAGAAGAAUACAGUGGUACCUCUGGUUAUGAACUUAAUUCGUUCCGGAGGUCCGUUCUUAACCUGAGGCGCGCUUUCGCUAAUGGGGCCUCCCGCUGCCGCCACCGCACGGUUUCCGUUCUCAUCCUGGGGAAGAGUUCUUAACCUGAGGUACUACUUCCGGGUUAGCAGAGUCUGUAACCCGAGGUACCACUGUAUCAUGAAGGAUGAGUAUUUGAGAUAAGUCAUUAUCAGUGGAAGUGAGGUUAAAUAAAUAAACCAAAUGUUAUUUGAUGAAAAACUUAUGUAUUUCUAUUAUCAUUUGCAGGUUGCUCAAAAAGUUCUGAAAAAUGCAAAGCAGGCAUGUCAGCGGCUAGGACAGUACAGAAUGCCAUUCGCAUGGGCAGCUAGGUAAAGACUGGGGCUUCUUUUCUUCUAAGUGUAUUAAUUUGUGUGCCUUUUUAUUUUAGUCAAAACUCAAUUUAGUAUUUGGGACAGAAUUCCUUGCAUUUAGUGGGCAAGGCUAAAGUCACUCUCAACCUAUUGUAUUUAAAUCACAGGACUUGGGAAAAACCAGAUACUAUUUUAGAAAAAUACAUUGUGUAGGUUAGGAGUUCCCAAACUGUGCUCUGUUAACCACCAGUGGUCUGUGAGCUUUAUUUAGGUGGUCUGUGGUGUUUCUGUGGAUUUGUGGCUGAGAACACAAAUUCACUGUAUUAAAUAUUCAUGGUGAUCUUUAAUUGUGUUUUUAUUGCUUCUUGUUGUAUUUUAUUUCAUUACAAUCUGCAUUCUACAGCAUUCAAAUUAUAAUCAAUAAAAUGCAUUAUAUAAGAAAUAAAAGAAGCACUAAAAGUACAAUUUUUAAAAAUCAUGUUGCUUCUUGCUCAUUGCAUUACAGUUGCUGCAACAUGCAGAAAAAUCAUUAAGUAGUCUGCCAAGACCCUCAGCAAUUUUCUAAUGCUCCACAGGGAAAGAUGUUUGGAAACCACUGGUGUAGGGAGUAAUAUGUAUUGUUACACAAUAAAUUUUGGCUUCUUUUCUUGUGAGCAUUUAUGCAUAUUUCCGUGGAUCAGAGUUUGCCAAUCUAAUUUCAGGAUAUGAAGUGUUCACUUUUACUUUUUUCUCUGUUUCAUUUUGUAAUGAGAUUCUUAUAUAAGAGUUCAUGUUUCAGGACACUGUUUAAGGAUGCAUCUGGGACACUAGACAAAAAUGCACGAUUUUCAGCACUCUACAAACAAGACAGUAACAAGCUCUCAAAUGAAGACAUGCUUAAAUUGUUAGCUGAUUUCAAAAAGUGAGUACUGUACAUAUUUAUUAUUUAGAAUAUUUACAUCCUGCAUUAUUGUCCUUAAGGGCUCUUAAAGCAGCACCUGUCACCUUUGUUAUAUAUCUUUAGGCGCCAGGUAGAAACAUUCCUCUUCUCCCAAGCCUUUGGCUAAUUAAACAAUCUAUGGCCUUUUAAACUAUGGGGUAUUGUUUUUGUUUGCUACUAUGUUGUGUGGUUUUUUGUGGUUUUAUAUUGUAAAUUAUUAAAUUUCUAUACAGGGCGGUAUAGAAAUUUAAUAAUAAUAAUGUGGCUAAGACUAAUUCAAACAAAUAAAGUAAUAUGUCUUGAACUGAGUCUGCAGCAAGCUUCUUUCCAUAAAGAAAACAAUCUGAGUAUGAGUGGAAGUGCUUUCUACUCAUGCAAGUACAACUUCAGAGCCAAAUCUGUUUUCACAUACUGUACAUUUGUCAAGUGCUUGCUGUUUAUUAUGGAGGGCGGAGGCACCAAAGAAGGCCUUAUUGGGUGCCAUCAUACCAAAGGCUCUGGGUUGGCCUCUCCUGUUUUAAGGUUUCCGUUAAAUGGGUGCUGUGGAAGAAUGAAUUUUUUUUUACAAACAGAUUAUAGGUGAAAAGUCUGGACUGGAGACAGUGGUCAGUACAGCUGUUCUUGUCAUAAGGCUAAAAAAGUCAAGUCUGUGAGGGUCAAGUCGUCAAGGGAAGUUGCUAAAUUGGGCUUGAUGUGGUUUCAGUGAAAAGCUGCACAAAUUUAGGAGAUAUAAGUAUUGCCAAGGAAUGUAGUGUUUACCUAUCUCUCUGGAAAAAGACUUUGUCAUGCUUUCCAAGCCUUUUGGGGUGUUUCCUUUCCUAUUUGAGUUCUGCUGUAUUAUCCAUCCCGAGUGAUUCUUCUGUUGAGUCACUUUGUUUUUUCCUUCUUCCAUAGACCUGAAAAGAUGGCCAAGCUACCCGUUAUUUUAGGAAAUCUAGACAUAACAAUUGAUAAUAUUUCUCCAGACAUCCCAAGUAAGUAUAGAAAAGUACUUUUAAAUAGCUGAGAAGCAUUUUUUCUUCAAUUUUUUUAUUGGUUUUUAAUAUAUUUUCAGAUUUUGUUAGCUCAUCAUACAUUCCCAUGAAACAGUUUGAAAACAGUACCAAGACAGUAGUAACGUUUGAAGUAGAGGAGUUUGUUCCCUGUAUACCAAAACACACUCAGCCUUUCACCAUCUACAACAAUCACCUUUAUGUUUAUCCAAAGCACUUGAAAUAUGACAGUCAAAAGUCAUUUGCAAAGGUGAGUUAAUGGGCCACUAAUAACAUUCAGAUUCAAGACCAAAUUGAAUCUGAAUUGAAUUUGGUGUUCUUUCUUGGAAGUUUUUGUUGCUUAUCUGGCACUUCUUAGGAAAAACAAAAAUCUCUGUAUGUGCUCUUUUUAGGCAAGAAAUAUUGCAGUUUGCAUUGAAUUCAAGGAUUCAGAUGAUGAAGAUUCCAUACCUCUAAAGGUUUGUUGAUCUGACUUACAGAUAUUUAUUCAAAAACUCACUGCUUAUUAUUCUGUGCAGGUAAGGUGUCCUCACGUAGGAACUCAACCUCCCCCUAGUAGUUGAAGGCAGGAAUUAGUUUGCUUCAGAAUAUGUUUAUGGCCUUUUCAAUUAGAUUGAGUAACAUUUCCUUUAGUAGGGCUUUUUUGUACUUGUAGACAAGUAUUGAGCAGGCUUCCUCAACCUCGGCCCUCCAGAUGUUUUGAGACUACAAUUCCCAUCAUCCCUGGCCACUGGUCCUGCUAGCCAGGGAUCAUGGGAGUUGUAGGCCAAAAACAUCUGGAGGGCUGAGGUUGAGGAAGCCUGGUAUUGAGUAUGUGAUCCUUCUGAUGAUUUCAGUGAAAAAAGAGAGUACUGAUUAUUCAGACAUGCUUUUCUCAGUAAAGUAAUAUGAAGAGUAUGCUUUAAUCACAGCUGCUACCUAAUUUUGGUUUAUGUGUCCCUUACAUUUGAAUAUAGUUUCUAGGUGAUGCAGUGCCAUCACAUAUAUAUGUGAAUUUAUAGAAUAACUUAGGCAAAAAGACAGGUUCCUGCCCCCAGGCACUUAUGGUCUAAAAUUGUAGACAUCAGUCUAGUUGCAUAAAACAACUAUAGUUCUUGUGUAGUUGUCAUACAUUGAGUGGGAGCAUUGGUUUAUCUAGGCCCAGGACUAUAUACUUUGACUAAAAUCAGUUCUCUAAGGCAGGGGUGGGGAACUUUGGGAGCAGGGGGCAAUGAACUUCAGUAUGCCCCUCAGGACUCUUCCCUACAUAUCCUCAGGCCUUCUCUGGAUCCUCCUCAUAUACUUUUGCUUGGUUGGAAUGUGACCUUGAAACAUGAUAACACUUCUUGUUUACCUAAUGGAGAUUGGUUGUGUGUGUGUGUGUGUGUGUGUGUGUGAGUGAGAGAGAGAGAGAGAGACUUUUGUAUGGCUGGAAUGUGGCCCAGUUAAUCAGUUAAUCCCAUAGGCAGACCCUGGAGGCUUUCCCAAGAGGGAAUGUGACUCUUGGCUGAGAAAGUUUCUCCUGCUAUAUAAGGUAUCAGGCGGAUAAAUUUCCCAGCCCUGCUACCUGAGAUCCUUUCACUAGGCUGUAUUUUGGCAUGUUGCUGCAAGUGUUGUGUUUACGUAAUGUUAUUGGAAGUUCUCUUUGGAUUUUUCAACAGCACAUCAAAAAAUGUUUCAUUCAUGUUCUUGACCUAAAAUACAAUGGAAUAAGUCUUUCUUUUGUUAUUUGAUUUUUAGUGCAUCUAUGGCAGACCCGGUGGAUCAGUAUUUACAAGACAAGCAUUUGCUACAGUUCUGCAUCAUCACCAAAACCCAGAGUUUUAUGAUGAGGUAACCCAUUAUAUACUUGCCAGUUUCCAAAAACAUAGUGAGAUGAGAGUGGAACUGUCUUAAUCAAUUUAUCAGGUAGGCGUAGGCAAGCUAGCAUCUGUCUGCCUCAGUUUCCCUUACAGUCCUGUUGUAAGCAUACCUAGAAUAAUGCAUGUUAAGCGCUUUGAGUGUUUAGGAAAGUAUAGUAAAAUAGUAACUAGUAAUAAAUAAGUGGUGGAUCUGAACGGUUUCUUGACUACUUUGGAGAAAUUGCUUGCUGCCUUAAAUGACAGUCCUGUCAGAAGCCCUGGAUGAUCUCUGGAACAGAAAAAUGAACAGAGAAACAUAUUGGAAGAUAGUAGGAUGAGAUGGUAUAAUUUCUCUCAGAUUACCUCUCUUAUCUACAAAAACCAGAGCUCUAUAGUUUUCUGAAGAAUUGGGGGUGGGGACAGGAUACAGCUCAUUUUAGGGAUUAUUCUAUGGAUGUAUGAGUGGAAAAGAGAUCUUACUUGCUUAUCACCAUUACAUAAAUUCCACGUUGACUUGUGACGCUUUUCUGCAUACUAAGGGGGUUAGUAUAUCUAAAUCGUUUAGGAGAAGAAGAGGAACCCUUUGUGGUCUGUUAUGAAUAGUUUGUGGAAAACUUUACUGAUAAAACAGCUAGAAUCCAUUUUGAUUUUGACUUCUCAUUUAAAGAAGGUCACUGAUUGUGCCCAUGGUAUCUGCUUGAGGUUUGAAGCCUAUUGUAGCUGCUGAAAGCUGCCAGAGGAGGUCUGUUCACUUGGGUAGCAAAGUUAAUGCCUAUCAUGAAGAGUAUAGUACCAUCAAUUCUGAAAAAUGCUAUAGAGAGACCUCUGCUGAAAAUGUGUUGUAUCCUGCACUUUUGACAAUCCUAAACAAGUCUUUAAUCUGCCAUUUUUGAGGUUUGUGUUGCACCUGCAACCACUGGGAGAAAUCAUCUAGAGAUUUAACGUUGCAUGUCCCGCUCCUUUCCCUGCAUGUUUCCUAAAUCUACCCCAGGGGUUCCCCUAACUAUCCAGAGCAAAUUUAGGGCGUGCAAUAAAAGCCACUACAUUAGUGUAACUGUUGAAUGAUGUCCAAUUUUUAAAAAAAGGAAUUUUAUUGGUUUUUUUUUUUCUUUAUUGUGAGCAUCUUUUUGAGCCCUUUUUAGAGCCAAAAAUCAAGGUGAAAUCUAUGCACACAUAAAAAACGUUCUGAAAAUGCUUUUUUUAAAAAGCGUUUUUAAAAAUACAUUGAAUUUUCCUUAAGGCUCACCAUCGCCAUCUAGUGCCACAUUGUAUAUUGCACACUUAAAACGUUUUAUUUGCAGCUGUAUAGCUGAGUCCCAAGGUAAAUAGGUCUCAAAACUGCCUCAGAGAUACAUAUGGAAAAACAUUGUCAUUGAUACGUCUCAUGUUAAAAUUCUUCUACACAUAUGAAGCUACAAGUCUGUUGGGUAUAAUUGUUCUAGUUCAGCCUUGUUGCAUAUUUAAACUCAUAUAUUCACUUUUGUAACUUAAUUAGAACUUUUAAGGGUAGCACUUUACUAAUGUAUUUUAAUACUGUACACUUAAGAUUAUAUUAAGCUAAAAUUAUGCAAGCUAGUCAAAAUCUGUAUAUGCUACCCAUUCCAUUUUAGAUAGCCCCCACCUAAUUCAUUUGAUCAUGCAGUGCACUCCACUAUAUUGGAGGGAAAGUUCCCUGUGUGUAUUUCUUUGCAUGAUCGCAGCUGCCACCUCCAUUGAAAUGAUUCUAGAGUUUCACAUAUAUCUGUCUUUUUUUAAGUGCAUAUAAUCCACUUUUCACCAAUUGCUCCCAAUGUAUGAUUUCUUGUUCAAAAUCUUGAUUUAAUUGCAUUGAAAAUUAUUUCCUAUAUGUACAUUUUAUGAGGCAUACCACGGCACUAUUGGGAAUAUUCUCUGAAGCCAAACUUAUAUGUUUCUUCUUCUUAGAUUAAAAUAGAGUUGCCCACACAGUUACACGAAAAACAUCAUUUGUUGUUUACCUUCUACCAUGUCAGCUGUGAUAGUUCAAGCAAAGGGACUACCAAAAAGAAGGACAUAAUUGAAGCACAAGGUAUGAUUGACUUGGAUUUUCUGUGUUGAAUUCAAAGUCUGACACUCAUUUCAUAGCUUCUGAAGAUUUAUCAUUAAAUCUAUCAUUUUCUUGUUGCUGGGUUACAAUAAAGAGAGUCCAAUGCUAAAUAUAUUUACUGACUUAAAAGCAUUUUUAGAGAAAUAAGUUGACUGUCAAUUGCUUUUUAAAAUUGAAAUUUCACUCUUAACUGCUAUAGAUAAAAAUGGGUGCUUUGUUCCAUUGGGUAGAGCCUUUCUUACAUGUUUAACAGGAUUUUAGCGGGUGAAGUAUAAGACCCACCAAGUCUUGCUAGAUGAGGCUGUGUUGUGUUACAUUAUAUACUAAAGGUGUGAAUAUUAGAAAUGUUUUUUCUUUGCAUUUUUUUUAGUUGGGUAUUCUUGGCUUCAGUUGUUGAAAGAUGGAAGAGUAGUGACAAAUGAACAACAUAUCCCAGUAGCUGCAUACCUUCCAUGUGGAUAUCUCAACAAUCAAGAACCUGGCAUGAUCAAAGUAAAAAAACCCAACAACACAAUAAUGAUUGAUUAUUUUUCAUAGAACUUGAUAGGGCAGAGUUGUUAAAACACACACACAAAAGCAAACAUUAAUUUUUGUAUCUAAAUAUGCAAGAUGUUCAAAGUGCAUUACUAAAUUUUUGUCAUUUUCAAAUUUUAAAGUGUCAAGCCUGCUUACUGUAUACCUGUUCACUGUCAUGUGUCACUGACUGACUGUGAAAUAAUUUUUCCUUGCAAAUAAAUGAAAGCACCAAUAAUUUAUUAUGGUUCUUGCUACAGAAAGUACACCAUGCAUUUCGAAUCCUUGGUUUGCCAAACAAGCCAUGGUUUAGUGUUAUAUUUAAACCAGGCCAGUAUAUCCAUAUUUGGCAUUUGUUAACUCAAGAGUAGAUGGGAAAUCUUUCAUUUGUGCGAAAGAAACAAACCAUUAUUGGACAACAUAUGGUUAAUUCAUGGUUUGCUUUAAAAAAGCAUGGCUUUUCUGCGUGUGCAGACCAGGCCAACAUGUCCAUAUUUGGUGUAAUAACAAUACUUACGUAAUAUCAACAGUAUUUUAACUUUCUUCUCUAUAUACAGCAUUCUGGUUCUGAAAUUAAAUGGGUAGAUGGAGGCAAACCACUGUUAAAGAUUUCAACCCAUCUGGUUUCCACUGUAUAUACACAGGUAGGCUAUUCCACUAGAGCUUUUUACCACAUUUUUUGAGUUGAUUGUGCUGUUAGAUUGUACAUAACUGGAGGGCAGGAUGACAAAAGUCCGUGUUCAGUGAUGGUAGGGCUGAGUUGGAGUAGGUAGGGGGGAGAGAAGUGAAAAAUAAUUUUUGGUCUUCUGGUGCAUAUUAUAAAAUCUUUGCUGUUAUAGCACACCAAGCAAGCAAAAGCAAACUUCAUAAGCUUUGGCUGUGAGAUUAAUGUAGCUUCAAGAAUCAGGAGUUAUGCAAAGUUUAAAUUGCUGAGAAUUCCGUCACAUUGCUUUAUUCUUUUUAAGCUUAACUUUAAUGGAUACUUGAAAGGAGGAGCAUUUUGGUCAUAUUUACAGUGGAUUUCUUUUAUCUAGAGGAAGUGACAUUGCAAUGGCACAUUUGAUCAAAUCAAUUUGAAUUAUGUAUUAAUUGACUUAACCUGUUUUUGUCUUUCUUUUCCUAGGACCAGCACUUAAACAAUUUCUUUCAUUAUUGUCAAAAAACUGAGUCUGGAGCUCAAGCCUUAGGAGUUGAUCUUGUGAAGUAUCUUAAGGUAUAUAAUUUAUACAAUGGGUAGGCAAACUAAGGCCCGGGGGCUGGAUCCGGCCCAGUCACCUUCUAAAUCCGGGAAAUCUGGGAAUCAGCAUGAUUUUACAUGAGUAGAAUGUGUCCUUUUAUUUAAAAUGCAUCUCUGGGUUAUUUGUGGGGCAUAGGAAUUUGUUCUCUCCCCCCCCCCCAAAAAAAAUUAUAGUCCGGCCCCCUACAAGGUCUGAGGGACAGUGGACUGGCCCCCUGCUGAAAAAGUGUGCUGACCCCUGAUAUAUACCAUGGCUUGCUAGUGUAGACUGUCAUACUAAAUUAUAGUUAAUCUUCCUUAAUUGUGGCUUGACAUGUAGCCUGAAUUUGAGUCUUCCUGUGGUAUGCCACAAUGCAACAUGUGGGGAGGAAGUGAUCACGUGUAACUAGCACAUAUUUUAGACUUCCUUUAUAUUUUAGCCAUACUAUUAUAUUUUGCCAUGCAAAAUGUGCACCUUGCAAUGUUGCGGCUGCGAAGUAUUUUCAACAUUUAAUCAACAUUUAUUUCACAAAUGUCUUGACAAGUAUUUUAACAAGGCAGCAUUAGCCACUAUCAUAUUGAACACAUGUCAUCUUAUCCCACAGCAUGAUGCUUUUGUGCUGAUUUCAGUAUUCUCUGCUGAAUUGCUAUUUAAUAAUGUAUCCUGUAUAUGUAUACCUUCAACUCCCAGUGCACUCUCUUAUUUACCCCAUCUGGUUGAAAUCUGACAGGCUAUGAAAUAGCAUCAGAUGUUGCAUAGGAAACCAUUUACUUAUAUUCUUAGAUUUCCAUGUUUCCUCCUAGAAUAAGUUAUGUGUAAGUCCUGUUAUUUCAAUAGAACUUGCUUCCAAGUAAAGUUUCUGAAGAUUGUUAGCUUUACACUUCUGAUAUAUAUAUAUAUAUAUAUAAAGUACGUUUUGAUUCUCAUACAAUUCUGAUUUCAUUUUAUUAUUUUCUUAAUUUAGAGUCUUCAUGCUAUGGAGGGCUAUGUGAUGAUAGCUUUCCUGCCUACUAUUUUAAACCAAUUGUUUAGAGUCCUUACUAGAGCAAACCAAGAAGAAGUUGCAGUGAACGUGACAAGGUAAGCAUUUUGAUGCAACAGUCCUGGUACAUUUAAUCACCUAAAAAGCAAUUUUGGGGUAUUAAUUUGCCAAGGUUGUUCUAAUUUUUGUCAGAGUACUUUGCAAUGAUAUUUUAUGGUCACUUCAUUUUGUUUAGGGUUAUUAUCCAUGUAGUUGCCCAGUGUCAUGAAGAAGGGCUGGAUAGCUACUUGAGGUCCUAUGUCAAGGUAGGAUUCAUACAAAGUUGCUUUAUCAAAAAUUGUACCAUUAACAUCUGUAAUAAUUACUUCUGCAUUAUGCAAAGCUAAUUUCACUUUUUGUCUUGCCAAGUAUGCCUACAAAGCAGAGCCUUACAUUGCUACUGAAUAUAAGACCGUACAUGAAGAACUUGCCAAAUCCAUGACAACAAUCUUGAAGCCAUCUGCUGACUUUCUCACAAGCAACAAGCUGUUAAAGGUAUAUAUAUAAAAAAUCAUUGAUUGCUGCUUUUCUUGGUAUUACCUAUUUAACUGUGCGGGGUUGUUCUAUAACUAGAUUGGAGUCUUUAGUGCUGCUGAGGCAUUGCUUUUCCACAAAGUGGAAUUUAAGUGGAGAUUCCACACUGCACAUAAUAUACAGAUAUAUUAUCCAAGAUCUUCCUUUCUUCAUGGCUAUGAACCUUCUACAGUGGUACCUCGGAUUAAGAACUUAAUUCGUUCUGGAGGUCCGUUCAUAACCUGAAACUGUUCUUAACCGGAGGUACCACUUUAGCUAAUAGUACCUCGGGUUAAGAACUUUGCUUCAGGAUGAGAACAGAAAUCGUGCUCCAGCGGCAGCAGGAGGCCCCAUUAGCUAAAGUGGUGCUUCAGGUUAAGAACAGUUUCAGGUUAAGAACGGACCUCCAGAACGAAUUAAGUACUUAACCAGAGGUACCACUGUACUUUGGUUGUACUGCAACUGCAUGCUGUUGCAAAAGAUAAAAAUGGUGGCAAAUCAGAUAUUUUAAAAAGCAUGAGGAGAUAAGGCAGAAAAAGAUGGACUGCAACAAUUUGACAAAGUUAUCUACAUUUUUUAUUUUAAAAAAUGAGUAAACAAAGAGUAGCAAUUCCAGUGAAAACCAUUUAACAAUAAUCCCAUUAACAAUAAACAUUUUAUGUAUUACAGGUAUAAAUGGACUGCUUGUAUAAUGUGUUGAUUUUGUUUUGUUUUAAUAGUACUCCUGGUUUUUCUUUGAAAUUCUAAUCAAAUCAAUGGCCCAGCACCUGCUAGAAAAUGCUAAAGUAAAGGUACGUAUAAUAUUCUGAAGAGGCUUGGUAAAUGGCUAGGCUUUUAGUCCCCUUAAUUCUAGGCACUUCCGAUUUUUUGCUGUAUGAAAACGGAACAAUGCAUAAGUCUAGUUAUUUCUUUAGUACAGCCUUCCACAACCUCCCAACCUGGUGCCCAUCAGCCCCAGCCAGCCUGGCCAGUUUAUUUUUAUAUUUUUGUAACAUAUGAAGGAGUAUCAAACAGAAUUAUAUCAAAGAUGUUCCUGCUCUAAAUAAUCCAACAGCAUACAUUUUAUUAGAACCAACGUGGAAUAGUUGUGCAUGACAUAGUCCAGAGAGACAAAAGUCCAAUGCCAUACUCACCUGUGAAGCUCGCUGGAUGACCUUGGGUUGGUCACUAUCUCUUACUUAACAGGAUUGUUGAGAGUAUAAAAUGAGAGAGGGGAAAGAGAACCACAUUGGCUGGAGAAAGGGCAGGAUAUAAGUCUAGUUAAUAAUAAACAGAUGCCAGUGAUAUUCAGAAACUUUUUUUGCCUUUUCCUCUUGGUUUGAGUUUUUAACUACCAAUUCUCAAACACCGCGUAAGGGUAAAAGGAUAAUUUUGUCAAAUUCUGUUGGUUAAUUUCCCCCCCUAGUUGUUACGAAAUCAGAGAUUUCCAGCAUCUUAUCAUCACGCUGUAGAAACUGUAGUAAACAUGUUGAUGCCACACAUUACUCAGAAGUAUAAAGAUAACCCAGAAGCUUCAAAAAAUGCAAACCAUAGCCUUGCUGUCUUCAUAAAAGUGAGUAUGGUUCUUUGUUGGCCUUUCUUGAAGAAGGCUUCACUUAGUCAACAUAGCAAUACCUGAAGUGUUACGAAAAUUUCUCUUUGGCCCACAAGCCAAUCUUGGCCUGGCAGGAGGUCCAAUUUGCCCCAAACCAUGCCCCUGGGUGGAUGGGAGCACAUUGUUAAAUCCAGUAGGGAACAGGCUGCAUGCAGCCAAGGCACGGCUGGGGUUUUUUAACUCCCCUGCUGUCAUGAGUUAAUGACUAGGGGUUAAAUCCUGUUCAGUUUGACAGGAUUCCAUGGAAACUACUUCCUCAUUCAGGAGGAGGGUUGUAUUGGACUCUUGCUAAACAGCAGCAGCCAUCUCAGAAACAAAACUUUACAAGCUCUUGCAUUGUGUUUUUGAGAGGAGUGCUUUUUCUCAGCUGAUCUGCAAAAUGCAGGGGGAAGAAACCAGCUUUUGGCAAAUUGGCUUUGGGAGAGACCUCUCUUGCACAUGUUGAUGCCUGCAAAAUGCCAGCUUCUGUGCCCCCACCUCCCCAUGGGGAAGGGAGAAAGAACCACUUUGCUUGUCCUGUGUUUGAUGCUUUGGAAAGUGUUGAACACAGGGCUAGCAACCUCCUAUGUGCAGUAUUCCCAAGCACCCAACAGCCACCAGGCUUGGGAACCCUAAGCAAGGGAUUUUGACAGGUAGUUGGGUGUGCCCCACCACUGUCUUAGCAAUUGUUCAUGCAGAACUCAAACUGUUCUUAAGCUUUUCUUUUCUCUCAUGGUCAACAUGAUACAGCAGGUUUAGAAAGCAAUAGCUGGCAAUCUCUCUCCCUACCCCACCCCCAAUAAAUUGGCAUAUGAAAGAAAAGUAUGUGUCAAGAAAAUAGAUAAUGUAAAUCUUUGAUUAAAGCUGGUUUUGAAUGUUCUGCUAUUAAUUAUAGAUAGUACUGAGAUGAUAGAAGGGGCAGCACUUUUGAAAUAAAAAUCCUGCAGUUCUGGGGUAUUUUGAUCCUGGAUUGAUAGUGAAGACUAUGAAUUCAUAGUCUCUCAUCAUAAGUGGUUAUGUACAAUAAAAACUUGUUUGAAAUGUGGUGUACAAUAAGAAGUUCAGAUGAGAUUAUUAAAUCUUUGAUUUAAUUUAGAAAUAUAUAAUUUAUGAGUCAUUUAUUAAGCAUCUGAUGCUUGGCAUCCGACUGUUGCUUUAGGCUAGUUUAGUUUUUAUAGAUUUUUUCUUGGAAAUAGCUAUAAAAAUAUAACUUACUAACUACCAUGCCUUUAGAAUGCUCUUGUGACUUUUUCUGCUUUUGCAGAGAUGUUUCACCUUUAUGGACAGAGGAUUUGUGUUCAAGCAAAUUAAUAACUAUAUCAGCUUCUUUGCUCCAGGAGAUCCAAAGGUACUGAAUAGCUUUGUUGUAAGAAAUUGUGUUGCCAUUGUCAUUUUGGAGGUUUUUUUGUUUGUUUGUCCCAGGUCCCCAGCUUACCUAGAGAACCCUAUUUGGCUCCCUGUGUGGGCAGAGUGGGUGGGAAAGACUUGUCCUGGAUGCGAUCCGCUCUGCAGCGCUGACUGACUCAUAGCACAGACAGGUCUUCCGCGGGGAACUAAUGUGAGCUUCCAUUUGGUUGAUUGAGGACCAGAGCCUGGCAGUUUAACCCUACUUGCCACUGAGCAGCUCUCCUUAAGGGAUCUUGGACUGUUGCUUUCUACCUAAAACAGAGCUCACGGGUGGCAUGAAUCCUAGUUUGCCUGAGAGGCCCACUGGAUGUGCCCACACCCAGAUUGCCCUGUACUCAGGCCAGCUCCUCAUUUCUGGUUGAGUUCUGCAGAUGGGGCUGCACGAUGGAUAGUUCCUUUGUCCCCAUGCUAGACCAAACCCAGUUUGCUGUAACCAAUAAAAGUUGUGUCCUUGUUACACCCAUGAAAGGUCUGUGUCCGUAACUUUGUGUCCUGUAAGUGCAGCCUUCAUGCAUGUAGCAUUCUGAUACAUAUAUUUUAUGGGCAGUGAUUUUUUUUCCUUAGUUGCAAUAUUUAAAUACGUUUCCAAAGCAAAGCUUGCUUGUUUUUUGGUUUCCAAGAAUAUCUUCAUCUUGUCUCACAAAGCAGGCAAGAUUGCACCAUGUGUAAGCUGGAAAUCGGUUAAACAAAAAGAUCUGCUAUAUUUCAUAUUUCUAAUAAAAUUAGAAAAAAUAUAAUGAGCCCUCAUGUUAUCAGAAUAUGUGUGUCCUUGUAUGAAAACAUUGUAUGGAAAUCAGACAGUGUGCUGUUUGUUUAUUGGGUCUUCUUAGCCAUCCUUUCAAAGAACUGAAACCAGAUAUUAAAAAUCUUUUGCUUGCUUAUUGAAUUUAAAUAUACUAAUUUUGUUAAACAACCAAUUUUAUGACUUCAACAUAUUUUUGCAGACCCUCUUUGAAUUCAAAUUUGAAUUUCUCCGAGUAGUAUGUAAUCAUGAACACUACAUUCCUUUGAAUCUGCCUAUGCCUUUUGGAAAAGGCAGGAUUCAGCGAUAUCAAGGUAAAUUCACAUUUGAAAAGUUAAUUUGACAUUGUUGUCUUGUAAGAAAAAUCUUGAAAUCUAUUGUGACUUGGUACAUGUAUAUUGGGGUUCUUUAAUUGUGAGACGGAGAUUUUAUUUCUGUCUCCUCUAAUUUUCACCAGUUUGUAUAAUAAAGUGAUAGAGUCAAAGCAGAUAGGUAAGUAAUUUAGUUCUGGUGUAACACACACACACACACACACUGUCUCAUUAGCAUUGUUUCUUUGUGUUGUCUCAAACCAGAAAAGCUAUUUGUUACUUAUUGGUUUUGUCCUACUUUGCUUCUUUUUUUCCUUUGAAUUAGCUUUUCUUUCACCAACAGUGGAAUCCUAUGACACUCCUAUAGGUAGGUGUGGAGUGUGCUGUUUGAUCCUACACUGACUUUCUAAUUUAAAAACCAUGGUGACUUGUGUAAAAAGGAAGAAUGUGCAGUAAAUCCAUUUGUGAGUCAUGCUACACUGCUAUGGAUAAAAUAAAGCUUUUAAAAUAAAUUUGACGUGCUCAUUUGGAAACAAAUCGAAAAUGCAUGAACAUGUCACUAUAAAUUGAUUGAAAACAUUCCAGAGCUUUCAUCUUGCUAGUACAAGCCAGAGUAUCAAGAAACACUUAUUUUCUUUCAGUUGUCCUGUGCUUGCAUGGAUGCUUCAAGCUUGUGUGUAUUGUAUAGCAGCUCCCCUGCACUUCAUUGCAGAAUCCUUGAUACAGAAAGGGUUUUCAAAAGUAUUUUGUGAUGUGGCCUGCUACUCAAAGGGAAUAAAUUCCCUCGGGGUAUGCCCAUGCUCUCUUUGGAACCUGUUUUGUGUCAGCAAGCUUUGCUGAUGCUAAUUGUGGAGCAGCAGGGGUGGGAUUAGUUGUGAAUCAUUUUUGAGUGACUCUGAUUCAAUGAAGACUAUGGGGUACUUUGCAAUGAAUCACAUACCUAACUUUCUCCAGCAGUCAUAAAUAUUAAAUUAUCCUUUAAAGCAAAGUUCUCAAAAUUCAAAAGGACUCGUUCUGUCUUUCCCCCUACUGGACGUAUUCUAUACGCAUAUGCACCCUGGUGGUGUCAUUGGACCAACAGAAUGGAAUUAUUAUGCAAGAAGUGAGGCACACAAAUAUAAAGGCCUAGCCUUUUAAGGAUAUAUUAAUUAUGGGGUCUCCAAAAGCUGCCUCAUCAGCCUCUUGUUGUCUACGACAUGCUGACACAGAUGGUAGAUGCUCACUACAGCUGGAGUCAUGGGGGAUGUUUUCUUCCUGCUUUUCUUUUGUUUCAUAGUUCGUAAGCAAAAUAAGGCCUUUCCCACCAUUUUCCACAUUCGAUUUACAUUUCUUUAGAUGUAUUUCCUGGAAAUAUCUGUUUCCAAUGCAUCACAUUCUAGGGGCGGUGCUUGCCUUUUUUCCAACCAAGAAAAGGAAGGCUAGCUAGCUUCCUGGGCUAAAUAAAAAAGUAAUAUUAAAAACAAGAAGUUUGAUAGUACAAGUGCCACUGAAUUACUAGGUGUGCCAUUGGUUGUUUUCUUUUUAAAAAAUGCAUGUUCAGUUUUGUCACAGAUAGCUGACCUUUUGCUUGUAGUCACCCACACUUGCUUGGUUUUAGCAGAACAUAUUUGUGCGAAAGUGUGGUGCGAAAAUUAUUUAAAAUGCAUAAAUGUUGCUCUGUAGCCACAUAAAGCAUGAAAGAGAUUGACUUGGACCACAGCAGACCACCAAUUGAGUUCUUUUCCAAGAGUUCAUAUUUAGUCAGUAAGCCACCAUGUACUCAAGAGAGCAAAUUACUGAAUUACUGUCAGUACCAAUGACUCUCCAUUUACACGGGGCUUCCGUUUUAGGCUCCCAUGCGCAUAUGCGAAAUCACGUAAAAUAGAGAGCACCCUGGCGAGUCCUCCUGGCUCAGCAGGAGGAGACCUACUCCAGAGCCCAAAGAGGGAGGGUCUCCUCGUGAGCUGGAAGGGCUGCUGGGCUUUGUUGAGAUGCUCAGCCUUCCCAUCUCAUCCUCUUUGGGCUCUGGGAAGGGUCUCCUCGUGAUCCAGAGGCUUGUUGAGGCUGCUCUGGCUUGUGGGAGCCAGAGGGAUGGCAGGUCUUGGUUGACCAACCUAGCUGACGUGCGUGGGGAAGCUUCUUCACCACUCAUGUCAGCUGUGGAAGCUCCGCCAUCCCUCCAACUCCGUUGACCAGGUGAUCCCCAUUUCCUGGUACCACUUCUGGGUAUCUGGCAGUGUGUGUGCAUGGUAGUGCACAAAUAGAAUGUACAUAAACUGGGAAUUGCCUGUAAUUCAUUACUGCUUAAAUAUUUUCAUUUUUCGUCUUGGCUCUGCUUAUAAAAAGCAAAAGAACAAUCUAUAGAUACACUAUUUUGUUUUUCUAAUAAAUAAGAGGACAUGGAAUGUAGUGAACAUUGUGGUGCUUCCAAAUGGCAAUGGAUUGCAUCUUUCUAUAUUAAAAUAUACACUUUCUUAACUGUGGUGUUUGCUUUCAGACCUUCAGCUUGACUAUUCCUUAUCAGAUGAGUUCUGCAAGCAUCACUUCUUGGUAGGACUGCUGCUGAGGGAGGUGGGAAAUGCACUGCAAGAGUUCAGAGACAUCCGUCAAAUUGCAAUCAGUGUUUUGAAGAAUUUGAUGAUAAAGCAUUCUUUGGAUGACAGAUAUGUUUCCAGGGUAAGUGUAUUUCAGAAGCUUUUUUAGUUAUAUUAAGUGCAGAAGUUUUUGUGACUUGGGUCCUAAGAAAAGUUAAUUUAAAGAAGUGAACUGAAGAAAUGUUUUAUAUCCCUUCUUCCUUAUUGUAACCUCCUGUGCCCCAUGAGAAUCCUCUGUGUAGGAGAUUGAGGGGCUCUCCUGAACAAUGUGGAAUGUGGGUAUAUGGGACUAUUGGGAAUCCCAUAUUAGGCUGCAAUUCACAGAUAAAUUGAAGUUCAUGAAAUGAAAUCCCACCUUCUCAUCCUUCUCCCAACAGGCCUCCAUGCUCUGUCCCGACAUUGUUCAGGAGGAGGCACCACCUCUCUGGAGAGGCUUUGUGGAGGUUAUAGGUAGCUGCAAGAGGGAGGAGGGGAUGGAAAUAUUUCCCUCUCUGAACUUCACAAAGCUAGCCUGUGUAUGUUACAAAAUACCUGCAGUGCUUAUUUACUGAAGUUUCACAAAUAAAGUCAGUCUAAUCCCAGGGCUCCUCUACUCAUGCUUUAAUAGUAGAUGCAGAGAUCAUAGCCAAUACAGGAUUCUAAACUUACUGCACUUCUCUGAAUAGGGGGAGCCUGUCUGUGCACCAAAACUCUUUUUUCUUUGUAAGCAGAGAUCCUCUGAGAUGAGGUUCGAGAACGCUGGGGGAGAUGAUCAAAGAGCCUUUUGCCUGUAUUAUCAGCUCAAGCAAGAGUGAAUCAUUGGGCAAAGAUAGACUUGCUCACCUGGCAAAAUAUGCUUCUCGCACUAUAAAAUAUAUUAUUAAUUCUCACCUUGCCAUACUUGUUGAGCUUUUUCUUAAUUACUAACAUCGUGAUUAGCAAAUUCAGAUUCAGUAAGAUUGUGACUCCCACCUGACUGCAAAAAGGAUAUGUUUGAGGGCUUGCACAUUUAAAAGGAACAGCCAACAUCUGUUCCUUUUAAAUGUGCAAGAACCAAAAAUCAAGUUAUAACUCUAGUUCCACAACAGCGAAUAUCUGAAAUGUGAGUGUGUGUAUAUUCCCAUUGAAUAAUGAGAACUAAAAUGUUUUGGUACAGAGCCAUCAAGCAAGAAUAGCUACGUUGUAUUUGCCAACCUUUGGGGUGCUGAUAGAAAAUGCCCAUCGAAUUGAUGUCAAGGAUAUUUCACCUUUCCCUAUUAAUGCUCCCAGCAGUGUGAGUGGAUAUUUUUAUUUCUGAAACUUUAAAGCUUGAAAAAACUCUAGUGUAAAAAUAUACCACUUUUAGACAUAUCAAAGGAAGUGAAAUUAUAUCUUUUUUAACAGAGUACAAAAGAUGAAUCCCUUAGCUUACCAGCUGCAAAUCCACUGAUGACUCCUCAAAAAUCUGUGAAUACCCUUGAUAGCAACCUCCACAAGGACGUGUUUGGUGCUAUAUCAGGCAUUGGUAACUAUUUAAAAAUAUUUUUUACACUUAUUUUAAUUAAAGCUUUUAAUGUCUCAUUGUGAACAGCAAAAUGUAGCCUUCUAAGAAAUGAAAUUUGAUACUUUACAUGUAGAUCUUUUAGUGGUGAAAAUGAUCUUUUGAGGGAUGUAAUGUUGAUGUGGCAUAGUGGAUGGUGUUUGAACUUAUGCCACUGAAACAUGGGUUCAAAAUUUGAGUCUGUUGCUGAUACCAUAAAUGGGUUGGGUAUUAUCUUGUCAUGUGAUGGAGGCAGGAGAGCAAAGAACUCUGGGAGGCAGGUAUGGUCACUCCUCAGUUUUUCCUCUCCUGCCUGACAGAGCAGUUCAUUUUCCUGCUCUCGCUGAUCUCUCUUUUCAGUUAGGUUUUUAAAUUAAUUUUCUAUCUAAUUUUGAUAACUUUCACAUAUACUUCUUCAUCCUUUACCUUACGGUUUCUCCUUUCCAUUUCUACGUUCUAUUUCUAACUUCACGUCCCUUUAAGCCCUUAUAUUACUUAAAAAUAUCGAAUUUCCACACAGUUACAGAGCUUGUUCCCAUGAAACUCUCUUAGCCAAAUCUACUUUAUCAGUUGGUUAUAAGGGAAAAAUUGGGUACUCAUUCUUGAAUGGGAUAUAAAAUAAUGAAGUCAUAUAUAUGUAUAUGUAUAUCCUAUAACUAAAUACCGUAUUUUUCCAUGUAUAAGACGCCCCCAUGUAUAAGACACUCCCUAUUUUGGGGGACUCAGAUUUAAGAAAAUGGGGAGGAGAUGUAUCUGUGUAUAAGAUGCCCCCUAAUUUUUGACAUUUUUAAGGGAAAAAUCCCUAGUCUUAUACACGGGAAAAUAUGGUAAGUCUGUAUUUCUUCGCAUUCAGAUAUCUCCUACUGAUAAAUCCAGAUGUUGAAUUCGGUCACCUGAAACAUGCACCCAGCUGGCAAUCCCUUUACAAGCCAGGUUUCUGGCAUCUACCUAGCAUCUAGAUACUGGAAGGGUCAUUUGAAUAAAAGAGGGGCAGUUGAAUGCAGGUUGAAUCUCACACUAGCAGAGCCGCUAAUGUAUUCCUUUUCUACCAUCUUAUUAUUCAGCAUCCCCGUAUACCUCUUCGACUCCAAAUGUUAAUUGUGUAAGAAAUGCAGACUCAAGAGGUUCUCUUAUAAGUACAGAUUCAGGAAACAGUCUCCCAGAAAGACAUAGUGAAAAGAGCAAUUCCCUUGACAAGGUAAGGGUACUUUUAUAUAUUUGUGUCUGUAAGUGAAGCUUCUACACACUCUAAUCUUGCUUUUUUGCUACUACUGUAUAACUUACUCUGCUGAGGGAAAAUGAGUAGCCAUUUCUAUUUCUUCUCUUAUUCUACAUUAAAUAAAAUGUGUCUAGCUGUAAGGGGAGGCCCCUAUUGGGUGAACAUUAAUUUCUAGAGAAAACCAUGCCACUGUCUCAAUAAAUAUGUUAUAUGUGUAUAUAUAAAACCAACUUAUUUUGGCUAUUUUUAGACUGCAUGAAUGCAGGAAAAUUUACAAUAAAUUAAUAGUUUUAGAAAAUGUAGUACCAUUCUUUGAAGGACACUCUUAAUUCACCAAGGGCUGUCUCCAAUAGUAGCCAUACUCAGUGUAAAGCUCUUAAAAUUAAGGGGGAUAACUUAGGUUCAUUAAUAUCAAUGGGUCUGGUUAGAGUGUGACUACCAUUGGAUACAGCCCUACUUGUCUUAGUUCACUGGUAUAAAUCCACAUAGUUGCUUUCAGUGAAAGAGUUUUAAUAAUUAAGCGUAUUUAGCUUCUCACCUUCAGUUGCAUUUGCCUUUUACCUGUCAUAUUUCUAAAGUUUUGAGGUUGGAUCUUGUGGCAGUCACACCAUGGUUUAAUGUUUUCUUCUUGACCCUGACAUGCCGCCUUGUGGCAGAGGGAGAAACUUCUCAGAAGGCAUUCUGCUCAUACAUUAUUUACUAGUGGAGAGGAACGAGAACACUACCAUUCAUCAAAGAAAAAGCGUGUUACAGUGGAUUUUUCACUAUUGACAGUUCCAACUUUACCAGAGAGAGAUUUCCAUGCUGUUGUGUCUCCUCCAUUACAAGAAGUAUUCAUUUUUGUGUGGUUUAUUUGGUUUAGUUUCUGAGUUCAGCUUGUUGCCAAGUUUGCCCUGAGCAUUGAAGAAGCUUCUACUGGAGAGGAAACAGUAUUUUAAUUGUUUGAAAGUAUCAUGGCAUACUGAAAUGUAAAAAACCACACCAUCAAAUUUGUUAAUGAUCAGCACACUGUAAGGCUACUUCUGCUAUAUGGCAAAAUUGUCAUCUGAUUAUUUUUUUUCUUCAUGGUAAUGGCUUGAUUUGCAGUGUGAAGCAAUUGACAGUAGUACUGAAAUUUUAAAACUUGGUGUAGCCUUUUUGAAUAUCAUAUGUUCAAGUUAUACUCGUUUCUUGCUUAACAUAGCUGCUAUUUUAUUAUACAUUUCAUGAUGGUACUUAUCCUAGCUGACUUACUUCUAAGCUUUUCUCCUGGCUGAUAAUAUUUUAUUUGGACUGAUUGAUUUCAAAGCAAGUUGCCUUUUGGGGCUACAGUGAUGGGUGCAGGGCUUUCCUGCAGCAACAAAUAUUGCAGAAAGUCUUUACAACUCAGGAAUGGAAGUCAGAAGACCUGAGUUGAUCUUAAUAGGAUUGACAGACUACUCUGCAUAUGUAAUUGUAUAUUUUUAUCUCAAAAUUAGUAUGCCUGGGGGAAGGCAUGCAGGCAAACACUUGAAAGAAGGCCUGAAACAUCUGUAAGGCUUAAUUAAUUAAUUAAUUAAUUAAUGCAGGUUUAAGCAUUUACUGUCAAAUUGUCUUUGGCUUUGGUGUGAUAUUCCUGUUUCCUGUGUGUCAGAUGAUCAUGCAUGCCUACCAAAUAUUCUGAAACUUCCAUAUAGUUUCUAUUCCAUUUUUGACAGUUAUGAUGAGGCAUUAUUUGUGUUGGCUCUUUUUAUUGUUCAAAGUUAUACCAUGACACUUCAUUCCUUGCUCGUAGUCUUCUCUAAUUCCACAUUAGUUUAAGCUGUUUGUGCGCGUUUGCAGUGUAGUACUUUUGCUAUUGUAGUUUGAGGCUCAGAAGUAAUUGCUUUAUGGUUUCCACAUACAAAUCACAUAUUGAAGCAUGGCUGUAUCAUACACCUUUAGAUACUGACCAAUUGCCCUAAAGAAGAUACACAUUUACUUUAACUCUUAUCCUUAAGUAGUUUUUCUUGUUUACAAAUUGAAGGCUUGAGAGAGGUAACCAUGGAAUGUGUACAAAAAGGGAAUUGGAUCUGGGCACAAUGUACAAACUUAGAUCGGUCUAUAUGCUGGUGUGUCUUAGCAACUUACACUAUCAACAUGUGAGUGCUCCUCUCCUCACAAAAGGAUCUGGUUUAUGAUUAGGAGUGUUCAACCUUUGUCCUUGGUAACCAACACUCUCUCGGUUUUGAGAUGCUGUGUUUGUGCCUUAAUGCAUUAAGAUGAGCCUCUUGUCCGACUGUAUUCCUGUAUUUUUCAGAACCAGCAGAUUUGCCCUUUGGGAAGUUCUGUAGUUCGAUGUGACAAGCUUGAUCAAGCUGAAAUCAGGAGUCUACUGAUGUGUUUCCUUCAUAUUUUAAAAAGCAUGUCAGAUGGUAAGCAAAAGUUUUUCACUUCUUAAAUUCUGACAGUGAGUUAACACAAUAACUUGGUAUUUUAAACCCUUCUUCAGUAACAGCUGUAACAUGUCAUGUGUAACUUGGAAUGUAAUAGCCUCUGUUUGAUUCUCUUCUGAUUUGUAUUCCUCGUGCUUAAUUCUGCAAAAAGUUUUCUGGUUCUGCUGUUAUUUAUCAGGGGCUGAAGACUUGAUUACUUCAAUGCUUCCUGCUUCCCUGCCCCAGAACUCAUCUCUGAAUUUGGCAUUCUACCAACCAAAUACUUGCUAGGGGAUGUAAACUUAUAUAAAUGAGCAGAAAAUUCCCACAAGAUGAAUGCUUAAUCCAGACAAGACAAAGGUACCAUUGGUGGGUAGUUUAUCCCUCUAUAGAAGUGGACUUCAGCCUGUUCUGGAUGGGAUUCCUCUCCCCACAAAAGGAUCAGGUUUGUGGUUUAGGAGUGCUACAGCUUUGUCCCUGGAUACCCGAUGUGUGUUAGUGGCACAGAGCAUCUUCCGCCAGCUGAAGCUCCUUCCGGUCUGAAAUGGAGAAUCUGGCUCCGUUAUCCAUGCUCUGCUAAACCUCCAUAUUAGACUAUUGCUAUGUAUUGUAUAAGGGACUGGUUUUGAAGACUGUUCAGAAACUCCUGGCAAUUGCCAAGCACAAUUCAAAGCUCUGGCAUAUAUUUACAUGGCUGGGGACCUGGGGGAAUGCUUCCUUCCACAUCAUUCAGCUUACACACUUAGGUGAUAUCUCAUCCUAGUUCCCCUGCAAAACCUACCUAAUCCUUCCCGAAUGGGUAUCUCCCAAAAUAUCCUUUGAAUUUCACAUUUCUACAAAUGUUGUAAUCCAGUUCUUCAAUCAAAAAAGUGAGCAAAAGGUAAAAAUACAAUACAGAAAUGCUUCAUGUUAGGGGGUAUUGCUUGCACAUUAGGAGAAAUGUGCGCUGAAAUGCAGAGCAAUAUGCCUGAGUAGUGUUUUUUUUUAAUCACAAGCUAAUGUGGAAAUAGGACGCAGGUGGCGCUGUGGGUAAAACCUCAGCGCCUAGGGCUUGCCGAUCGCAUGGUCGGCGGUUCGAAUCCCCGCGGCGGGGUGAGUUCCCGUCUUUCGGUCCCAGCUCCUGCCCACCUAGCAGUUCAAAAGCACCCUUAGGUGCAAGUAGAUAAAUAGGUACCGCUUUAUAGCGGGAAAGUAAACGGCGUUUCCGUGUGCUGCGCUGGUGCUGGCUCGCCAGAGCAGCUUCGUCAUGCUGGCCACGUGACCCGGAAGUGUCUCCGGACAGCGCUGGCCCCGGGGCUCUUAAGUGAGAUGGGCGCACAACCCUAGAGUCGGACAUGACUGGCCCGCAAGGGCAGGGGUACCUUUACCUUUAAUGUGGAAAUGUGGUGAACUGAGCUUAAGAGUGGAAAAAUUAGAAACUCAGAGAAAUUGAUAGAUUGGCCCAUCUCUAGUUCAAGCUAUGUAAUCUUGACCAGUAUAGAGUAGAGAGCCUAUACAGAAGAGCUGUGGAGUAAUAAGCUGUGCACUUGUACCUCAAAUGCAUAUUUAGAAGGCUGUCUGCUGUUAGAUGUGUAGUCUCAAACCAGGUUUUGCUUUGUGUAACAUACUAGCUUUCCUGCUUUGUGUCCUUAAAACUAUUCACAUCAGUGAUACUCACAUUUUAUUAAUUGCUUUUUCCAAUACAUUGUAGAUGCCCUUUUCACAUACUGGAACAAGGCCUCAACAUCAGAACUUAUGGAUUUUUUCACAAUUGCAGAGUGAGUUGGCUUGGCUAUUACUAUAAUUCUUUGUACAGUACAGUUAUUGCAUUUCAGACAUGAACUUAAAGUCCGCAGUAAAUAUUGCAUAUACUAUAUAGCAUUGCAGCUUUUCAAAAUGUCCUGGUAAUGGAGAAAUCUGCAAUACAUCUCACAAGUUCCCACAUGCACACAUUUAUCUCCACACAUUCAACAUUAAUACCAUGUUGGCAAUUAGAAGUAAAUCAGCUUGCAGUUUUUCCAACGAGAUGUAUGCAAACCUGUGUGUGUAUACUGUUCUACUAUUGUUCACGUAUAAGUUGGAGAUGGAAAUUAUCAUUUUAUACUUCAUGAAAAGGGAUGCACAGAUGAGGGGACAUUAAACAUAUUUCCUUUCCCCAUCUUACCUUGCUGCAUUCUGUUGUUCCAAGUGUUAUUAUCAUUAUACAGUAUAUUAAUAAGGUCUUGUAAGCUGCUUUGAACAUUUUAUUGUAAACACAGGAUAAUUGUGUUUAACAGAGUACAAAAGAUGAAUCCCUUAGCUUACCAGCUGCAAAUCCACUGGUGACUCCUCAAAAAUCUGUGAAUACCCUUGAUACACCUAAGGUGCUAUCAGAUUUCUAUAAACAUUGACGGGAACUGAAGGCCCUCAGUCAGAUACAAAACUAACACAUGGUUGUUUGCAUCAAUCUGUCUGUCCCUAAGAAGAGCAAAAGAGCCCUGCUGGAUCAGACCAAAGAUCCAUCAAGUCUGUUACCCAGCUUCCCACUGUGGCAAACCAGAUGACUCCAGGAAGACCACAGAGCAUGGAGGAAAUAGCUCUUCUGCAUUAUGUUUCUGCAGUAUAUCAUAUUCAGCCAUACUGCCUCGGAAUAUGGAGAUUCAUUUAUCAGUCAUAGGUCGUAUCUCUUGAUAUACCAAAUCCCUAACUAAUUUGUCUUCUAUAAGUCAUGAUCAAGGGGCACGGGUGGUGCUGUGGUCUAAACCACAGAGUCCUAGGGCUUGUCGAUCAGAAGGUUGGUGGUUCGAAUCCCCAUGACGGGGUGAGCUCCCGUUGCUCGGUCCCUGUUCCUGCCAACCUAGCAUGUCAAAGUGCAAGUAGAUAAAUAGGUACCACUCCGGCGGGAAGGUAAACGGUGUUUCCGUGCGCUGCUCUGGUUCGCCAGAAGCAGCUUAAUCAUGCUGGCCACAUGACCCGGAAGCUCCCUCGGCCAGUAAAGUGAGAUGAGCACCGCAACCCCAGAGUUGUUCGCAGCUGGACCUAACAGUCAGGGGUCCCUUUACCUUUACCUUUAAGUCAUGAUCAAAGUUCUUUUAUUAUUAAAUAUUUUAGGUUGCCUGUUUUCUGGGCAUUUCUGACUGCCUGUUAAUGUUUUAAAUGAAGUUACCUAAUAAUGUGAAUAAAACACUCACUACUUCUGCUCCCUUAUCUAUUAAUGAUGGGAUGCCAGCUACUAGAAACCCAAAUAAGUACACUGUUAUAGCUCUUUGAGAAGAUGUUCAUGGUAGUGAACUUUUAUGGAAAGGUCGCUCCGCAGGGCAACAACAUGUUCUAUGAUGCCCCCAUCACACAGUAUCUGUGUGUGGGAGAUAUUCUGUAGACUGCCUUCUAUAAUUAGAGGUUACUAUCAUGACCUCUCUAGCAUAAGUAGAGCCCAAGACAGAUCCUGGUAAGAAUGCAUUUUGACCCUAAAGAAGACCACAUGCCUGUAGGCUUUUCAUUCAUUCACUUGACUGAUGCUGCUGCCAUAGCAUUGGCAUAAAUAUUUUUGUGAAGAAAGCAGAUUGGCUGUGAACUGUUUCUUCACUGUUGGUGGUUCAGGAAUUUAAAUGUACUAGAGAUCAUUGAAGACACAGCUACAAUCCUAACAACUUACUUUUCAUUAGACAUGGUUUGGAUUGCACUACAGUACUACAGAAAGUGGAAAAAAUUGUCAGUGAUAAUUCCUAUACUGUUUUAAUAAACAAGACAGGCAUAGCAACUACUGCAUCUUGGCUUCACUCUGCAUGAGAGCAGAAAGUGUUGAACAUAACUUGUUUGGCAGAAAGGUGACAGCUGUAACAUGGGAUUGAGGUAGAGACUCUGGUUUGGGGAUGGGAUUUUAUUUUAUCAUAUCAUGAGCUGGCUCCAGUUAAGUUUUUACUAAAAUUAUGCCUUAGUUUUAAAACUAACCCUUACUGUGUUCUUUGCAGAGUGUGCUUGCAUCAGUUUCAAUACAUGGGAAAACGAUACAUCGCCAGGUACUGUGUAUAACCUAAUGGUGUAACUUUGUUGUGACAGAAUGCCUUAAAUUCUUGUCAUUUGAAUAAUGUUCAGUUAAUACUGGAAAGAGAUGUCUUUGUAUUAGAAGGUAAGUAUACGGCCUUUGUAGUGCUUGACACAUGUUAGCUGUGUUGCCUUACUAGCACUGAAAACUCAUCCCAAAUUGCUGCACUACAUAGUUAGGGAUUUUUGUGUUGGCUAUUAAAACUGUGGAGGUUUGCCCAAACUGCCUUGUGACAUUCUCAAAACCGUGCAUAGUACCUGAAUGAUAGCCUGUGAAUUAUUCCUACCUCCUGUGCACUCUCCAGUCAGACUAAACAAGGCUUUGUAACACCACAUGUAUCUUUUCAUCCUAUCCAGUGCUGGCCACACUGGUCUUAGUUCCAUUAGCUGCUUGUAUGGAAAUUUACCUCGUUUGUUGCAAUAUUUUGAUGUUAGAGACAGCCUCCACAUGGACUUUUGGCACAAGCCUGUUACUUGCUAGCUGAUGUUAUUGUGACUUACACCAGACACAAAUACAGGAAAUUAUGACUUGGAUAUAUGAAAGAGAAAUAUACAACAUACAUUGCCUUUCUUUCUCUCCCAAAGAUUAUCCUAUUGCCAUUGGUUGAUUUUGCUUUUAAUCUUUGACAAUGUCUUGAAAGGGGGCAUGGAAAAAUCAAAAUAAAGCAUGCUGUUCUGUGAAUCAAACUGAAUAUGUAUUUGAACUCACAUAAAAGUGUUUCAACACUUAUAUGGCUAUUUAUCCCCCAUCUCCCCAGCCUACUCCCAGGGGGAAAUGCCAUUUGGGGUUCUUUGAACCUUGGAUUUUCCCCCAGCUUUAGAUUUGUUCUGCCUGCUUCCUAAUGUUUGUGCCUAGUUCUCAUAAAGCAGCUGAGAUGGUAAAGCAGUGUAUGAUCUGUAAAUCAAUUCAGAUAGCAGGUCUGGGCUCUUCUGACCAAAAGAUCCCUCCACACAAUAAAUUAGAUGUCAGGGAGAAGGACUUAUCUUGUCUUCAAGACAUUGUUGAACUAUAGUGUCCAUUAUCCUGAUUAUUGGCUAUGUUGACUGGGCUAAUGAGAAUUAAAGUUCAGCAUCUGGAGGGCAUUGUGCUGGUUACUCUUGAGUAAGACCUCACAUGCAGACUGAAGUGAUACAGCACAUACAUGGUUUUGCCAUCCAGAAUUAAGCCACACAUUUCUAAUGUGGCACUGGUACUUGUGUUAUUUCUUUGGACUGGAGUAAAAUAUCCUUUAUUUCUUUAUUGUUGCAUUUUUCUUAAUGUACUACAUGAUGUUUAACCAUUUUAUUUAAGAAUAAUACAUAUUGCUGCUCCUGAAAUUAGUUUGAGCUUUUGCCCACUUGAUAUAGUUGUAUAAGUAGGAAUAUUCAUAAUGCAUGAAAAUGCAUUAAAUAGCUCUUGAUGAAUUUGUUAAGAGACUAUUUCACCAAUAACAUACCACUUGGUUGUGUUGCAUGUGAAAACAUUGAACUGAAAACUAUGCACGUUUCUGAUGUAAAUUGUGAUUAUUGAAGUGAUUCACAAAUAUUCACACUGAGAUGCACCAAAGGAAUGUGCUAGCAAAAAAAUAGUGCAUGCAAUCUUUACACACCCUAUGGUUGAGGAAACAGGGAUGUGUGUAAUUCUGGUAUUGGUUUUCAUUUCUUGUCAGCUCUGGUGGUGGUACACACUAGGAGGUUAGUCUGUACUGAUUGCUAACACAGAUCACUUUUCUAUUUCCUUCACUUGAUUGCUGGCAAGUUUAACAAAGUAUAUGGCUCUACUCCCUUCCUGCCUCGGUAAGAUACAGGCAUUAGUAUAUCACGUAAUUUUGCUCUUACUGCAUGUGUGCUUACUAAAUACUCUCUCAGAUCCUCCUUAAACUUUCUAUAACAAACUCACAUCACACAAAGCUCUCUUUAAAAUUAUUUGUAUACACGGUAGCACAUUUACUAUUCUGAACUAAAUGUUUCUAAAGCAAGUUGUGUGCUGCUGCUUUCAAGCAUUUUUGAAGCUUUUGGACUGAGAAGGUACUUGCUGUGAUGCUUUCGGAAUUCUGCCUAUUUUAAGCUAAUGUAAAAUGACCAAAGUACAGUGGUCAGGUAGAGUUAGUCUUCCUGACUGAGUCUGUCUUCCUAAGACUCUCACUAUAGCUGACCUACCUCCAGUCUGUCCAACUGUAAAUAGUCCAUUGUGGUCAAGAAGUAAAUACUAUAGUCCACAUCCUUUAUGUACUGCUUUGACUGACUGGAUAAAUUUCCCAAAACUUUAACUAAAAUAGAUAAUAGGCUGCAUUGUAUUUUCAUCUUCUAGUAGAGUUUUUGCUUGGCCUGCUUAACUAACUCUCACCCUCUCUUGCUGCAGUGCAACAUGUUUAACUUUUGCUUCUGUCCCAUUUCACCCAUCUUGCAGGAACCAGGAGGGGUUGGGACCCAUAGUUCAUGAUCGAAAAUCUCAGACAUUGCCUGUUUCCCGUAACAGAACAGGGAUGAUGCAUGCCAGAUUACAGCAGCUGAGCAGCCUGGAUAACUCUCUCACAUUUAGCCACAGUAAGUUCCAUGACAUAACACCUGAAAUCUCAUCCAGUACCACAACACCAGAGGCAGGUCGAAACCCACACCAGAGCAUGUCAUGGACUUUAUUUUUCAAGGUCAAGCACCAACAUGAAUUCCGUUCACAGCUGAGUGGAAGUACCAAAUGAUGACACAAUGUGGAACAUGGUUAACUACAGCAUUUUAACAUUCUAUACUCAAAAUUUUGUAUACGCUGGUAUUUGAUGUAUACUACUUCAAAUUUAUGCACUCUGUGGUGUUCAUCUUGAACAACGUUUUCAACUGCCAUUGAGAACUUUCAUUAUACUCUUUCUCAAGAACAUUUUGAAAACGGUGAAAUGUGCUUGGUUGAUCAUGUGACCAUGUUUUGGCAUAAAGCUUUUAAGGGGAAAUACUCUGAAGUAGCAUAAAAGUACUGUGAAAGUCCAUGAUUUAGUUUGGAUGUGAAGAAGCACCCAGUAAUGAAGUGACUUUUUCUGUGUUUUCAGUGUGAGAAAAAUAUCAAGUUUGCUUGGAAUUUCUGUAGACAAUGGUAAGACAAUCAGGUUGAAGUCAGCUUCUGUUGGAAUUCUUGAAAUGAAAUCUAGAUUUAAGUAAUCUUUGGAAAUAUUUCAGCUGCAUCAUUAAGAAUAUCACUUGACUUUUGUGAAGCUUCACAGUAUUCAAGAAUGGGCAGCUUGCUGAAAUAAUAAAACCCACAUUAACUGUGUACUGCCUAAUACUUUUAACAAAUGCAUCUGUUUUUCUGGAAAUUAGUAGUGAGCUGAUUUUAGUCUUGGAUACUUUUUCUUCAUUCUAGCCUGUUUUUAAGGCUAUAAUCUAGCAGUGUAUUCCCCAUUUUUCAAAAUUCCCAAAACGGAAAGAUCACCCAGACCAGACACAGAAAAGUUUGACAGAUUGACAGAUCUUUCUCAAAAAUACCUCACAGAAUCCCCAGAAUUAUUCGCCAGAAGACUUCUAUCCCUGAGUUCAAUUUUUUUAGGUGGGGGCGAAGAGAUUUUCCAAUACACAUUUUAAAUAUGGACAUGGCACUGCUGCAUGCAGAUUGAUUUGACUGAACACUGCCUUUGUGAAAUCGGAAGUAAUUUCCACUCAAGCAAAGUGGGGGGAUUUCCCCCUCCAUCUGGAACUCCCACACCACCUUCUCUGGAGGGCCCCAGGAGCAGCAGACGGAAGGCAGAAAACCCCUGUUCCACAAGUGGAACUUAGGACCAAAAUCAUCAUUUUUGUUCUAUUUUAAAACCCUCGUGUCAAAUCCUAUUUUGAACACAGACAUUUAAAGAGCACUUCAGGAAUUUGGUUGGGACAAUUUUUGAGAAGGAAGGUAUUCGGGGGAAAAUGGGUGCAUGCAAAUCCCGCUGUGUUUCUGCUUGAGCCUUAGGAGAUCCUUAGAUUUCUUCUUCUUGUAGCCAUAUUUCUCAGUUUGCCAAAAUUCAUUUGCCAUUCACCUGAUAACAGUUAUUCUCUGCUGCUUCCUUUAAUGUACAGCAGGGCUGUGGAAGCUUUGGCAUUCCAGAUGUUUAUGAACUACCCGUCAGCCCUAGCAAACAUUCCCAAAUGCCCAAGGAUAAUUGGAGCUGUAGUUCAGCAACAUCUGGAGGGUUAAAGGUAUUCAAGGGCCACCUUAUUCCUAAGCAUAGGUUCAGAACUGAAUCAGCCUUGGUUGUCCUGAUGGAUGCCCUUCAUCACAAAAGGGACAGGAGAGUGCAACCCUUUUACUUCUGCUUGAUCUCUCAGCAGCCUUUGAUACCAUUGGCCAUGUUAUUCUCCUGGAUUGACUUAGUGAGAAGAGUAUCCGUGGCAUAGUAUUACAAUGGUUCCAUUUAUAUAUUCAGAUAAGAAUGAAAGUAACUGCUCUUGGGAGCCCAUUGUAUGCAACCAUGAAGGAGAUUGCCCAUUGCAUCUCUCAGAGAUGCAUGCUGGGGGACUUCUUUCCCUCUGUGUGUGUUGUAAAUGAUUAGAGCAUUUAAAGACUCCUGAUGCAGCAGAAUUAUCUGCCUUUAGAGGAGGCUAACAGUUGUCUGUCUGCAUGAGUCUGCUCAGGACUUGUCACCUUCCAACAAGCAGGCAUAUCCUAGAAUGAGGACUCAUUAAGAAACACAUGGAUUGUGUUUUUUGAAGGUGGGUAAUUCUUAAUCUUACAUUCUUAGUAUGAGGGUAAAACUUUUUGAUACGCUUUCAAUUUUAAAAAAAUGAAAAAAUGUGCUUCAGCUAUCAGAAGUCUGGAAAAGAACUGUCCUAGACCAAACUGAAUGGGUCUCAGAAUUUUUGAAAAUUAUUUUUCAGUUGUCACUUACCUAGGCUAAUUCCGCCUAUGUGUAGGCCACAGGUCUGGGAUACAAUUGGAAUAUUACUGUAACUCAUUUGUUAUUUAUGUACUCUCAGCCCUUACUUUUUGCUUCAAGCGAUCUGAAACAUAAAGCAAUCAUUUACACGACCCAAGCUUGCAAAUAGGUGCACAUGUUAUAUACCUGCAACUGCAGCAUUCCUGUAAGACACAUAAGAAUUCCAGCUUUGCUACUAUUUGAUUAGUAGUGUUGGGAUUAAAAGGUUGGAGUCAAAGUCUGGUACAGAGUUCAAAGUAACAACUGCCUCAAAUUUCCACAGGUUAUGGCCAUUCAGAAGCAGAUGUCCUUCACCAAUCUUUACUUGAAGCCAACAUUGCCACUGAAGUUUGCCUUACAAUUCUGGACACUUUAUCUUUAUUCACAAUGGCAUUCAAGGUAUGUGCUUAGAUACCGGUAUAGUUAGGCGUAGCCAUAGUUUUUAUCCAGAGGUAGCCAACAUAGUGGGACGCGGGUGGCGCUGUGGGUUAAACCACAGAGCCUAGGACGAAUCCCCAUGACGGGGUGAGCUCCCGUUGCUUGGUCCCUGCUCCUGCCAACCUAGCAGUUCAAAAGCACGUCAACGUGCAAGUAGAUAAAUAGGUACCGCUCCGGCGGGAAGGUAAACGGCGUUUCCGUGUGCUGCUCCGGUUUGCCAGAAGCAGCUUAGUCAUGCUGGCCACAUGACCCGGAAGCUGUACGCUGGCUCCCUUGGCCAAUAAAGCGAGAUGAGCGCCGCAACCCCAGAGUCGGCAACAACUGGACCUAAUGGUCAGGGGUCCCUUUACCUUUACCUUUAGCCAACAUAGUCCUCUCCAGAUGUUGCUGGACUCCAACUCCCAUCAGCCCCAGUCAGCAAUACUGAUGAUCAGGGAUGAUAGGAGCUGUCAUCUGACAACAUCUGGAGUACAGGCAGCAACCAAUUUGUGCCUGGGUUACACCCCAAGGCACCGCACACUUACGUGAAAUCAUGUAUAAUCGGAACACCCGUUGAAAAACCCUUCAAACAACCCCUGUUUGUGAUGUUUCCGGGUCACCUCUGAGUUUGACACAAUGUGUAUAGUCACGCUCGUGCUUGUUCAUCAAGCACUUUAAGCAACACCACUGCGGUUGGGUCCCAUCCAGUUGGGAAUCACUGUGGUAUGUCCCAAUCCAGUGGGCUUCAUCGUCCACUGCAAUAAAUAGAACGAUUGGUCUUACCUGAAGAGUAGAUUUGUAAGGUGACAAACAGAUGAAAACACCAGAGCCCUCCCUGCUGUGGUCUGCAGUUGUGCUAAUUUCAGACUGCUGUCAAGGCUUUACUUAAGGGUUCCCUUUGUUCCUAUGUUUAAGGGGUUAUGUUAUUUAUUUUGGCGGCAUGUCAUCAGCUGGGGGGAGGUAGGCAGGUACAUUCAGAUUUCUUUUCUAUGUACAUACAUUGAUUACUGCUGCUUGGUGAGCCUAAAAAACUGAGGAGAUUAAGCCUGCCGAGCACAAGUCUGUGCUCCUGCCUCCAUCACUUGAUUACCCAAUCAAGUGUCUUCAUUGUCCACGUUACCAAUCUGCAAUUCAAGUAAGACCAAUAAUUCUUUCCCAGAUGUUUGUGCUCAGAUAGCCACCAGGGAAGCAUUCCAUCAACAAGUCCAUAAGGUUUAUAAUGGCUUUUGAGGCCUUAAAGUAAUUCAACUGUGUAGGUAUCAAAAUAUAUUUCUCUUAAUUUUAAGAAUCAGCUCCUGAUGGAUCAUGGGCAUAAUCCUUUGAUGAAAAAGGUGUUCGAUGUGUACCUUUGCUUUCUGCAAAAAAAUCAGUCAGAAACUGCAUUAAAAAAUGUCUUCAAUGCCUUAAGAUCACUAAUUUUUAAGGUAAGUAGUCUUAAAUUUAUAAUUUCUUCUCUCUGUAUGUUAUAUUGAUGGGGGGGCAGUUCUGUUUUGUUACUUAUAUGCUGCCUCUAAAUGUAGAGAGCCUAGGGCAGGGUAUUGCUUUUCUCCAGACAGCAUAUCUCUUUGUUCAAUCAGAGUAUAUAUUUCUGAAACUGAGUGAAGGAAGACUCUGUUGUGUUCAUGGAGCUUUAGCUUAGGAACUAGAUGCCAGGUUAAUUUUUGAAUUUGGACAAAUCAUUGUCUUGUUGAGUAGACUGACAUUCCAGUCCAGCCAGUGCAAAGAAGCAGGCUCCCAAAUCCCUUGAUGGAACAGGUGGACCCCAUUAACUGAGCAGGCCACUGUAUGUUCAGAACCCAGAACUGCAUUACCAACAAGUGCUAGUCCGAUAUGUAAACAUAGUGUUCGGCCAUUCAGUUUUACAGUGGUUAUCUCCGGGUGUCAUGGGAGAGAUUAGAAUGUGGGCCAUAUGGCCCACCCUUUAAAACAGGUGACAAAGUCACAAUUGCUUUCUUUUUGGGAAAUGGAGUUGCAGAUCUGAAAUCUGACAGCCCCGAAACACUGAAUUCCUGUCUAAGCUUUGGUCUUAUUUUGAGACAACCACUACCUUCUGACAGGCUGUCAAAAUAUAUUUUCUAGUCACUUUAAGGGUGAAGCUUUACAAAGUUGCAAAUUCUUCAUAGACUACAAUUUACUAAAUUUGUGAGGUAGGCAAGCUAGCAAACUCUUUGUACACUUAUUUGCAAAGCUGACUUUGGGACUCCUAAACACACGGAUGCACAUACAGUGGUACCUCGGGUUAAGUACUUAAUUCAUUCCGGAGGUCCGUACUUAACCUGAAACUGUUCUUAACCUGAAGCACCACUUUAGCUAAUGGGGCCUCCUGCUGCUGCCGCGCCGCCAGAGCACGAUUUCUGUUCUCAUCCUGAAGCAAAGUUCGUAACCCGAGGUACUAUUUCUGGGUUAGUAGAGUCUGUAACCUGAAGUGUAUGUAACCUGAAGCAUCUGUAACCCAAGGUACCACUGUAUCUGUAUCAAGGGUGUUUGUUUUCAGGGACCCUUUCUAGUGUGUUACAAAUUAAACAGCCAACUCCCAUGUGACAUUUUUUUGAACACUUUGCUAUUUGAAACUUGUUACCUGAUGGUUUCGUUUUAUCCUACCUUUUAAAGAGUAAAUGUUUCUGUGUGUUCUACAGUUUCCUUCUACAUUUUAUGAAGGAAGGGCUGACAUGUGUUCUUCACUGUGCUAUGAAAUUUUGAAGUGCUGCAAUUCCAAACUGAGCUCAAUACGAACAGAAGCAUCACAGCUCCUUUAUUUCUUGAUGAGGAAUAAUUUUGAUUACACAGGAAAGAGAUCGUUUGUGAGGACACACCUACAAGUGAGUACAGUUUGUUUUUAUGUAUUUAAGGGGUUUUAAGGAGAUGAAAUGCUGACCUUUUCUGGUAUCAUGUCUUAAAGACUGGAUUGUGUGUACUUAGCAACAUAAUAUUAUAACAGACUUCAGCUACAUAGUGCAUCGAGCAGCACCCACACACACUGUAAGUUAUGUGUGAUAAUAAACGCUGCAUGCCCAGCAGCUAUGUGAAAAGGUCACCCUUGCUGCUGCACUCUCUAUGUGUACUUCCUAUACACAAAUUUUGGAACAAGUAACUGAUGUUUCUAGAUAUUCAAACUCAUGCCCUAUUGUAUCACUGCAGUUUUAAUGCAAAUUAUUCACAUACAGGUUUGCAUUUUCCCCAGAAGUGUCUACAAAUCUAUUUAUUUAUUUUAUGUAUUUGUUUAUUUACACAAAGUUACAGGCUGCUUAAUAUUUAGGAAAGUUCCAAAACUGUAUACAGAAUUUAUAAUGCGUACAAUAUAAACCCCAACCUGAAAUCUUCAAGAUUUAUGUUUCUACUUCUUUACAAGGUUAUCAUUUCUGUGAGUCAGCUGAUUGCAGAUGUUGUCGGAAUUGGUGGAACCAGAUUUCAGCAGUCUCUUUCCAUCAUCAAUAACUGUGCUAACAGUGACAGACUUACUAAGGUUUGUAGUAGGCUUUUUCCAUUUCAUUUUGAAAUUAUAAAGAAGGGUCUGGAUCAUCAGUUUCAUUCCCAUGGCAUUGAUGCUAAAACCUCAACAUGUAAACAGCCCGUAUGGAUCAACCAUAAGAAGGUUAUAGUCAUGUAUAAGCAGAGAACAAAAUGUACAGAAAUGCUGUAGAAUGAAAAAUGCAGAAGCAGUCACAAAAGGGACCUUGAUGAAGUCUUAUUUGAAAAUGCCAAAAAUGCCAAGUUAUUCUUGAUGCUUGAGAGAAAAAGGAAAAUCUCUGUAAAAAUCUUUUCAGAUCACAAUGGUCCGUAUUUGAGACACUAGUUUCAUUGUAUAAUAUAAGUAUAUUAUACAAUAUACAUAGGUAUAUUAUACAAUAUUAUAUAAUAGUAUUCAUUGUAUAAUACAAGUACAUACAAAAUUAGCUUUUAAAAUAGUUACAUUUUAGAGUUGUUUGAAGGAAACAAUGUAACAUUAACAGGAGUAGAUGCAACUAAUAGCCAAGACCAUGUUCAUGCGGUUAGGAUUCUGAGGAACAGUCCACACAACUUUACUCUUCUUUCAUACUACUUGAUUAUUCCUAAAGGAAUUUCAAGCAAUAGGUCACUAAGUGGAUAGGUACAGUUUAGCUUCCCCUUGUUGAGCUCAUUUUGCAUAUCUUGCCGCUGUUUUCACAUUACAGCACACAACAUUUCCUUCCGAUGUCAAGGAUUUGACAAAACGCAUCCGUACAGUCCUAAUGGCUACAGCACAAAUGAAGGAGCAUGAGAAUGAUCCAGAAAUGCUUGUGGAUCUUCAGUACAGUUUGGCAAAGUCUUAUGCCAGUACGCCUGAACUCAGGAAGACAUGGUUGGAUAGCAUGGCAAGAAUUCAUGUUAAAAAUGGAGAUCUUUCAGAGGUAAGCAAGACAGAAAGUACUCCGCUGGUUUUUGAUGAUCUGGCAAUACUGUUCUUAAAGUUCAAAAUAAUUCUAUAAAUCUAUCACACACAUAUUGAAGAGGUUGGAGAAAAAGGUGCCAACAGAAAUUAGAAAGAAUUGCUGUGCUGCUCCAGCGUUUUUAGUUUUAUUCAAGAUAUACAGUAAGCCCACAACUUAUGCAGGGGUUACAUUCCAGGGAUUGUGCCUAAAGCCAAAAUUGCAUAUAGUCAAAAUAUAAUGGGUACAAUGGUAGAUGGGAUUGCCAAAGUUGUUUUUUUUUUAAAUUGCCAAGCAUGUAAAGCUGAAUGUUGCAGGCUUGCUUGUAUACAGAACUUAGUCACAACAAAAAUUGUGUAGUAAUGGUUGCUAUUGUUUGUAUUUUAGGCAGCAAUGUGUUAUGUCCACGUAACAGCUCUGGUGGCAGAGUACCUUCUCCGAAAAGGUAUGUAUCAUGCACCUACUCCAUUGUUGUUGGGAUAUUUUAAACUGCUGCUUAAGUGGUUAUAUACCAGUCUGCUUUAUAGUUUGUGCAUUUACGUUUUGUCUAACCAGUUGUAGUUACGCAUAUUGUGUAUUGCCUUAGCAUCCAUGUGGAUAAAGGUCCAAAAAUAGUUUAAUAAAUAACAAUUAAAUUAUUAUUAUUUCUAUUUAAAAAAUAGCAAUAAAACAUUUGAAGAAAUAUCUUAAGAAAAGACUGUUACAGAAAGGAAAAUCCAAUGUAAUCUCAUCACACUCCAUCUGUUAAACUGUCACUCAGAAUGUUUGUUUCUUUUAGUUUCAUCAUUGCCUUCCUCCAAAAAGCUUAGGGUUCUCUUCUCCUCCCUCCUCCUUUUAUUCUCGCAACAAUCUUGUCUGUGCAGUGAUUGCAUGGUAAUAGUUGUUCAGUGGACCGCUCUAUUGCACUGGUGAGCCUUUUAAACAUAUCAGCAUCACAGGAUGUACCAUCAGACAAACAGCUUCUUUACUUGUCUGUAGGGACACGGGUGGCGCUGUGGGUUAAACCACAGAGCCUAGGACUUGCCGAUCAGAAGGUUGGCGGUUCGAAUCCCUGCAACGGGGUGAGCUCCCGUUGCUCGGUCCCUGCUCCUGCCAACCUAGCAGUUUGAAAGCACGUCAAAGUGCAAGUAGAUAAAUAGGUACCGCUCCAGCGGGAAGGUAAAGGGUGUUUCCAUGCGCUGCUCUGGUUCGCCAUGUCAUGCUGGCCACGUGACCCGGAAGCUGUAUUCAGACAAACGCCGGCUCCCUCGGUCAAUAAAGCGAUAUGAGUGCCGCAACCCCAGAGUUGGUCACGACUGGACCUAAUGGUCAGGGCUCCCUUUACCUUUACCUCUACUUGUCUAUAAUGUCUAAAGACCCCCAUACAGUUUUUCUGUUUGCUGUGAAGGCACCUCACUUCUAUUUUGCCACACUGGGUUACUGAAGAUAAUUAUAUCCAAUGCCAGCCUGAAUAGUCAUUAGUAACCAUGUGUAAGAGGCCCUCCUGUUACCCAAGUUUCCAUCUUAGGCUUUGAAGGAACCAUGGUUGUGAAAAUAGACUUGCUUACUAUUUACGUGCAAUCAGUAGAAUUUUGUCCUAUGGUUCAGAAACCCAAGAGCAUGGUUUCUGAUUAUUCAAGUCUUUACUAAAACACUAUACUGUUUAAGAAUAAAAUCCAAAGCUGCUGCUGCUGACCCCCUGCAUAGUGGUGCUACUGCCACAUGGCAGUGCUGCAGCCUAGCCACUGGCAGUGGCAGUGGCAGCAGAAGAUAUGCAGUGGGGCAGGGGGUGGAUCAGGACUUUGGGAUUGGCUGUAAGAGCAGCUUGGGAUCCAACAGAAUGCCCUUGAAUGCCCUAUUUGGGGACUGCAUGCUGGCAAGGAUACUGCCAGUUCGCCUUCUGCCCACACAUUCAGCAGGCAGAAAAGGGGGGGGGGGGCUGCUCCAGCAUAGUGGCACAAGCACUACUCAGUUGGCAAGAGGAAACCAGCUGAGAUUUCAGAAGUUAGUGAAGGGAUGCCUCUACUCAAUCCAAUACCCCCCAACCAAGCGUAACUUGAAAUUAGAUCUAUUCACUGCAACUUUAAGAGUGUUAAUUUCUUUCAUGCCUUUGUGGGUUUUGCUGUUCCUCUCUUCCGUUGAUCUACUUCAAGAGUGUUGUCUGCAUUUUUCCCAUCCAAUAUAAAUAGGAAUGUUUAAACAAGGCUGUAUAAGCUUCAGAGUAAUCACUCCAAAUAUAGAUGAAGAGGCUUCUAUGAUGGAAGAUGUUGGGAUGCAAGAUGUUCACUUUAAUGAAGUAUGUAAACUUAAUUCAUAUUUAUUUCUGUAUCAUCAUAAUACUAAUUUAUUUUUUAUUGAAUUCUAAAAUGUCUUGCUUGCUGUCUAACCCGAAGAGUUCAUAACACAUUGAAAAUAUUUUUAACCCAUGGAAACACAACUAAAUAAUAAAUAGCAUACACCAUUACUCACUUUAUAGCAUGUUAAGACAAAGAGGCCAAGUUAUGCUGGAGAUGCUAUAAAAGCCAGGCUUGGGGAGAGCCUGGGAGAGAGCACUGAGGAACCUUGGACCUGGCAAUUAAAUGUUAACCAGACGGGAUUUCCACAGAACCCUUUAGAAUAGUGUGACACUGCAGACUGUAGGAAGAAGGGAGAAUUGGUGAAAAUUGCCUCUCCCCUUCCACUGUCAGGAGCCUUUGCUGGAUCAGAAACACACUGUACUGGAAAUUAAUCCUUUUUUAUGCUGCUUGAGAAAAAUAAAGUUAGAUUGCUCUAGAUUAGUCUCUAUCCACAUGUGUGUGCUUUUCUUUCUGUAACUAGGAUGUACUGAUGGAGUUGUUAGAACAGUGUGCAGAUGGGCUGUGGAAGGCUGAACGUUAUGAACUGAUUGCUGACAUCUAUAAACUUAUAAUUCCUAUUUAUGAAAAGCGGAGAGAUUUUGAGGUAUUUGAUGCAAAUCUAUUUAUGCUAUAAUGAUUUCAUUUGAUACCUGUUAAUGCUGUGGGAUGUUGAAAUAGGUAAUGUUCAGCUAAAGAUACAGCAAAGUCUCAUUGAAAGUUGUGAGGAUUCAUUUGAUUGCAACUAACUUCAAAGUGCUGGGAUUUUUUUACCUAUAAAACUUUAUAAGGCUUGGGACCCCAUUACCUUUUGGAGCCUCUUUUCCCCUAUGAAUCUGGCCAGCUCUUCAGAUCAGCUUUGGAGUCCCUUCUCCAAGUACCUCUUCUAAGGCAGGUGCGGAGAGUAGCUACAUAAGAAAGAGCCUUUUCUGAAGUGGUCCACAUUUUUGGAAUGCUGUUCACAAGGAGCUGCGGCAAGCCCUUAGUCCACCAUCUUUUUGGAACCAGGCUAAGACUUCUUUAGAUUCCAAGGCAUUGUAAAUUUUGAUAUCUGCAUCCUGCUCAUUCAAUGGAUGGUUAGCUGUUUACUGGUUUACAGUGAUGAUAAUGUUAUGGUAGGAUAUGUGUAUACUUGGGGGAAUGUUCACUUUUAGUUAUCAUUCUUGCAUGUUUUUAAUAUAUAUUUACUACUUAAGUCAAUUUCAAAUAUAAGGUGACACCUGAAAAAGUAAUCAUAACGUGUUCCAUUGCUUUCAGUGGUACUUAGUUAUCCCUAAUUUUAGCUAAGUUGAGACAAUUGGGUUUUCCAAGCCGUUAAGUACUGUAUUAUUUUGAUACAGUUUGCUAACGAUAUAUAAAAGUUUGUAUGUUUUUUUAUUUUGUUUUGCGUUGUUCAGAAUAUACUAAAUAUCUCAGUGCCACCGUUUACCAAAACGUGUUUUCCCAUUUUUUUAGAGGCUAGCUCAUUUGUAUGACACAUUGCAUCGGGCGUACAGCAAAGUUACAGAAGUUAUGCAUACAGGAAAAAGAUUGUUGGGAACCUAUUUCAGAGUUGCAUUUUUUGGACAGGUGAGCAUUGUCCAGUGCCUUUCCUGAACUUUAACUUAGCAUAUGAAAAAUUGCAAAUUUUUUGCAAUGUACUCUUUUUUACAGCAUGCGUUAACUGCAUUGUAUAUUUCUACUUGCAUGUAUUUGAAACUAAUGAACUAUUGAACUAAUAACUGUAUUCUGAAUGAGAAAUUUCUUCAGUAAACUUUCUUUUCUUCCUUUUUUCCUUUUUCUAUUACUUUCUUAAGGCAGCGGUAAGUUUUUCAAUAAUAGCCAUUCAUAGCUAUUACUUAAACACUGCCUUUGGUGUUUUUAUAUAUUAUGUUGGUUCAGUUUCUGAUCUAUAUUAUCUUGCUUUAAAGUAUUAAUAUAUUUAUUUCCACUUGCAGAAGAAAACUGCACAUGUUCAAUCUUUGUUCUGCAUGCUUAUACAAAGAAUCAAACUUUUUCACUUUUAUAUGUUAUUCCAUAGUGGCAAAAUACAGUGACUGCAGGAUGUGCGUUUGUGUGUGUGACAUGAGCAUGUGUAUUCAAUGGAGGAAACACAGUUUUAGAUAGAAAUAGUUGAUCAAAAAAAAUAUUCAGUCAGGGCACUGAAUUGUACAAUUUGAGUGAUAUAACAUUCCAUUUAUUCUAUUGUCUCUUAUGACUGUAGCAAUACCAGUUUACAGACAGUGAAACAGAUGUGGAGGUAAUUACAGAAACUGCUGUACAAAACAAGCAAUGCAGUAAAAACUACUGCAUAUAAGCUUAGUUUGUUGUGGGUAUUUUUGUCAAGUCUAGUUUGCGUUUAUACAUGCUAUGUUGUGAUCCUUGCACUACAUUGUCCAUUUCAUCUUCAGAUAGGAAUAUUUAUUUUUGCAACUUAAAACAUUAACUCAGAUCUGACAUUCUGUAUGAAAGCAGACACCUGUUUCACCUUCCAUGGGACCUAGAUUGGUUGCAUUUUGGGCUUCAAUUAUAAAAUAGGAUUAUAUUAAAAUUUAUCUAGAUAAGGUUGGUUUAUUUGUAUAGAACACUUGGCUAUAUUUUGUUCAAAAUAACACGGCUUUCUCAGAGGACUACCAUAUUGGCAUGUGAAACAGGCAUGUGAACAAUGAGUAUGGAAAUAGAGUGCUGUACCCUCAAAACAUUAAAGUUGACAUAUCAUGUAAUUUACAGCAUUCCCUCAAUAAUAUUGUAAUAAUUUUCAAUGCAUCCAUACUAUAAUAGCUGUUUUGCUCUCCUUACCUUGAUUUUUCAAUAUCACUUUUUUCUUUUUCUUUUUGCUUGCAACCUUUGUGUUCUACAUUGACCUUGCUUUAAUUAUUAGGAGUCAUUCUUUUUUGGACCUUUGUUUGUUUAGAACUUAACUGUUGUUAUUGGUUUUUCUUUUCUAAAGGGAUUUUUUGAGGAUGAAGAUGGAAAAGAAUAUAUAUACAAAGAGCCUAAACUCACAUGCCUUUCAGAGAUUUCCCAGAGGCUACAAAAACUCUACUCAGAUAAGUUUGGAUCUGAAAAUGUCAGGAUGAUCCAGGACUCUGGAAAAGUAGGACUUAACUAAUAAUAUACAACUGAUUUAUAUAUAAAUUAACAUGAGCUCAAAUCGAAAUUUUCUUUCUAGCCUGCCAAUUCUUAAGCAUAGUAAAAUGUGGUUCCACUAAGGAUGAUCAUCUACUUGUGCAGUACAAAAAAUACCAAAUGAAUGAAGCAAGAAUGGCCUUGGAAACAUACAUUGAUAAUUUUUAUAUUGAAGGCACCAUAAGAAUUUUAAAAUUUUAUUAAUGAUGAUCAGCGUAUUAGCUUGUAACCUUUUAAUAAUGUAACUUUUAAAUAAUUGCAUAUUUUCAUAGUUGAGAUUUUAAUUCUCUCAAAUUCUUUUAAGGUAAAUCCUAAGGAUUUGGAUUCAAAAUAUGCCUAUAUUCAAGUUACUCAUGUAGUUCCAUACUUUGAGGAAAAGGAACUGCAAGAGAGAAAAACAGAAUUUGAAAGAAAUCACAAUAUCCGUCGCUUUAUGUUUGAGAUGCCGUUUACUCAGAUGGGCAAAAGAAGAGGGGGAGUGGAGGAACAAUGUAAACGACGCACCAUUCUUACAGGUACUAGGUCAAAAUUUGCAGUUCUUUGGGACAGUACUUUGAUUUCUAAAAACCAAAAGAGAGCACUUGACACCUUUCCUUGAUGUUUUUUGUCUAUAGCACCUGUAACAUGCUUCCAUUUAAUCCAAAAAAGCCACAGAGAAAUCUGAGUCUUUGCUAAAUCCUGCAUGUUUAGGGUUCUAUUAACCUAUCGGAGCCUAACUGUUCAGCAGGAAACUAACCUAUAACUAACAACUAACCAAGUUAAAGCUAUUUCAUGCAAUACACUCACAUUUUGUACACGUAAAGUGUUAUUAAAAUUAAUGUUUUGCAGCCACGUGAACUAUACUGCUAUACUUGCUGGGGAGCUGGAAUUGACAUAAGGGUACAAUCUGACAACUAUGGGCUACCACAAUAUAAUGUGUGAAACAAAGACACACAAAUUGAUGCUCUAUCAGUACCUUGGAUGUUACUGAUGCAGUUUCUCUGGUCUGCCAGGAAACUGUUUAACAGCAAGGUCACGUUUUAGAAACACUUGUAACUGUGAUCCAACUCAAAGAGAAAGGUCUUGGGUGUAUUUUAAAACCUGUGUAGAAAGGGAGAUAUUUUAUGUUCAGGGCAGUUGGCUGUAAAAUUAGACAGAGGUAUUCACCUCUGGCAGCAGGUGCUCAGAAACAGGAGCCUCCCCAUUCAUUCCUUCUGAGCCAUUCCCUUCUAUUGGAGAUCAGAGCUAUGUGUGCCACAGGCUUGCCAUACAACUAGUCUACUACCCUUAGGCUCAGUGAAGUAUGCUACCCCAUUUUGCUUCAUCCCUAAACUGGCCUAGUAUGUACUGUUGCAGUCCUGUGAAUAGCUAAUAGAUAGGUAGGUAGGUAGGUAGGUAUUUAAGUUGACUCAAACAUUUAUUGCCUCUCAAUUGCCUUGUGUUCAUGUGCAAAUAUGUCAAGGCCAGGGUCCAGUUAUUUUGCAUGCUGACUCAUGGCUACUCUUUGCACCAGGAUUACUGGUAGCUUAAAGACUGACACUGCAUGUGAACUACUGUUAUUGCUAAUAGCUAAUCUCCUGGCAAAGAACCAAGUGGAAACAGUAGUGUUGUCAUCCUUCUUUAGAUAACAAAAUGUGAAUUACAUUAACUAAACAAAUAGAAAAGCAUAGAAAGACCUAUGCUUAAUAUUUUUCUAAGUUUUUCCCACCUGUUGGUUUACCUACUUGAUACUUAAUCAUUAGUCCUUUCUGGAUAGAACAGCAUGUAACUUUCAUGGGCUAGCAGACAGUACUAUAUAUGUCCCGCAUAAUGAGAAGAUACAGGCUAGUCGUCUUCUGCAGAUCAGAAUUUUUCCAGGGGCAUACAAACACUGGACAAAAGAAGCACACAGUCUGCCGAGCAGGGGUAGCCAAUGUAGUGCCUUCCAGAUGUUUUGCACUAAACUCUUAGUAUCCCAGACCACAGGCAAUGAGAACUGGGGCUGAUGGGAAAUGUCGUUCCAAACAUCUGGACACAUCACAUUGAUUAGCCUUGCUCUAUAGAAUUAUGCUAUUAAAAUAUAGGCUUGUUUGUUUAUAAGUCUAAUUGCUCACAAAAUAAAAAGCAUUGACUUGCAAGUUUCUUAAUAUUUCAAGAUAGCAUGAGUAUAGUCAUGUAAACAUAAUUUCAUUGUUUUCUUUCCCUAGCUAUACAUUGUUUUCCAUAUGUAAAGAAGCGGAUUCCCAUAAUGUAUCAACACCAUACAGAUUUAAACCCAAUUGAAGUCGCUAUUGAUGAAAUGAGUAAGAAGGUUGCUGAGCUCCGGCAACUUUGUUCAUCAGCUGAAGUAGAUAUGAUCAAACUUCAGUUGAAGCUGCAGGGUAGUGUUAGCGUUCAGGUAUGUUGAUUAAAUUGAUUAUGGUGUGGAGUUUUCCUUUACCUUAAAAUCGCCUAAUAAGCUUCUUCUCGCUUUAGAAUUCUGUUUGUGUGUUUGUGUCACACCGAUAAAAUAAUAUGCAGCGCCAACAAUGUCCAUUGAAUAAGAGUGGUAGACUUUGAAUUUGAGACUAAGUUUUACGCAGAAUAGACCUAUUGAAAUUAAUAGGCCUAACCUAUUCAUGUCCAUUUAUUUCUGUAGGUCUAUUCUGAGUAAAACGUAGUUGAAUACCACCACAGGUUCAACACUGCGAUCACUUGAGCAACUUGUUAAUUCUCAACCUUAUUUCACAGGAAGCCCCUUCAUUUGUAGUUCUGUUUGGGUGUUAUCCCUCAUGAGAUUAAUGCAUAAGCUUAUAAAUCACCUUUGCUUGUAGAGCAAGCUGCUUACUACAGCUGUGCCCUCCAGCAAGCCCAUGCACAGGGGACAGCAGCCGGGUAAACUUGCCCCAGGCCUUGGAGGACUAAGGCUACUGGGGGGGGGGGUGCCAGGGGCCUGCCGUACCUACAGUCAUGCAAGGAAUGCUUGUGCCUCCCAGCUGACCAGGAACUUAAUGGGUGAAACAUGCAUGUCUGUCCGUAUGCACUGCAAGGUUUCGAUAGUAAAAUCUAGACCUGCGUUACUGCAUACAAGUGUGUAGCAUCAGAUCAAAUUAGGUGCCGGCGCUGUGGUGGCACAUCUCAUGGAUAAGGCUCAGACCAUCUCCUGCAUAGACAUGUCCUCCCACACAGGGUUGGUGCUAACCCCACUCUUCCCUCAUGGAGUAGUUAAUCAUAUGAAGGAUAAUGCCUGUGCAGAGCUUCUGUCUAGUUAGUCACUUGUGUGCAACUUGUUCCUUUCAUGGAUAUGAACUCAGUAGUGUUUUUGCACCAGAAGGGCAGGAUAGGUAAAGGUAAAGGGACCCCUGACCAUUAGGUCCAGUCAUGACCGACUCUGGGGUUGCGGCGCUCAUCUCGCUUUAUUGGCCAAGGGAGCCGGCGUACAGCUUCCGGGUCAUGUGGCCAGCAUGACUAAACCGCUUCUGGCGAACCAGAGCAGCACAUGGAAACGCCAUUUACCUUCCCGCUGGAGUGGUACCUAUUUAUCUACUUGCACUUUGAUGUGCUUUCCAACUGCUAGGUUGGCAGGAGCAGGGACUGAGCAACGGGAGCUCACCCCGUCACAGGGAUUCGAACCGCCAACCUUCUGAUCGGCAAGUCCUAGGCUGUAAGGUUUAACCUACAGCGCCACCCGCGUCCCUUAAUGUUUUAAUAAAUACAGGCUAUUUUUCAGAAAUGUAUUUGACUUGUGUAUAGCCCUUUUCAGAGGGAUGAGCAAAACUGGUUUUAAUAUUAUUGCAGAGGGGUAGGAACAUAAUUUAUAACUGUUUAUAUAUUUUUAGGUUAAUGCUGGGCCAUUGGCAUAUGCCAGAGCUUUUCUGGAUGAUACAAGCACCAAACGGUAUCCAGACAAUAAACUAAAGUUACUCAAGGAAGUUUUCAGGUAAAAAAAUAUGAAAGUUUAUUAAGUUUCUUUUUGGAACUUUGAGAUUAGAACUAUUCUCAAUAUAUUUCAUUUUAUGUAAUUAAAUUUAUUUCAGACAAUUUGUUGAAGCUUGUGGGCAGGCCUUAGAAGUAAAUGAGCGGCUUAUAAAAGAAGAUCAGAUAGAAUAUCAAGAAGGAAUGAAGGCUAAUUACAGAGAAAUGGCAAAAGAACUCUCUGAAAUCAUGCAUGAACAAGUAUGUACUGAACAUUAAGUAUUUCAUUCAGGUCAUCCUGUUUUGGUUGAGAAGAACCAAAUAUUUUUCUUGGAAUUCUUUAUUAUUUAAGUAUUUAAUUCAGAGGAUCCAAGUCUUUAGUAUAUUCCUAACUGUAAAUUGCUGUAAAUUGCCAAUAACAAUUUACUGCUUUGAGGGUGGUUGUUGUUUUUUACACUCAAGUUUCUUUCUGUAAGCCACCUUAGGGGAAAGACGAGGUAUAAAUAAAUGUAAAACAAUUAUAAUAUGUCUUUUUAUGACAUUAAAUAAUAUAAUGAUGCUGAAGGAAAUGGGUUAAGACUUCCACCCUGGAAUGUUUUAUCUAAAGUUAAUAUUUAUAAUAGAUGUUAAUGGAUAAUGCCCUUGAAGCAUAUGCUAUGAUUUAUUAACUGCUGUAACAGAGUUAUCUAACAAUAAAUCCUUUCAUUUCUUCCAUUCUGGUUGGUACAAUGCAGACAAUUUUCAUGAAUUCAGUUGUACAGGGGAUUUUAAAAUAACAGAAUUACAAAGAAAAUCAGUUUAGUUGGCACAUGAAUCAGACUUAAAUGCAGUAGCCUAUCUUGCCUUAAGCCUGCUAGUUCUAACAUGAAAAAUGAGCACUUUUCUCUCCCUUUUUUCCAUUCUUGUCCCCUAAUACAACAGCUUAAUUGAUUAUUAUACUUUACUUGGCGAUGUAACACUAGAAUAUGGUCAGUCCACAAGUACACCAUAAGUUGCUUUGCUAAAAGAAUGACUUCUGCUGUGACUUCUGUUCCAACAUUGCAUGAUGUGGGUGAAUGUUCAAGAAUUAAUAGAUUUCUAACCAUUCCUCUACAGCAAGGAGUGGGGAACCUCAGGCUCAGGGACUGCAUGCCUCUGUAUUUGACAGUUUGAAGUCUCCCCAGGCCACUUACUUCUCUGAGCCUAAAUAUGCCCUAAAUAUUUUUGCCCGGCUAGAAUGUGCCCUUGAACUCGGACAGUGCUUCUUGUUUGUCUGGACAGAGCGUAGAGAAGAGGGGUGGGCAAAUGCAAGUAGGAAUUAGCUUACCACACCAAGAUAAAAUUAACAUUAAUUGCUCCACCCACUUUUGCCUCUGACUCUGCCCACCUCAGGCUACUUUCCCCUGCCUAGAAGGCCCUUGAGCGAAAAAGGUUCCCCAUUCCUGUUUUACAGAUUUAAUUUCAAUUUGAAGCUCAUGUAUUUUUCCAUUGGAAAAUGUAAUCAUAAUGGAAGCAGCUCUUAAAUACCAAGGAAACAGUCAUUUUAUGGAAAUAUAAGUGCAUGGCUUGCAUGUAAAUUUGGUUGUACUACCUAUUCUGCAAACAUUGGAAUGUCCAUUUUGCUUUCUUAAAUAAAUGUUUCAGAGAUAUUUUUUUUCCUGUUUAAUACAUUUUAUAGAAAUCUUAAUGGGCAUCUCUCUUUCUUCCUUCCCUUUUCCCCUAUGCUGCUUUGAAAAUGUGAUCAGCUGGGAUGGUAAUACAUUUUUAGUUUCUCUUUCGAGUUCUGAGUUUUGCUUAACUUCCUUUUCCCAAUAUAUAAUGUGGAAUUUGUAGUGCAGAACUGAGGGAAGACUUAGGCUUUAUUUCAUUUUAAUGUUGAAUAGUCAAUCAUUAUGCAUAUCACUGUUGCUUAACAAAAUGUUUAUCAGUCAAAUAAUAAUGUUUUGCUACACUGCUUCUUACAUAACUAAUAGGGCAAUCAGAUUUUUUUAAAAGAAGAAGGAUCUAGUUUCUUGACAGAAGUCGUUAGAGAAGGGUGAAUUUUAGCUAAACAUCUUUGCUAUUUUCAGAACCAGUCACAAAAUUAAACAUAUAUUAAUUCAGAAGGUCAUCUGACCUAUAUCUAACUUUUGUGUCACUAUAGACUUGCUCCCUAUCAUAAUUCCAAUUAUCUAGAAAUACAUUCCAUUUAAAUCAAGUUGGACUUUGCUUCCAAGUAGAGAUGGGGGAGAAAUUUAAUCCUGAUUGCAUUUAAAACUGAAUCUACCUAAUUCCCACUUUUUGAAACAGUAUGCAAACCAGAAAACAGCCAUCCUUGGAAAUUUGCAGGCUUCCCAGUUUUGUAAUGCAGUUCUCCUGCCAAGCAAUAUGUAGAAAAAUGCAUAUCUGGUGAAAAUAAUAUACAAAACUGCAUUAUAUUAGAGAAAAUAUGUUUUGCAAGGAUGUAUGUGCUAGGCAGAGUUGCAUACUAAAAUGUGUCCCCCCUACUUGCUGUAUCUGAAGUUAGGUCCCAGUUCACAUUUUAGCUAGAAGCCAAAGGACAAGCCCAUGGUUACCCCACUCUUUUGAAAACCUUCUCCUCCCUCAACCAUGUGUAAGGCAUGUGUUUUCCUCUCUUUAAGAUUACCGCUAUGGAAGAAAAAGCCAGUGUAAUGCCCAACUCGCUACACAUUUUCAAUGCCAUUAGUGGGACACCAACAAGCACAACAGUUCAUGGGAUGCCCAGCUCUUCUUCAGUUGCAUAAGAAUUUUGUGACGGAAAGCGCUGCUUACCUUGGAACACAAGUGGAUCUUUGAACAUUUGCAAACUCAGGAUGAAAUCCAAAUCUGAAAGAGGACUGUGAAGAUACUAACAAUUGAGCAUGCUUAAAUCUCUGGGUCAGUCAGGGAUAAGGAAAUAGUAAGAGGUAGAUUUCUAAAACAUAUACUGAUGGUGCACAUAUUUUUUAUAUUCUGCUGGCAAUAUUACAACACCCAACACAGAAUUGUUCUGGGGAACUUAACUGGUUCUUCUGCUCUGAUAAUGGUAUUCUAAAAUAAAUGGCACAUUAUAGGCAAGUGUUAUGGAAUGUAAGUUUGCAGACAUAAACCAUAAAAGUGUUCUUUGAUAUAUGCACAUACAAACUGAUAUAAAGUACAAACACUAUUAGACUUAAUAGGCACUAAUUUGAGGGGUUAAUUUAGGUAGAAGUAGUUUUUUGUACUGUUGACUAUAACAGUUGUGCACCAUUUUAUACCUUGUUGGCAUUUUGGAGAGCAUAUGAGCUUAAAAUUGAUCAAGCAGUUGCAUCCAACCAAAGGUUACCAUAUGUUACUAACUAUAUAUUAAGCAAGACAUGUACAUAUUUGUUAAUACAACUCAUAAACCCUGUACAUAAAUGAAAUGCAUUUCUAAACAUUUUUAAUAUUCAUACCAGCUUUCAUCCUUCUACAAUUGUGAUAAAUUCAUGUUCAUUCCAAGUAAAUGCUCUAUUUUCUUUUACAGUUAUUGUAUAUAAAUACAGUAAGUGCAAUAUGAGGUUGUAUACAGUUUCUAUAACGUUAUGCACUGUUUUUAAAAAGAAUACAUAAUUUUUGCCAAAGUGAUGGAGUAUAUAAGUGGUGAAUAAACUACUGUGGCUAAAUGGUGAUGUAAUUUAAAGCUUUUGCUAUAUUGUUUUAAGACAUGAAUUAGUAAUUUUAUAUUUGAGAAAGAUAAAGGGUUUUAAUUUUAUUUAACUGGAAUCACUGGCCUGCUGUAAUUAAACAUUAUGUACUUCAUCUAUAUUAAAAAGGAAUUAAUUUAUG